AUGGCAUAGCACAACAUGGAGAGAUAACUGGCUCCUUAUACUAUCCCCCAGGUAAAAGGCCCUCAUAGCCUGUUCCCAUCACCCCUUCUCCCCACUCUGAUCCUCACUUUUACUUUCAAAUUAUUCCGGACAAUCUCUAUCAUUCUAGCUCUGCAUCUGUGCACUGAUUAAUCUCUCUCUAUCAAUCUUCCUCUCUCUAGCAGUGGAGCCAGGGUGAAAAAAAGUAUUUGGAAUGCUGCGGGCCGUCAAGAAAACGGGUUAAGAACUAUAAAAUUCAUGAGUUUAUCAAAUUCCAAUAACCCCACUCUGUGAAGAUGAUGUCAGAAACAGUGGAAGAUGACAAAGGUAUGUCUUGGAUGCUCGCAUAAUUGUAUUUUGAUGAAGGUACAUAUCGAGAUUUGGUAGGGGUAUGAUUGUAUUUUAGUGUGGGUGUAGACUAAUGGUAAAGAAGGUUAUGACUUUUAUGGAUGAGGGUAUGACUUUAUUUUGGCUAGGCGACAUUUGUGGUGGGUGAGGGUAGGAUUGUAUUUUUAGAGAAGCUAUAUUGGUGGUGGAUGUGUAUAGGGCUUUUGUUGGUGAGCAUAAUUGAAUUUUGGUGAGGGUAUAUUGGUGCUGAAUAAGGGUAUGUCAUUUGUGGGUGAAGCUUUGACUGUACAUGGGCAAGGGUAUAUUGGUGGUGGGUGUGUUGUUCAUUGAUUGGAGUAUGACUGUGUUUUGGGUAGGGUAUUAUGGAGAAGUAUAUGCAUGUGCCAUUUGUGUACGGGGAUAUGAUUGUAUUUUGAUGAGCUUACAUUGGUAGUAGGAGAGGUUAUGCAUUAUGUGGCUGAGGGCAUUGCGGCUCACACAAUUGGAUAAUUUCCAGAUCGUAUAAUCUGUAUAAACUGUAUCUAAGUGAGCCCAAAUAUAUUGUUUGUGUAUAUUUUUUUUAACCAAAGGGCAUGCCAUUGAGGUUUCCUUAAACCUUUGCCCAUUCUCAUAUUCAUUGGACAAAAAAAUCAAAUUCUACAACAAUAUAGUUAAAGGAACACUAUAGUGUUAGAAAUACAAAUGUGUAUUUCUAAUGCAAUAGAAAUUUCUAAUGCAAAACUUACUGUAACCACCCCGACCCACCCUGAGUUCAUGAAAACUUAGCCUUUCUCCCAUGCUGCGGUGCACUCUCCAUGGCUGGGCCCACCUCCAUGGCUGAGAUCAUCAAUGAUCAUCAGUUGCAAGAUUAAAACUACGAGGACAGGGCACCCAGACCAAUUUAUUGAGACAAAGUGGUCUUGAUGCCUAUAGUGACCCUUUAACUUGUUUUAACCAAUGCAUAAGCAAAAAAAUAGAGAAAUAUUUUACUCUAGAAGGACUGCUUAAUUAUUUUACAAUGACUAGUGACACAUAUAUAUGAUAAGAACAGAGCUGGUAGCUUUUUACUUCCUCUCCAUCACUCUGUACAUGCUAUAGAGGGAGAGUCUUACAGCUAACGAUCAUUCAAAAGUUUACCAGAUGCAGCUCACCAUCCCCCUGCACAAAGCACAGUAAUAUUUUUAUAGUAUGUGCAUGCUUUCGCCUUGCACAGCUAAGGGGUUAAUUUCUGAAUGUGCAGUAUUUCAAAGCAAAACCCUGCACAUACAGACUUCAGGCACCCUCACCACUUUAAAUCAUUGAAGUGGUCAUGGUGUUUGGAAUUAUCUAUUAAAGGCACACUAUAGUCACCCAGAUCACGUCAGCUCAAUGAAGUGGUCUGGAUGCCAGGUCCCCCAGGUUUUAACCCUUCAGAUGUAAACAUAGCAGUUUCAGAGAAACUGCCAUGUUUACAUUGCAGGGUUAAUUCAGCCUCUAUUGGCUGUCUUUCUGACAGCCGCUAGAGGCGCUUCUGCGACGCGCAUGCGUAUUCCUUCCACUCGGGAGCUGACGUCGGCGGGGGAGAAGAGGUCAGGCUGUAUUAAAGUAAGUAGCUGUAGGGGUUUUAACCCCUUCAGCGCCAAGGGAGGGCGGCACUGAGGGCGGGGAGACACUAAGGGUUGUAUAGUGUCAGGAAAACUAGUUUGUUUUCCUGACACUAUAGUGAUCCUUUAAUGAUGUCACUGUGCCUGCACUCAGCCAUACUCUAUAUAAUGUGUACAGUGCACUGCAUGUUGGGAUAUAGCUCUUAACUUUAUAUCCUGAGAUGCGCUGCUGCCUUUUCAUACCCCGAUACUCCUAAUUAAUACUGUCGCUCACUCUUUCUUAGUGUAGUACAAAGGUAGGAAACCUUCGGCACUCCAAAUGUUGUGGACUACAUCUCCCAUAAUGCUCUUACAGCCAUAAUAUUGGCAAAGUAUCAUGGGAGAUAUAGUCUAAAACAUCUCGAAUCUGCUGAAGGUUACACUCCCGUGGUCUAGUAUAUCUGUUAAAUAUUAUUGGUCUAAAGGGUAUACCUGUGAUGUACUGCAGCUCACCUUUUAUUACCCAUUAUACCUGUGAUAUAUUGCAGCUUACCUAUUUUUCCUUUGGCAUAUGUAAGGUAUAUUGCAGUUCACUUCUUAUUACCUCUGUAAAUCUGGGAUUAAUUUUAGCUCACCUUGUAAUACCCCAGCAUACAUGUGAUAAAUUGUAGAUCAUCUUUUAAUACCCUAGUGUACCUGGGAUAUAUUGUAGCUCACCUCGUAUUACCCCAGUAUACCUGUAAUACAUUGUAGCUACUCGGUAUAUCUGUGAUAUAUUGUAGCUCAUGUCUUACAUACCCUGGUUGUAACGGACCGUUUCAGCACAAAAGGGGCGAUCGUCCCCUUUCCGAGAUGCAGGCACAGCUACUGUAGAACACCAAACUCCCGAACCGCAAAUAAGGGAAUGCUCCAAUCUCCCGAACUGCAUACAAUAUAACAUUCCAAACUCACGAACUGGAACCAUACGAAUAGCUGCUAGCAGACAAAUAGGAAAAGCAUCCAAGCGGCUUAUACUCCUAGCAAUCAGUCUCUAUCAGCAUUCAGUAAAUCACCCCCAAAGACGAGACAAGGCUCCGUGUUGAGUGUCAAGCAGUGGUCUGUUUAAUGAGGGCUACCUGCCCAGUAUUUAUGCAGGUCUCCCACCUGGUGGACACUCCCUUAGGGGACCAAAUGGGAGACUGUGACAAAAGACAGACAAGUAUCAAUUUAGGACACACAGACACAUUGUAUUCCCACAAUGCAUCCUGGCUUCCUCCCCUCUGUCCUGGAGAUAAUUGAGAAGUAAUUCAAUUAUCUCCCAGAACAAAGGCAAAUCGCCAUUAUGCACGUGGGGAUACUAAAACAAGAAUUACUAUUAAAAUACACUAUGUAAGACACGUUACAAUAAAACUAUACAUUUAACAUAUCCCCAGAUAGCUCAGGUCUGAGCGCACAUUAUUAAGUGAAUGUCGCUCAGACCACACGAAUACAGUUCAAUCGCCAUGGAGCCAAAGUCUUUACAAAGUCAGUUCUCAUACGAAUGAGCUCCAUGGGAUUCCUAUCUGGGGUAUAAUACAGUCAGUUACAGCUACCGAAUACCGGGCCGUUCGUGUACUUCCACCGAACAAGAAGGGAGGUCAGUGGCUUCAGCGGUGUUCGCGACAAACUGUGUCCGUUUUUAGUUCCAUGAGUUAGGCGUCGAACACCGCUGUGCGUAUGCAUGUUUAAAAUGGCCGCGACCUCGUGUUUGUUAUACGAAUGGCGGCCACCCAGCAUUCGUUAAUUAAGCUGCGGUUAACCGCAGCUUCUGGGAGGCUAAUUGCCGGCACACUCCAGCUCCCAGGUGGUCCAGUCAUUCGUGCGGUUGUUCGGUUGAUUGAAUCUGAUUGAGUCUUUUAACAUGGGACCAUAAUCCAAAGGUAACAGGCGAGCAACCAGGCUUCUCCAAUGCAAUGUGGCGAGAUUGCUCUCGUCACACUGGUAUAUCUUUCUUUGAUAUAUUGUAGCUCAUGUUUUAUUGCUGUAGGAAAUACUGUACCUGUAAUAUUAUGUUGCAAGGCCUAUGUAACAGAGCUCCCUGUACCCCUGGCUGAGUACCUCCGUUAAGGAUCGCUUUCUAGCUGGAACAGGGGACAAACCGCAGCACUCUUGCAAACAGUCGCCAUGGCUUGACUGGGGUCCUGGAACUGCUCCCUCCUGGAGCCGAAUGGGGGACUCGCUCUAGACAUCCCCAGGCACUGGUUGACAGUCCUGGGGGCUCUAGUCCUUACAAGGACUUUCCCCAUUGAAUCCUCUACACUGGAACAGUGAUUAAAGAGUAGCCCUUUCUCCUCCCAGUAACCAGACGACACAUAGUUCUGGGAGUACAAGCUGGAAUACGUCUAUUGGCAGCCACAACUGGCCUUAUAUGCAGGUCCCAAUGCAAGGGGCAUUCCCCCAUGGACCUGAGAGUAGACUACAAUAAAAACAUACACACGAGUACAUUGGCUCUCAGGUCAAGGACUCUCCCAAACAAGAUAAUCCUUCCCCUGUGCCUGGGAGAUAAUUGAGACAAGCACUGUAUUAAACUCAAUUAUCUCCAGACACAAAAAACACACAUUUCCCAAACACCCAAAUAGUACCUUAAAAAUACAUAAAACCCACAAAAGUUACAUCCCCUGAUAGCCCCAAUCUGGGUGACCACCAAGAUCAGUUCUGGGGUUCAGGAAUUUCCUGAAAGUUAUAAUUUGACUGACCGCACGCAUGGUCCUAGGCAGGGCCGCCAUCAUGGAGUGACAACCAUGACAGUUGUCACGGGCCCGGUGGUCCUGGGGCGCCCGGACUGCACAGGUAAUCUUCUGCUUGUCCGGGCCCCCCGCCCUCCAAUGUGCAUUUAUAUAUAGUGAGUACUGCUAUAUAUAUAUAUGCCCCUGCGGGCUCUGCUGACUUCCAAGCGGGGCCCGGGAUAUACUUACCUCCCAUUCCGGCACUCUCGAAAAGCCGCGGCUGUAAAGCGUUGCCGCGGGUUGCCGUGACAACGCUUGCGGCACACAAUGCAUGCCGGGCUCGCUACAGAAGUAGAGCUGGAGAGGGAAGGUACAGACUGCUGAGGCCCUCUAUGCUGGCCUAACCAGUCCAGCUGAGCCACCCGUCAACUAUGGAAUCCAGUGUCUCCCCUCCCUGACUAUAGGUAAGAGUCAGGGAGGGGGGAAUACAUUUAAAAAAAAAUUUAAUAAAAAUGUAACCGCAAAAAAAAAUACCCCCCAGGACACACACUAUCAAACAGAUAUAAAGCAUCCACUACACACAUACCAUCCACCACAUAAACACACAUAUCAUCCACUACACACACAUGUCAUUCACUGCACACAUACAUAUCAUCCACUACACACACAUAUCAUCCACUACACACACAUAUCAUCCACUACACACACAUAUCAUUCACUGCACACACACAUAUCAUCCACUACACACACAUAUCAUCCACUGCACACACACAGCAUCCACUACACACACCCAUCACCCACUACACACACCCAUCACCCACUACACACACACAGCAUCCACUACACACACAAGCAUCCACUACACACACCCAUCACCCACUACACACACACAGCAUUCACUACACACACACAUCAUCUACGGCACACACACACACACACAUAUCAUCCACUACACACACAUAUCCUCCACUGCACACACACAUAUCCUCCACUGCACACACACAUAUCAUCCACUACACACACAUAUCAUCCUCUAAACACACACAUAUCAUCCUCUACACACACACAUAUCAUCCUCUACACACACACAUAUCAUCCACUGCACACACAUAUCAUCCACUACACACACAUAUCAUCCACUACACACACAUAUCAUCCUCUACACACACACAUAUCAUCCUCUACACACACACAUAUCAUCCACUGAAUUGAACAAACUAUCGAACAUAGUCGAUGUUCUUACCCUGGAGCUUGUUUCUCUUGUUUGUGGGAAUGUUGCCACUGAACAGUGUCUUUCUAAGUGUUGUAGAACAGAAUGCAGGUGAUCAUGGAAGUCCAGAGGUGUUCGGGAGUUUCAGUGUCCGAAAAUAGUUCCAUGAACUCGACAACCAUGCGGCCACCCAGACGAACACUUAGAACACUGUGGUGGAAAUUGCUAAAAAGUAUCAGUUAGGCUUAACAAGCUCCAGGGUGGUCUCCGAAUCAUGCGGCUGUUUGGUUAUCAAACCAUAAAGUCCAAAUACACGAACUGAGACUUUUACAUCAUAAUUUACAGGGUCCAUAGUCUGUGGGCAGGAGGCUGGCAAGCAGGUUCCUCCAGGAGCUCGUGGCAAACUCACUUGGAAAGGGGAGUUUGUCACAGCCUAUAUCUGUGAUAUGACAGGCAGGGCCGCCAUCAGGGGGUAACAACCAUAACGGGGCCCUACAUGUAGCGGCGAAACGGCCGCCGGUGCAGUUGCACCGAUGCCCGCACGCUGAUGUGCCACCCAAUGGACCCCAUAUUUGGUGCAACUAUCUGCCACCCUGUAUCAAAUCAGGGAAGGUUUGUAAUUGCACCUUCCAGUUAUUUGUUGCACUUUGAUCCAUUGUUUUAUAUUCUAUUCUUUUUUACUUUUUAUUAUUAUUAUUAUUAUUAUUUCUAUUUUUACUCUGUCUUUUAGUAAUUUAUCCCUUAUUAUUGAUCCAUUAUUUAUUUGUAAGACUCAGCCCAGAUUUGCACAAUUGUGUGGUCACAUCUCUUAAAGGUACAGUACCUACUUUGAGCAGAACCUCAGUAGUAUUUAUUCCACUAUCUACCUCUAAGCCAUUGAUAUUAGCUAGCUCCUGGAUUAUUUGCACCAUCCUUCUGAGUGUUUGUCCCUGUCAUUUUCCAUAUAGCUUUUGGUGAACCCUUAUUGUUCCAGUUUGCAGCUACCUACUCCUAGUCUUAUUCCCUCUCCUCUGUGUGUUACAUUAGGUAUACCAGAUUCUCCUUCUCUAUAUCUGUGAUAUAUUGAAGUCUCCCUCUUAACACUCAGUAUACUUGUGACAUAUUGUAGCUCCCCUGUAAUACUGCAUUAUAUAUGUUUGCCUCUUUUUACCCAGGUAUACUUGGGAUAUAGUGUAAUUCACCCCUUAUUACCCUGGUCACUGCUCUGUAAAUAAACCCUUGUGCCUCUAUCUCCAUUUGUCCGCACCUUUCACUGAACAUUUAGAUAGCUUUAGGGUAAUAUUGGGGGGAAUUAGCCAGUAGAGGAAAUACUCCACUGCCAAUAUAAGCUGUGUAAUCCAGCACUCAUGAUAGGAUAAGAGUGCUGGACUAAGCCCAGUGUAUUUUACUUAUCAAUGACACACAAAAAGGUUACCAGUAGAACUGAAAUCAGUUGGGUCCGAUGAAAAACCGUGUUCUUGGAUAGAACACUGUCUUAAAGAUAGAGUGCAGAGCGUAGUUGUAAAUGGAAAAUUUAGAAAAUGGACAAAAGUGGUAAUUGCAGUGCCUUGAAGUGAUCUUGAAGUGGACAUUGAAAGUCAUUUGUUGGUUUUUGCAGAUGACACACAACUAGGUAAGAAAAUACAGUCUAAACCUGAUAUUAUUUUUCUACCAAGGGAUUUGGAUAAAUUAGGGGCUGGGCAGGCAAGUGGCAGAUGAGAUUCAAUACAGAUGAAUGCAAAGUCAUUCAUUUUGGAAUAAGGAACCCAAAAGCCACUUAUACAUUAAAUGGGGUGGAGUUAUGGAUAACAUUAAAUUAAAAGGACUUAGGAACAAUUAGAGAUGACAAAAGCUAGUAAGGUACUUUCAUGUAUUAUAAGGGGUAUUGAUUUACAUGAUCAAAAUAUAAUUUUGCCUUUUUAUAAAUCAAUGGUAAGACCCCACCUUGAAUACGUAGUAUAAUUUUGGGCAACAGUUUUAAAGAAGGAUGUUGCAGAACAAGAAAAAAAAGGGCUACAAAAUUAAUAAGGGAAAUUUUUAAACUAGUGGUAGGGGGGGAGGGUCAAAGCAAUCUAGAAAAUGGAGAUAGGAUGGAGAGGAGAUGGGCUUUAGCUCAGAACAAAGGGGGUGGAGAUGGGGGGAGGGGAAAACUCAGAACAGAGGAGGUAUGUAAUAUUGAUAAUUCACAAAAAGUACAAAAGACUCAUGAUAAUAUUAAAUGUAUGCUUACUAAUGCAAGGAGCCUAUAUAACAAAAUGGGGGAACUAGAGGCAAUAGCAUACAGUAAACAAUAUGAUAUAAUAGGCAUAACAGAAACAUGGUGGGAUGAGACACAUGACUGGGCAGUUAAUUUAAAUGGGUACACGUUAUUUAGGAAGGAUAGGAGAAACAAGAAGGGUGGUGGGGUAUGUUUAUAUGUCAAGCAUGAGUUAAAGUCAAAUCUUAGGCAUGUGGAGUGUGACGAGGAAAAGGUGAAAGCUUUAUGGGUAGAUAUCUGCUUGGGGCAAACAAAGGGAAAUCAAUUAUUGGUUGGGAUAUGUUAUAAACCACCUAAUGUAAAUAUUAAUGAGGAAGAACAGCUGUUAGAGCAAAUUGAGAAAGCUGCAAAUCGAGGUAACACGUUAAUUAUUGGAGAUUUUAAUUAUCCAGACAUAAAUUGGGAAAGAGGGACUAGUACUUCAGCAACGGGAAUCAGGUUUUUGAAUGUGUUAAAUUACACCUUUAUGUCACAACUGGUACAAGCACCAACUAGAAAGGAUGCUUGUCUGGAGCUUGUCAUAACAAACAAUGUUGAUCUUUUAACCAACAUUCAAGUAGGGGAGCAUUUGGGGAAUAGUGAUCACAAUAUGGUACAUUUUGAAAUAAACUCAAAAAAGCAAAAGCAGGUGGGGUAUACUAAAACAUAUAAUUUUAAAAAAGCCAAUUUCAAUAAGAUUAGGGCAGCUGUACAACAUAUCGACUGGCAUAAAAUCCUUAGUGAUAAAAACACUGAGGAUAAAUGGAAACUAUUCAAACAUAUAUUAGAAAGGUACAUUUCUCAGUAUGUACCAUUGGGUAAUAAAUAUAAAAGAAACAAAUUAAAACCACUGUGGCUUAGUAGAGAAGUAAAACAAGAGAUUAAAAAUAAGAAAAGGGCAUUUAAAGCAUUUAAAUCAGACAAAUCAAAGGCAUCCUAUUUAAGAUAUAAGGAAGCCAAUAACACUUGCAAAAAGGCAAUUAAAGUGGCUAAACUAGAAAAUGUGAAAUUGAUAGCUAAAGAAUGCAAAACCAACCCCCAAAAUUUUUUCAAGUACAUCAAUUCUAAAAAAAACAAAAAAUGAAAGUGUAGGUACACUUGAAACAGAGUUGGGUUUAUUAGCUAAUGAAGACCAGGACAAAGCAGAAAUUUUAAAUAACUAUUUUUCUUCAGUAUAUAUUAAUGAUGAUCCUAUGGCAAGAGAUAUGCAAAUGUUUGCUGCAAAAAACUUGCAAAUAACUUGUGAUUUGGAUAACUCGAGACAAGGUGCUACAGCUAUUAAAGAAAAAUAAUGUAAAUAAAGCUCCGGGCCUGACGGUAUUCACCCACGAGUACUUAAGGAGCUAAGUAGGGAAAUAAGUGAACCUCUGUAUUUAAUUUUUCAAGAUUCUUUUGUUUCAGGUGUUGUACUGGAGGUUUGGAGGAAGGCAGAUGUUGUUCCUAUAUUUAAAAAGGGUUCAAAAUCCUUGCCUGGAAAUUAUAGACCUGUGAGCUUAACUUCUGUAACUGGGAAAAUAUUUGAAGGGCUAUUAAGGGAUAAUAUUCAGGAAUUCAUUGGGAAGAACUUUGUUAUUAGCAAUAAUCAGCAUGGUUUUAUGAAACAUAGGUCAUGCCAAACUAACCUAAUUGCAUUCUACGAAGAAGUAAGUAGAAGUAUAAAUCAGGGUGUUGCAGUGGAUGUGAUCUACUUGGACUUUGCCAAGGCAUUUGAUACGGUUCCUCACAAUAGGUUAGUCUUCAAACUAAAAGAAAUUGGUCUAGAUGAAUAUUCCUGUCCUUGGGUAGAACAUUGGCUUAAGGACAGAGUACAACGAGUUGUAAUUAAUGGUAAAUUUUCAGGUUGGACAAAAGUGGUAAGUGGUGUCCCUCAGGGUUCUGUUUUGGGACCACUUCUAUUUAACAUAUUUAUAAAUGAUCUUGAAAUAGGCAUUGAAAGCCAUGUAUCAGUGUUUGUAGAUGACACAAAACUUUGUAAAGUAAUAAAAUUUGAGCAGGAUAUUGCUUUGCUGCAGAGAGAUUUGGAUAGAUUGGGGGACUGGGCACUAAAAUGGCAGAUUAAAUUUAACAGAGAAAUGCAAAGUUAUGCACUUCGGGGUUAAGAAUGCACAAGCAACUUACACACUAAAUAGUAGUGAAUUAGGGAUAACCACACACGAGAAGGAUUUGGGAAUUGUUAUAGACAACAAAUUAGGCAGCAAUAUGCAAUGUCAAUCUGCAGUUCCUAAGGCCAGUAAGAUUUUGUCAUGUAUAAAUAGGGGCAUAAAUUCUCGGGAUGAAAAUAUAAUUUUGCCUCUUUAUAAAUCGCUGGUAAGACCACACCUUGAAUAUGCUGUGCAAUUUUGGGCGCCUGUUCUAAAGAAGGAUAUCAUGGCACUGGAGAGGGUCCAGAGACGAGCUACAAAAUUGAUAAAAGGAAUGGAGCAUUUUAGUUAUGAAGAAAGGUUAAAAAAAUUAAAUCUGCUUAGUUUGGAAAAACGGCGCCUGAGAGGGGAUAUGAUAACUUUAUACAAAUAUAUUCGGGGCCAGUACAAACCUUUAUCUGGAAAUCUAUUCAUAAACAGGGUUAUACAUAGGACACGAGGUCACACAUUUAGGCUGGAAGAAAGGAGAUUUCAUCUAAGGCAAAGAAAAGGUUUUUUUACAGUAAGAACAAUAAGGAUAUGGAAUUCUCUGCCUGAAGAGGUGGUUUUGUCAGAGUCCAUACAGAUGUUUAAACUGAAAUUGGAUAAAUACUUACAAAAACAUAACAUACAGGGAUAUAAUUUCUAAUUAGUGGGGUAAUAGCUGCUUGAUCCAAGGAGACAUCUGACUGCUAUUUUGGGGUCAAGAAGGAAUUUUUUUCCUAGUUUGUGGCAAAAUUGGAAGUGCUUCAGACCAGGUUUUUGCCUUCUUUUGGAUCAACAGCAACAACAUUUGUGAGGAAGGCUGAACUUGAUGGACGCAAGUCUCUUUUCAGCUAUGUAACUAUGUAACUAUGAAAUGGAAAACAUUAGUUAUAAAGAAAGACUAGAAAAACGUAAUUUUCUUUUUGUAGAAAAAGACAACUCAGAGGGAAUAUGAUAUCACUAUACAAAUAUAUACAGGGUCAGUACAAACCACUAUCUGCUAACCUGUUCAUUAACUGGAAUAUACAACAGAAGAGGUCACUCAUUGAGACUGGAAGAAAGGCGUUUUCACUUACAGCUGAGGAAAUUGUUCUUUAUAUUAAGAACAAUAAAGAUGGGGAAUUUGCUACCUAAAGAGGUUGAACAGAAUAUUCAAGGAUAUAAUUGAUAUACAUGUAGACAGUUUGCUGAUCCAAGGAGAAAUCUGAUUGCCAUUAAGGAGUCAGGAAGGAUUCCCCCCCCUCCCUUUAGAAAUAAUUAUUAUUAUUUUUUGCUUUUUUUUUGGAUCAACAACAUAAAUGAAUGGGUUUCAAGGUUGAACUUUGGUCUUUUUUCAACCUAGAUUACUAUGUAGCUAUGUAUCGAUGUAAUUCAGCGCUGCGGAAUCUGUGUGCUCUUUAUAAAUAGCAAUAAUAAUAAUAAAUAAAUUCUGAGGAAACGCACCCACAGAUGCAUAGCAUCUACUGUAGUGGCUUUGGUGCUUAGAGUGCCUAUUUAAUGAUAACUGCUAAAUCAGUGGUUCCCAAACCAGUCUUCAUGGCCCACCAAAAAUCUGGGAUUUAUGCAUUUCCUUGGUUUAUUCGAUUGGAGAUACUGACAAAACCUUGACUGUUGGUGGGCCAUAAGGACUGGUUUGGGAACCACUUUGCUAGAUUCUUAAUGUCUGUACACACUGCCUGUGUCAAUUACAUUUCUUGCCUUAAAAACCUUUUCUUACUUGCCCAUUAUUCUGAUUGUAGGCCCAGUUCCUCCGUACUCCAGUGAGGAGGCAGAACCCUUCAUGGAAGGUGCUGAGGCGGUGCUGUCCUGUUGGCGGUAUUCCAUGGACGGAGUGGUGAUCAAUGGCACAGAUACUCUAAAUUCUACCACCAGCUCUCAGGCUCACAAGAAGAGGCAGCAUUAUAGCAAACACAAGAACCAGGGAGGAAGUGGAGUACACAGAAACCCCAGGGCGCUCUUUUGCUUACAUCUUAACAAUCCCAUUAGAAGGGCAAGCAUCAGCAUUGUGGAAUGGAAGUAUCCUUCAGAAAAAUCAAAUUAAUGGCAGAUACGUAACUUAUUUUGAAAAUAUAUGUAUUUAUGGUUAUUACCAAAUAAGGGUGUGUUUUUGUUUUGUUUUGUUGGCAGUUGCAAAAAGUAUUGCUAUGUAAACAGGUGUAUAUGGCUAAUUCUGAGGUAAAAUGUCACCAUUAUAUCAGUGUAAGCAUUCUUAGCUUAUAUUUUAGUUUAAAGGAGAACUGUGAAGUUUAGAAAAAAUUAGAUGUAAUAUAUCCUCUUUGUAUUUUGUUUUGUAAUACUAACAGGGUUAUUCACUAAAGAGAAUUUGACAUUUAAGGCCAGAGAAAUCGAACUAAAAGCCACAGCUGACUUCAGUUUGGCUAUUUUAACCUUAAAUUUGAAAUUCACUUUGAAUUCUUACUUUAGUGAAUAACCUUGAUUUUGAGAAAAUUCUUCUUUGGACUGCAACUUCUGGCUUGCUUUCUGUCUAUGGCAGGGGUUCCCAAUUCAUUUUUCAUGUGGAACCCUUUGACAUAGUGUACCAACAUCGUGGAACCCGCCCAAAAAAUAUUGUGCCAUAACGCAAACCUUUUAAUUAGCAGAGUGUCUUUUAUAGCAAAUUUGUUUUUCUGCUAUACAUACACUAAUUUCUACAGAUAGUAAGCAGAUUGUAGUACAUAGGAGCAGAUGUGCCUUUUUGUUUUAAGUUGGUGUAUGUAUGUAAUUUUAGCUUCUUAAUACAGGGGUGUGUUUGUAUGUAAUGUUUGCAUUUGUGUGCAGGGGUGUGCUUGGAUGUAAUGUUGGUUUUUAAAGGACCACUAUAGGCACCCAGACCACUUCAGCUUAAUGAAGUGGUCUGGGUGCCAGGUCCAGCUAGGUUUAACCCUUUUUAUUAUAAACAUAGCAGUUUCAGAGAAACUGCUAUGUUUAUGUUAGGGUUAAUCCAGCCUCUAGUGGCUGUCUCAUUGACAGCCGCUAGAGGGCUUCCGCGCUUCUCACUGUGAUUUUCACAGUGACAAGAUGCCAGCGUCCAUAGGAAAGCAUUGAAAAUGCUUUCCUAUGGACUGGCUGAAUGCACGCGCGGAUCUUGCCGCGCAUGCGCAUUCAGCCGGUGAUGGAAGAAGAGGGAGGAGAGGAAGAGGAGAGCUCCCCGUCCGGCGCUGGAGAAAGAGGUAAGUUUAACCCCUUCCCCUCCAUCCAGCCCGGUGAGAGGGGGUCCCUGAGGGUGGGGGCACCCUCAGGGCACUAUAGUGCCAGGAAAACGAGUAUGUUUUCCUGGCACUAUAGUGGUCCUAUAACCCCUUAAGGACCAAACUUCUGGAAUAAAAGGGAAUCAUGACAUGUCACACAUGUCAUGUGUCCUUAAGGGGUUAAACAUGGAUAGACAUUUGUGAGUAGUAUUGUUGUUUGAAUUCAUUUUUUUUGUGUGUAAUGUUUAUGUUUGCAUGGGGGGUGUUUGUAUGUUGUGUUAGUGUUUGAUUUGCGCGCAUGCCCAGUUAAACACUGGGGCAUUCACUAUUGUCUGAAAUUUGGACGGGAAUUUCGUCAGAAAGACUAUUGAAUAUAAAUUUCAGACGAACACACAAGCACCGAUUAUUGGUGUUCAUUUGUUCGUUCAGUUUACUACCAGUGAGCAGCAACCUCCUUGUAAUAUGUAAAAAUGGAAGCGGCAGUGAGCAGUGCUCCCCAACACUUUCUAAGCCUCCCAUGUACUCCCUCACUCUAUGGGGUCAAUAUGACAACCACAAUAGCCUAAGGGAGAUUAAAAUCUCCAAAAUGCCCCUACUCACUGUUCUAAAAAAUAAGCUCCCCACCCCCAUGAAUCAAUUAAUGGGGGACCUAGCAUAGGCCUAUUGUGUCCCCCUCUGCAGCCCCCACCCAUGAACAGCGGAUGGGGGCCCUAAGUAACAAAAGGAGGGGGGACCUAUCGCCCCCCCCUCCCCCAGCUUCCCUCACUGGCGAUGGGUGGGGGCUAAAGGUAAAAAACUCCACCCCACAGGUGACUAGGGGCCCCAAAGCCCCUAGUCACCCCCCACCCUAAUAAAAUUAAACACUACCUACCCCCCUCACCCUAAAAAUAGUGAGGGAGAACAAAAAACUAAAAAAAAACAGUUUACCUUAUAAUUUAUUAGUUAUUUUUAAGAAUGAGUAAAUUCUCCUCUAAUCAGGGAUGAACUGAAUGUCUGGGGCCUGUUUCUAUAAUCAGAUGUACUUUGUGCAUCUAUAUAUCAGCUAUACCUUGAUAAUUUUUAAUUCUAUUCUGCAGGUUUGUCAGGGUUUUUUUUUUGCACUCCUAAGUAAUGCCAUUUAAGUGAUCUUUGGUCAGGAGCAAGCACCUACCCAACCAAUGUCAGUUCACAUUGCAAUGAUAUCAGCCAUCAUAGUUGGACUUUCAUGCUUUGUUAAUUCCUUAGAACAGGUUUCCCCAAACUCCGGCCCUCUAGAUGUUGCUGAACUACAAUUCCUAUGAUUCUAUGAAUGAAAUAGAUCAUAGCUGAGAAUCAUGGGAGUUGUAGUUCAGCAACAUCUGGAGGGCUGGAGUUUGGGGAAGCCUGCCUUAGAAUGUACUACUGUGUAAAGGAGGGUGGUGUUUGGUCGGCCAAUUGUGUGCUUCUGACCAAAGGUCACUUAAAUGGCAGUGCUCAGGGUUGAAUCUGUGGAGCACCUGAGAAGAAAUUAUCAAAGUACGAUGUUUCUAAAAUUGAUGCAAAGUACUAAAAGUGGGGCAAUCACUAUGGUAACCAAUGGAACCAGCGGGCAGAAUCCAUUGGUAACUCUUCCUCGUUUGCAUCUUUGCACCAGUUUGCACAACAUGAUACUUUGAUAAAUCUCCCCCCCUGCACUUAGAAUCUGUCAGGAAUUCAGAAAAUCAGCUGAAACACGUUUUCUUCCUUAAACUAAUUUAUUUCAGACCAUUUGAUAUUCUCAUCCUGAUGACGAUUUUUGCUAACUGUGUAGCUUUGGGGGUUUAUAUACCUUUCCCUGAAGAUGACUCCAACAUCGCGAAUCAUAAUCUGGUGAGUUAAAGUGCCUCAGGCAAGGAGAGAUCGAGAGAAACCAGUAUAAAUAAAUCCAGGCAGAGUGGUAGAAUUAAAAUGGAAUGGUCACAUCCUAGGAUUUUUAAUAUUAUGUUAUGCAUCUAAGAAAUAUGCAUUUGUGAGGUGCGCAAAAUAAUAUUAAUUGUAGAAAUCUGCACAUAUUUAUCUUUCAACUGGGUGCCUCCUUUUACCUCCAAGGCAAUCAUUCUUACAAACAUUGUCCUAUGCAUCUGAUAUUCAGAAAGCACACAAAGAAGAUAAAUUAUACAAUGUUUCUAUUUAUAUUGUUCAGAAAUCUGUCUAAAUCUGUGUUAGUGAGCACUUCUCCUUUGCCGAGAUAAUCCAUCCACCUCACAGGUGUGGCAUAUCAAGAUGCUGAUUAGACACAGGUGUGCCUUAGGCUGGCCACAAUAAAAGGCCACUUUAAAAUGUGCAGUUUAAUCACACAGCACAAUGCCACAGAUUGGCAGUACAUCCAACCAGCCUCACAACUGCAGACCACGUGUAACCACACCAGCCCAGGACCUCCACAUCCAGCAUCUUCACCUCCAAGAUCAUCUGAGACCAGACACCCGGACAGCUGCUGCAACAAUUAGUUUGCAUAACCAAAGAAUUUCUGCACAAAACUCUCAGAAAACAGGAGGUGGGGCCUGACAUCUGAGCUAACCAGACGUGCAUGCAGAGAGCUCUGGCAAAAAUCAGCAUUAUUUAGGCAAAUAUAUGCCACAAACUCAGAUAUAGUAGCCCAGCUUGGCAACACAGCAGUGCUGAAUUGAGUGGAGACUCGUGCACACACGCCUGGCUAAAUUCUAGAGUGAAUAUCCCACACUCCACAAAUGAGGCUCUCCUGAUGACCCGCAUCCCCCCUUCUGGACCGGUGGGGGUUAUUCCGGUCCCAGCUGGGGAAACUGACAGGCUUACACCCUGAAAUCUCUCGACUGGAACGCAGAUCGCAUGUUGGGCCCAAAAUGGCCGCCAAGCACCAACCCCUGCAACUCCACGAAAGCCUAGAAACACGGGCAUGGAGAGAGCGAUUUGAAGCUCAAUUUGACUGCAUAUGCCGGGACUUAUGUUUAAAAAUGUGCACACACUCAUGCCAAUGCUAAGCCUGUAUGUAUCUAUAUGAACGCUGUUGUGGCGCUUGACAAAAGCCUGUACUCAAAAACAUAAAAAUGCGCAAUUAUCUAUGCCACUGUUUAGCCUGUUUAUAUACACGUGUACCCUUUUCUGGCGUUUGUCGAUGUUUUUGUACUCCGCUGCGCAACAAAAAUAAAGAAUUUAAAAAAAAUAAUAAACUCUCAUAAACUGUCUCAGGGAAGCUCAUCUGCAUGCUUGUCGUCCUCAUCGGGGUCUCGACCUGACUGCAGUUCGUCGUCGUAACCGACUUGAGUGGGCAAAUGCUCACAUUUGAUGGCAUCUGGCACUUUGGAGAGGUGUUCUCUUCAUGGAUGAAUCCCGGUUUUCACUGUACAGGGCAGAUGGCAGAUUGCGUGUAUGGCGUCGCGAGCGGUUUGCAUUGUGGAUUGAGUGGCCCAUUGAGGCUGUGGGGUUAUGGUAUGGGCAGGCGUUUGUUAUGGACAACGAACACAUGUGCAUUUUAUUGAUGGCAUUUUGAAUGCACAGAGAUACCGGGACAAGAUCCUGAGGCCCAUUGUUGUGCCAUACAUCCAUGACCAUCACCUCAUGUUGCAGCAUGAUAAAGCACGGCCCCAUGUUGCAAGGAUCUGUAAACAAUUCCUAAAAGCUGAAAACAUCCCAGUUCUUGCAUUGCCAACAUACCCACCGGACAUGUCACCCAUUGAGCAUGUUUGGGAUGCUCUGUAUUGGCGUAUAUGAGAGCGUGUUCCAGGUCCUGCCAAUAUCCAGCAACUUCGCACAGCAAUUGGAAAGGAGUGGACCAACAUUCCACAGGCCACAAUCAACAACCUGAUCAACUCUAUGUGAAGGAGAUGUGUUAGAUACUGACUGGUUUUCGGCCCGCCCCCAACCCCCACCGGAUCACCCCUAAUACAGUAAAACUGCACAUUUUAGAGUGACCUUUUAUUGUGGCCAGUCUAAGGCACACCUGUGCAAUAAUCAUGCUAUCUAAUCAGCAUAUUGGUAUGCCACACCUGUGAGGUGGAUGGAUUAUCUCAGCAAAGGAGAAGUGCCCACUAACACAGAUUUAGACAGAUUUGGGAACAAUAUUUGAAAGAAAUAGGCCUUUUGUGUACAUAGAAAAAGUCUUAGAUCUUUGAGUUCAGCUCAUGAAAAAUGGGGGCAAAAACAAGUGUUGGGUUUAUAAUUUUGUUCAGUGUAUAUAUCUGAAUAUACAGCAUUUUACAAAACAAAUUAAUACUAUAUAUAUAUAUAUAGUAUUUUAUAUAGUCAUGAAUAAAUAAAUGAUUUAAGCUCCAAACAAAAAACAUCAGCUAAAGGUAUGUCAGUGGGCACCAACAUGAAGAAGCAUUUAAUCACCUUCAUCAGUAUGUAUAAAAGACUGUUUUAUUGCCUGCCAAAGUCAGCUUUAGAGUAAAUUAAAAACGCAUGGAAAUUCUUUGUAUCACCGACAGGUAAACCCAGUUAAAUUAUUGUAAUUCUUUCCAAAAAAAAGGACAUAUGGUUUUAUUCUUUUCUAAUGCUUACUUUAGCUGUAAUUGCUUUAUAUCUCCUGUUGGGAAUGUAGCAAACCUUUCAGAUUAAGAACCAAAAGAUUAUAUGUGGAAAACAUAUUUUAAUGAAAUUGUCAUCCGCAGUCCAACAAUGCAUAUAUGUUGAUCACAAAAAACAAUAAUGCCAAAGUUUGACAAUAUGGUGCUUCUACGUACAGUGAAUGGUAUAUAUAAAAUUGAAAUGUAAAUACCAGUACAAAUGAAACAAAGGCCUUUCGUGUAUCAUAUACAUUUCUUGGUUGCUGCUGACAUUAUUUGAAAUAAACAUUAAUAAUAAUAAUAAUAAUAAAUUCCAUUAUGUCCAUUUAAUAUACUCGACAAGACUUGAUAAGAACUGAAGUGGUUACAGACAAACUCUGACUCAAGCUACUGUUUAUUUGCCGUAGGUUUAUUAAGGCAGUCCCAAUAUCAUAAAAUGCGUAGUCUAGCCGCUGUAAUGCCAGAGAAUGUCUGUUCUUACUCAGAGUACAGCUGGAAUCAACUCCUCUUCUAUCUGAAUUAUAUUCUAAACUCCCAGCGGUUACAGCUAAUUUUAGAUCAUGCAAAAGGUAAUGAGCUUUAAUCCGGUGUACUCAGGGCUUUUCCCUGGAGGAGGGGAAGGGAAUCCCAUAUCUAAAGAGGUUAUGUUGUAAUUAUACAAUAAAUAUGCUGUACAAAACAAAUAUAAAACAUCCUUAUGUGUGCAACUAAAUAUAACACAAACAAGUUAAAAAAAGAAAAAGACAAAACAAAAACGACAUAACAUGUUUUUGUCCAGUGGUCAUGAAAAAGGCUGUUCGGAAUAAUCGGUCGUUAGCAACUCUCUUUGUAUCACUUCAAUGAGAUACAAUGGCGUCAUCAACGAUUCUACAUUCCUAGAAAAUGCUUGGAACAAUGUAUAUGCUCUGUUUGAAUUCCAUUGUAUCUUUAUGCUGUGUCAAAUUAGCUGGAUGAUAAUCUCUACAACAAUGGCUCAAAAAACAAAAUGUUUGGGCCUGAGAUAUCCUGAAAAUUAAAUCCAUGUCUGAGUCUGGAGCAAUGUACAACCUGUUGUGAGUCUCAGUCGAGCAGUGUCAGGUAUAAAUCCUUAGAUAACCUCUUCUUCCCAGCAGAUUAACCUUCUGUGCUAUGUCCUAGGAACAAGUCGAAUACAUCUUCCUCAUCAUUUUUACCGUGGAGAGCUUCCUGAAGAUCAUCGCCUAUGGGCUGGUCAUGCAUCCAAGUGCCUACAUUAGAAACGGAUGGAACUUGCUUGAUUUUGUCAUCGUCGUCAUUGGGUAAAAGAUGUCUAAGAGGAAUCAGUAGGAAAAUAUAAAACAUUUUAGUACUGUACACAUAUCAAUACAUUUUUUAAAGGUAUAUGUACAUAGCUAUAUUCUAAAUUAGUAACUGAGAUAAGGUUGUUAUAGUGCCCGGAUUGUUUCUUUAAGAGAAAAGCAGAGACUAAGCAUGAUUUGUUUACUGUUUUACUUUAAAUGAAUGUUCAUAUUGAUAUAGUGUUGCGUAAAUCCUCAAUAAUGUCUACAGACAGCCAUGUGGCUCUUGGCUAAUGUAUUCAUCAGGCUGUAAAAGGUUGACAGACAUAAAGGGGAUGAUUUAAAAGUGGCUUUGAGAGUGCAGAUAGUACCAAGCUUGUAGCUUUAUUCACAAAACUGAGAAUUGCCAGGAAUUCAAAGUGAGUUUAAAAUGUUAGACCAAAAUAGUAGAAAUAGCUGCGUAAUUGACCUAAUUGACCUUGUUGGUGUAGACAAGGAUAAGUAACCCAGCUACACUAGAGAGAACACGCCAUCUAUUGGCUGCUCUGGAUUUGACACUUAAAGCAACAUAACUGUAUACAGUGUAGUGUUAAUGUAGCCAAUAGUCUCUGUGUGUUAUUUGCCAGUUGUUUAUCAAUUUUUUGGGGAGAGAUUUGAGAAAACCAGGGCUCUCCUUGUCACCCAGCAUCCACCAUGACGGCUACUGAUCUGCACUUGUUACCUUGCUUAGGGUAAACCUGACAGAGUAUUCAAAGCAGACUUAUUAUGCACAUUAUUGUUAGUGUCAGUUCAGUGGAUUUCUUUUGCAUGAGGUUCUAGUCAAGUAGAAAAUAUUGUUACACCUUAUCUCUUAACGGUGUAGGCAACUUUUCACACUCCAGGUGGUAUGAACUACAUCUCCCAUAAUGCUUACAUAAGGAUAAGGAGAUAUCCUUAUCUAUCAGACAGCCACCAGAGGGACUUCCGUAUUCUUAGAACACGAAAAGUGCUUUAAAUUACACCGGACGUCCUCACGCUAUGCAUGAGGACAUCCAGCGUCGCCACAAUCCCCAUACAAAAGCAUUCGAUGAUGCUUUCCCUUGGGGAGGUCUAAUGCGUGCUUGCGGCCAUUGCCGCGUAUGCUCAUUAGGUCUCCACCACCAGCUGAUGUCUGUGAUGGAGGAGUGUGGGCGGAGCCUGACCCAGCGCCGAGGGACAUCGGCGCUGGAUUCAGGUAAGUCACUGAAGGGGUUUUAUCCCCUUCAGCAACAUGGAAUGGGAGGUGGGAGGGAGGGGACACUGCAGGGUCCUGCAGUGCCAGGAAAAUGGAUAUGUUUUCCUGGCACUGGAGAGUCUCUUUAAGUCCUUUUAGGUGUUGACUUAUCUACGUUUACAGUUAUGUGUCCACAACUCUGCCUUGACAGGAUUGUGAUCACUUAAACCUGCGUACUUACAGUAACGUGUAGGACACAUUUUCACUGAACAGAACUUUUAUUGUAAAAGCAUUGUCAAAAUGUAUUGCGGUGUUGGGAUGGUCAUUAACAGCUCAUUGGCCGUUGUAAACGUAUUGAUCAAUAUAAAACAAUCAAUUGUAAUUCAUCCCCAUUUCUGUAACUUUAUGACAACAUAUUACUUACGCAGAAUUCUAUGCGUUUUGGAGAUAAUAACCACUGGGGUUAUAUGUCAUCCUUGAUGUUGAUUACAGGAAGAGUCUGCUUGUGUAACUAGUUUCUCACUUUUGAUUUUCUCUUUAAAUUAUCUUGCAGGCUUUUUAGUGUCAUAUUGGAACAGUUUUCUCACAAGCAAGGGGAUGCUCAUCACAUGAGUGGAAAACCUGGAGGGUUUGAUGUGAAGGCCCUCCGGGCAUUUCGUGUUUUGAGGCCUCUUAGACUCGUGUCUGGAGUCCCAAGUAAGCAGUGAAUUGUACCCUUUCUCUAAACACUGAAUUUUACUUAUAAUAAGCACUGAAUUGUACGUGUUCUUUUCUUUCGGUCUUUUGCAGUGGCUUAUUUGCACAUUCUUUACGAUAUAUGUGUUGUCUUGCAUACCAAAAUGUAUACAAUAUGGGAUUUUCCUUCUUUCCAAAUGAAGUGAAUUAGCAUACAAAUAGGGAGAUUAGGCGGUGGAAAGUCAUUACGGGGUCUUUUCACUAAGCUCAAAUUAAAUCAAACUUGGGGUUUAACCUUAAGCCAGUCCAGCUACUAUUUCCUUGAACUCAGCAAUUAAACUCAGCAGGAUCACCUGACCAGCUUCAAAGUUACAUCAAUGCCAGUACAUAUUACAAAAUUUACAUACCAAACCAACAUUUGGCCUUCUUUAGUUUUAUAUUGUGUGAACAGUUGGCUAUAUCAAAACAUGUUAGGUGACUUUAUCAGGGUAAUACACUAAAGUGAGAAUUAAAAAUGACUUUCAAAUGAAUUUAAAAUUUAAGUUCAAAAGAGCCAAACUGAAUUAAAUCUCUAAGUCAGCUAUGCUUUCAGUUCAAUUACUCUGGCGUUACAUUUUAAAUUUACUUUGAAUUCACUUUGAAUUUUCCUUUUAGUAAAUAACCCUGCAUGACUGACUGUACUAACUGAUUUCUAGGAGAGAGGAACAGACGCAUAUGGGUCCUAAAAAUGAACUGUCCCCCCUAAUGAAGUGUACUGGGAGGUAUUGAAGUUUCUGUCUUAAACCAGUGUCAAGAACAAUCACUCAUGGUCCAACAAGAGCUGGUUGGCCAGAUAUCUUCUGCUUACUGCAUUAAAACAUAUUUUAUAAAUAGGAAAAGAUUAAAGUACACAUAGAUCUAUGUAUCAUUCUACUAAAUGUCACCAGGCAGCAUCUCUUGUGUUUUUAUUGACAAUAUAUAUUUCUACACUACAGGACACAACCAUAACUUAAGACUACAUAACCAAACUCUGAAGUACAUAACUAAAAAGUAGUACUUAAAAAUAUGUCCUUAACAUGCUAUCUGCAUCUUCCAUCAGACUUUAGGGCUCUAAGGAUCAGGUUGUGAUGAUACAAGCGGCCAUCUGUUGUUAAAGGUUAACUAAAAUAACAAUAGCCAGCAGAUUCUAUUACCGGUAGAGGCGUGAAGAUGUCAGAUUGCAUGAUCCAGCUCUGAUAUGUAGACGUGUGGAGUAGAGGGUUUCUUUUUUUGUAUUAAUGUAUUAAUCAUUUCACUUUGUCUUCUAGGUUUACAUAUUGUGUUGAAUUCUAUCAUGAAAGCCAUGGUUCCCCUACUGCACAUUGCUCUGUUAGUCCUGUUUGUCAUCAUCAUCUAUGCAAUCAUUGGUCUGGAACUGUUCAUUGGUCGAAUGCACAAGACCUGCUUCUACGUUGACUCUGGUACGUUCCUACGUUAGUAGCCAGCUUUAAGGGAAUAUAGAGAGAGAAUUACAUUUUUCUGGUUCUCAUCCUCCAAUGCAAUGUGUGCCUUGACUGUGCCAGGACUGAAUUGGGUUGUGAUGCAUUUGCUAAAUCUUUAAUAUAAAUUUAAAAUAAAACAAGCAUCAUAUCAAAAAAAGUUAACAUAAGUUAUAGGUGAUUUUCAAUGUUUUAUUCAGUGGUAUAAAUUCCAGAGAAGUGACGAUUACUCUUUAAGAAUUGUAAUGUCCAAGAUGGCCAACUCCAUAUCAAGUUGUUAUCACUCCUUCAUUUAUUAUAGCUUUCAGAUGAUAGGCCCACAUAAAGGUGGGGCAUUCAAGAAGCAUACUACAAGGUUUUAUUAAAAUGAGUUAUAGUCUUUGAUCACCGUACAAUAUUUUUGAAGUUCUAUCUAUCACAUGUCGCUUUUCAUUAUGGCAGACUUAGUUUCAGAGGAAGAGCCAGCGCCCUGUGCUUUCUCCGGACAUGGAAGACAGUGUCACCUGAACAACACAGAAUGCAGGGGCAAGUGGGAAGGACCCAAUGGGGGGAUUACAAAUUUCGAUAAUUUCUUCUUUGCAAUGCUGACUGUUUUCCAAUGUAUCACAAUGGAGGGAUGGACAGAUGUCCUUUACUGGGUACGUACCAAAAUAAUGGAGCAAUUUUGGCCAACUACAGUUAAAUGCAUUGUAUGUUUAAUUUGUAAUUCACCGGGAUGAGGGAGGGAAGUAAAUAGAUUUGUCAAAUACAAAGGUAGAGAGUAGAGGCAGGUGCAGAGAGAGUAGGGACAGAUGCAGGUAAAGGAGGAUAGAGAGAGAUACAGGAGAAGGAGGAUAAACAUAAACAUUUGUAGAAAACAGAAAAUGUAGAAUAGUGAUCUUUUGAUGGGUAGAUGAGGAAUACAACAUGUGAAGUGCAUUCGGAGAAGAAGUGAGAAAAUAAAGGCUUGCUGAUUUAUGGGUGAUAAAGAGGAGUUGGGGAAUGAUGUUAAUUGUUUAUUUAGUAAUGAAUCUGAACAUUCUCACUUCUCCUGGAUGCAUGUGGUUUAUUUGCUAAACAAGGAACAGUGGUGGAACAAGAACUACAUUGCAUAAUUUACACCAGAUCAACUGUAGAGGUUACUAAUUUGGCUCAAAUUUAGCAUUUUGAUUUCCAGUUCAUCGCAGUUCAAAGUCUCGUAAAUAAACCUCAAGUGGUUUUGUAGUUGUUCCUAUGCAUAGCUCUCUGCCUGAUUAAUGCAUUAUGGUCUAUCCUUUAAAGCAUAAUUUAUGGAGAAUUUAUCAGGGAACUGCAAAUUUGGAUUCAUUCACAGCUCUAUUGUACCUUUCAAAUGACCAAAUAAUGUUUGUUUUGAGGUGUAAAAUUCAGCACAGUACAUUCUCCAGGCCUUGCUUAAUGCCAUUAAUUUCUGUGUUUCAGAUGCAAGACGCAAUGGGUUACGAGCUUCCAUGGGUGUAUUUUGUCAGUUUGGUUAUUUUUGGAUCUUUCUUUGUCUUGAACCUUGUGUUGGGUGUGUUGAGUGGGUGAGUUGUUUUUUUUUUUAAUUUAAAUUUUGUAUUAAUUAUCCAUACAAAAACAGGGACACGUUAUGUAAUUAAUAACACUUGCUAUACAAAAUGUAAUCUACAAAGAAUACAUGUAAUAAAUUAAUACGUAAUGACUAGAUCAUAAACCAUCGUACAUAAUCAAUGUGCCCUGUAGGCAAAAUACAAAUAGACAACAGACUUAGACAAACAUUAGACAGACAAAACAAAACAAAAAUGGACAAAAGGUUUUUUCAUAUAUCCCUUAAAUCAAUGGGUGAGUCCCAAGGGGGAGUCCUGGAGGAAGUAGGUCCUGGGUGCAACCCUACAUCAGACUGAUACGAGUAUGGAAUAGAAAAGAACCAACCACCAUAAUCAUCCUCUAGAGAUUCUCUAUUAAAUUUAGCCAUGAAAUCAACACAUCUUGGGGAACCUUAGUGAUGCAUAUUUCCAUUGUUAGCUGAAAUUUGAGCUGUUCCUUAACCGGAGACCAAAUUGGAACAAUGGGUGAUUUCCAUUGUCUGGCUAUCAUAUUUUUGCAGUAUGUGAGUAACCAAGGGGGUAUGAUUUCCAAAAACAUGUCUGACAUUAGGAUGUAAUAGAAAUAGUUCAGUACAAAAAUAAAAAGGUUUACUAAUUAAUGCUUAAAUCUUACUCCUGAUCAUACUCCAGAACAGCUGGAUAAGUAAAAAUUCGCCUCUAUGGUCCCCACAUCUCUAGCAGCUGAUAUGCACCUGAUAUGAACAAAUCUUAGAUAAUCAAGUACCACCUAUUUAAGAUCUUGUAGUGGCUCUCCUAUAGCUUGAGACAGUGAAUGGUUUUAUGCACCUCAUUUCUAUAGUUCCUCCAUUCAUCACAACUAGUUUGAAUAUUUAGAUCUAUGUCCCGUUUCUUAAUAAUGAGUUUGAUAGGUCUAUCAGGAUCUCUACUAGCCAGUUCUAGACAACCAGCUACUAUACUUGUUGGAGUCGUUUUUUUCAAUAGCUUUUCCAAUACAUUUAAUUUAUUAGAUUUUUCAUUAGAUAAGUGGUUAUGCAGGAAACCCUUUAUUCUUAGAUAGUUAAGAUUUCUUUACUAUCUAGGUUAUAUUCAGUGCUCAGUGUGUAGAAGUCUUUCAAAUUGUUGUUAUUUAUUAAAUUGCUUAUUUUUCAGAGACCACAUUUAAUCCAAUUUUGGGUGUUAAGGUCAACUAUAUUAUAAUAUAGAUGAAUUCUAGUAAGGCAAGUAAUUAUUGUUGAGUUGGUGAAUUUAUGGACUGUCUCAUGGUGACAUUACUGUGAUAUGGUUUUAAUCCCGGAAGGGUUUAGGCUGCUCAAGCUCUCUGUAGCCUCCAGGCCAGUAAUGGACACAAUGUGCAUUCAACCUUUUGGCUAAGUGAGCAUCAUGGGAAAUUUAGUUAAAUUUAGUUCACAAACUUCUAGGGUGCCAACAUUUGCCAUUGCUACCUUAGAUGGACACCAUCUAAGAACUCUGAUAUAUAGAGUACAUAAAGUAUAUACAAAAUGCUGUAUUUUAUCUUUAUGAGAUAUAGUUUGUAUUCAAUAUAUGAUAGUCCAGCUCUGGUUUUAUUCGGGAAAUGUUGGCCAGUGACAAAUAUAUUUCAGUGAAAGGAAUCCACCACACUAAUAGUGAUUAGGUUAGCAAAAUAUGUUUGCCCAGGACAUUUUUCUUAUUUACUUACUCCCACACGCUACUUACCUCAAAAUCCCAUUUUCUGUUCAGUGAAUUUUCCAAGGAAAGAGAAAAAGCCAAAGCUCGCGGAGACUUUCAGAAGUUGCGGGAGAAACAACAGAUGGAAGAAGAUCUGAAGGGAUAUCUUGAUUGGAUAACGCAGGCUGAGGACAUUGAACCAGAGAGAGAAGAGGGAGAAGACAGACAUAACCGUGAGUGUCAGAGUACAACUUAUUAAAUAGGACACUUCUAGUUAUGAAGUAAAGAUGUUGCACAUAGGUCAUCUUUUUUGAGUGGUAGCACAACCAGAAUUCUAGAACAAAGGGGCCUAGCAGUUAGAAUGCAUCUCACUGUCUUUAGGUUUCAGAUCUUAACUGAUAAGAUAGCAUGAACCAUACACCAACCUACCUCUUACCCCAUUCUUACUCUAACUGUACACCUAUCCUAACCUUACCCUUUAAGAAACUAACCCAGCAUUAACCAUUACCCGCCACUAACAAUCCUAUACGAACUCCACCCCUACACCAACCAUAAUGAUAACCCUAACACUAGCUCAGUGGGAUUCCACCUACUGACAUCAGUACUAACAUCAGCAGAUGGAUUUCCCAGCCGCACUGUAAAGGAGCACUCAUUGAGCACUCAUCAUGCUUUUAUUAUGAGAGGCAGAUCUACUGCAUUCAUCACUGACAGCAGUGGGGGAAACUGGGAGCCCCUACAAGGAUCUUUUCAGAGGUGAUGGGUUUCCCCUCUGUUUGGGGGCAAGAUGAUAAUCACCAGGGCUGAACACAAUCGCUCAGCCUUGGUGAAAUUAAUGGAUUUAAAGGGCUUUAUGCAGCACUCACUUUAAGGGCUACAUACAGCUCACUAAAUAUGGCCCAAGCUGGCAGCGGGCCGCCCCAGGUAUCGAUUGAUACUUGGUUCUCCACAUUGCACGUAUGGAUUUCACCUCGCUUGCACCAAAAGCAAAGGACAUUCCAUGCCAUCCUAACAGCAUUAAAGCCUGCUAAUUUUAGGAUGGCAUGGGGCAUCUUAAUAUCGUUAAAGGUUAAUUGGUCAAAAUGUAUGGCCUUGAAAGAACGCUACAUGGUGACUGCAGUGGUGGGUGCAGGAAUGCCCUGGCACCCCCAUGGGUAAGUAGUAAAUCUAUUUGCAAACUCACUGUUAAGGCUCUCAGCCAAAGUACUGGCCCUGAACUGCGAGGCAUGGCUCAUUGGAGCUAACAGAAGAUCAUUGAAGGAGCUCAUGGCUUCACAGGAGGAUGAGACCAGCACCAGGCAGGUACGUUGGAAAGUUGUUGAACUGUUUGUAAACUGUUUGACUACUUACCCUGGGAGGACACCAAGUCUCUCCUGGAACCAUAACCUUUAAAGUGAGCUGUAGUGGAUAUGGUGCUUGGAGUGAUCCUUUAAGCAUCAUUUGGUAAAACCUAUGAAAAUGGUAAAAUAUUUAAUAUGUUUAAAAGUUAGCUUUUUACCCUCCUUGUCUGCUUGCUCCAAUUGGACAAGAUUGUUUUCUGUGUUGACUAUGGUAAUCCCUAAUUUUGUUGGUGCGAUUCCCUGUGCUUACAAGUAUGUACAACCUGACAAAUUGCUCUUAUGAUACAUCCUGAACAUCAUGUUGAAUUGUGGCAAGAUGAACUUAGUUAGUGGUGGGGUCAGCUCACAAGUGCUGUUAAUAUCAAUGUGGACCUGACCCCAAUGAAGGUCGGCUCACUCAAACUGGUUUGUUUGGUAGAUGUAAAUGUGGUUUUAUUUAAUUAAACUGCGCACAACACUGAACAAUUCAUCUUUAACCCUUUAAUGACCAGUGGCAUGUCAGCAUUCUCAUGAUAAAAAAGACUUUCUAAAACUCUUCUCUUGGAAGGGCUAAACAAAUUGUUAAAAAAAUGUAGCUGGAAUUAAUACCUCGAGACUAGUUAUGGUGAGGGUUCUGGCUUGGGGUUGGUUAUCAGGAGAAUAAAGAAUAUCAUUAAUCACGCAUUUCUUUAUCCUGAUGCUCAGUUUAUGCCUCCAGUCAAUGAAUGAUGUUCAGAGUUGGAUAAGUGAUAUUGUAAAGCAUACAAUGGGCAGGAGGUGUGCCAGAUGUGCCCAGGUAUAGCCUAAUGCAGUGCCAAAAUGUCCUCAAUGUCCCAUCUUUUUAUCUCUUUAGCUACUUUUGCAUGAGUUUGGGCUGGCUAGUUACGUUUUCAAAGAAAAUCAAUGUUUACACUUUGUUAUCACUAAAGCAAACAAUGUGCAUUUUGAACGAACUAACUAAUUUACUAACUGACAAGCAACACUUAUUCUUGAGUUUUACCUGCAUCCCGAUCAUAAGCUCAUCCUGUGGUACCUAUCUUGGGCACUACGGGUCUCUGUGAAGUACAUUUCCGAUGAUGCCACACAAUGGUGUUCAAUUUGUCCCAGUGCAUUCAUACAUUGCCUUUCUAACAUGAUCUUACUUGCUUCAUUUUUUAGCCCAUGUUCUAAAUGUUCUAGAAUGAUACCAUGGGGCUCCAGCCAUCUUCUUCUUGAACCUCUCUGUUUUUAGGAAGAAUAUCUACAAGUCUUUGAUGAGAGGCCAGACUAACGCUAAAUGGUGCCUGUUUUUCUGGGUCUUUGUCUGUAUGUUUCCAGAUAUUUUUUUUGCCUCUUGUGGACUGUUUUAUCCCUCUCUCAUGAAAUCAUUUCACGUUCCGCAUGACUGUGUAUUAUUUAUGUGUAUUAACCAUUUGUUUGUGAAGUGCAGCGUGUCUGUCUGUCUCUCACUUGCAGUCGUCCAUCUAUCUCUUACUUACAGGCGUCACUCUGGCUGAUUUGACUGGCAGGAGGAGGGGGAGACUUCAAUGGUUCAUGCAUCCUAACCAUUCCACAGAGACCCACAGUAACUCUCUUCCUUGUGUGGCCUGUGAUUUGUGGUCUUGUUGUAUUGUGACUAGUUCUUCCCAUUAUACUGGGGUCGCCAGGCUGUGUUGACCAGAGUCACCUGCCUCCACCACUCCCAGUGAUUUGUGAUUCCCCCUAGUAAUGUGUUUUGUGCUGUGUUGUCGUGGUUCUUGUGACUAGAGCUAGUUACAGCUAAAAUUGUGUGAAUAUUGACAAAGUGGGGGCAAAAUGUCCUCAUAGACAUUAGAACUUGUUAGUACAUGCUGCUGUAGAUCUGUAGAUGAAAACUCUCAGUGUUUUCAUAGGCCAGAGAUUAACUGGUAUAUAUGGUUCUGCAUGAGGCCCUCUAAUGGGCCACACAGCUGAACGUGGCUUUUCUGGCCACUGAUGUGCAUAUGCAGAGGUUUUGGGUCUGAAAGGAACAUUUUUAUGGCUCACAGGUACAGGUAACCCAUCUAACUCAAUUGUCUAAAUAAAUGUUUUUUAGGAGGAUAUCUAUUAUUUAUAGGAAAACAAAGUUAAGUUACGAUUUUCUAACUCAUAAAUAUGAUGGUCAAACCUGAUGUAAGAUUUAAAUAACUAAUCCGUCCAGCAAUAAGAGUUCCUAAAACCACUUGACUAAUUAUUCAUGGCUCCCUCUGAGGAUAACAUUGUGCAACCCAAUAGGACUAAAUGGGUUAAUAUGUCAAUGGGGUAAAGCAUAUAUUUUUUUUUCUUCUUCCCAUUUUAUAGUAAUUAGUAACUAACUAACUAAUUCUGAAGAUUCCCAAAUAUUUGUUGGAAGUAAUAUUUCAUUAUGAAGUAUACCAAAAAUAAGGAAAGGUUUGGUUUCUGAGGGCUAGGUUUGAUACGGUUAGGGAAGGAUUGGUACCGGCAGUCAGAAUGUUGGCCUUCAUCUCCCUCAAUGCUUCACUUGAGUUGUAGUUUAAUAAUAGCUAAUAUUAUUAUUAUUAUUAUUAUUUAUAUAGCGCCAACAAAUUCCGCAGUGCUUUACAGUGUUGCCCUGCCUCAAACUGGGUAAUCAGUACAACUGAGAUAUCAAUUGGCAUAAAUGAUGUCAUUUGAAUAGAUAAUAAUCUAAAACCAACCACAUGGUCCAGGUUAAACUGAACAUUGUACAAAGAUGUAAUUAGUAACAAUAUUAUAAAUAUUUUGAGAACAAAGACGUGAUUGUAAAUUGGAUUGAUAUUCGUCAGUGAGAGCGAUUUUAUGUAGUAAAGAUGGAGUUAAAAAAAGAGUUUUAAAAAGUUAGGAAAAUUACUUUAUUACAGUAAGACAAGGAACAUCUUCAUAUAUGUGAUGAGUGUGUGAAAUUAGGGUUAUAGAUGCCAGUAGUCAGGAGGCUGGCAGUUACGGCAAAAUGAUUUUCUAAACAAGAUGUAACAUAGAACUUAUAACUAUAUCAGGUCCAGGAACAUAUACAAUAUGGCAAGUUGCCUAUAAAGCUUGGGGUGCCAAAUUUCAGACAUUUUAAAACUGGUCAUGGUCAGUUGAUUGACUCUAGAACUUAAAUGUCAAAUGCAAUCUCAUGGACUUUGUAUAAGCUUUCCAGUUGAGUUUCAAAGGGGAUAAAAGAAAAGAUAAAUAUCUUGGCAUCAAAACAUUUAUCCAUUAAUGGAUAAAUAUUGGGAAAGGAUCUGGCAAAGUGCUAUAACACAGCUCAAAUGUACGUUAUGUACAUUGGGGGGUGAAGGUUUUUCUUUAUGGGUUAUUAAUCUUGGUGAAUAAUAAUUGAGUCAGUUCUUGUAUUCUUUAUGCUUUAUUGGAUUCCCUAUUUUAUUGUUUUAUUGAGAAUGUUUUAUUGAAUUUCCUAUUUUAUAACCACAAUACGUAUAAAAGUAGAAUUAACUCAAAAUAAUCUUUCUCCCACUGUUUGUCCACGCCAUCUCCAGCAAGCCUUCCUGCCAGCGAGACAACUUCGCUCAACACAGAGAAUAUAGACGAUGAGCAUACCAAUUGCUGCUCAUUAUGCAUGUGGGUAUUUAUACAAUCUAUGAACCCAAAGCUCUGUGCGUGUAACUGUAUGCCUAAAACUCAUGUGUCUGCAAUUGUUAUAUCUGAUUAUAAAACUCUGCCACUCAACACACAUGCGACAACGUGUGAUAUACUGUAGAAUAGCAGAUAUUACACGUAAGUCAGUGGCGGAUCCAGAGCCUGAUCUCGGGAGGGGCACUUGUAGAUUAUUUAAAGAAAUAAUCCAGACACAAUAACCACUACAGCUCAGUGUAGCGGUUAUGGUGUCAAUAGUGCCGGGACCCCCUCCCAGAGUAAGUAGUCAAACCAUUUAAGAAUAGUUUGACAACUUGCCUGAGGUUUGCUGGGAAAUGGGGCUGUAGUAGGGCAUAGGAGCAGUGGUGUGUGUGAGUGGUGCAAUGUGUAAGGGGUGCAGUGUGUGUCUGUGUGAGGGACACAGUGUGUGUGUGAAGGUUGCAGUGUGUGAGUGAGGGCAGCAGUAUAUGUCAGGGGUGCAGUGUGUGUGUGUUAGGGGGGCAGUGUAUGUGUGGGUCAGUAUUUGUGUGUGACAUUUGCAGUGUGUGUGUGAGGAUUGCAGUGUAUGUGUGAGUGUGGGGCAAUGUGUGUAUGGGGGGCAGUGUGUGUGUGUGUGUGUGUCUAUGGGGGCGGUGUGUGUGGGGGGGAGCAAUGUCUGUGAUUAUAAAAAAGCCCCAUACCCUUCUUAUCACACACAUUGCCCCCUCACACAUACACUCCCCCCAUACAUACAUAUUAAUUACAUUUUUUUAUUUAUUUAAAUGUUUAUUGACAAUAUUUUCGAGGGAGUGGAGUGGGGUACAGAAGUAAAAAAGAGGAGGGGGGAAGGUUGGGGGGUAACAAGGUUGACAGAGGUGGUGCGUAGUGCGUGGUACAGCUUGAUAAUGCAUAAGUAAUACACAGCAUAUAAUACAUAAGAUAUGAUACAUAAUAUGGUGCGGUACAUGGGAUACAUUAUACAUGAGUCUUAUACUCCAUUGCUUGAUAAUUGUAGUGCUUUGUAUAGUGUGUAUGCCCUGUCUUCUCCUAUGUCAUAUUGCAAUGCCCAUUUUAAUUACAUUUUUUUUUAAAACAACACAUUUUAUAUUAAAAUAUCAAAAGCCCCCCCCCCCCACAAGUGUUUUUUUUUUAUUAUUUAAAUGUAAUUAAAACAAAUGUUCGUUAUGUCCCCCCUCCCUUCUUACCUUUAUUGAGGAGGAGGGGGGACAUUUCUCCACCCCUCGUGGUCCAGUGGGGAAUCCCUGGUGGUUACAGUGAACUCUAGCCUGCGCUCCAGGGCUAGAGUUCACUCUCGUAAGAAUUAUCCCCAACUAUAAAAUGCUGGAUCUGCUCACGGUACACGUGAAUGUUAUUUGGAAUUAAAAAAACUCCAGCUUUGUUUGAGAAUUACUUCCAUUUAUGUAUUUUCCAGUUCACAAUAUGGAUCUAAUGUAUAAUAAAAAUCAAAAAACCGUGGACUGUCUAUCUCUUUAUCUAUCAAUUGACUAUGAAUAUCUAGGAACUAUGCACUGAACUCAUGAAUGGUAUUUUUAACUUUAAAAAAUUUAUAAUAAAAAUUCUGUAGAUUCUUCACAGGCGGGUUUUUUUACUACUCAAACUGAGUUAGCGUUUGUCAUUUGAAUAUCAGAUUAAAUAAAGUACAUGCGGUAGCAAGUAACAUAAAUAUAACACUAUACCUUAAAUUCAUAUCACUGUUUAAUCUCGACCCAUUUCUAAUGCUAUGUUUUCUAUCUUCCUAGGAGCAAGAUUUGCCAAACUGGAUGCUGGUUAGUAUUAUAUAGACAUUGGUUUGAUACUGUUGCUCAAAAUAGCACAAUAUGGUGUCACUAAUAGUAAGCUAGUACUAGUAGCCAAUUAGAAUUCAUUUAUAGAUCAGAGAUAGUCAAAUUAUGGCUUGAUCAUAGAGGCAGUGUUUUAAUUUUUUUUUAUGUAUUCAUAAGAGCUUGUAGACUAAUUCUAGAAAGUGCAAGAGCUAAAUCAGGCUUUGUGUACCAGAUGUAAUAUAUAUUACCAUAGGCAUUAGGAUUCAUUCUACUGAUCAAUAAUCCACGUUUUGCAAAGAAUUACGGUUGUCGAAAUCUAUGAUCUAUAUAGGGGAUUAUAUAUAAAACACUGUCAUAUUCUCUUUGCCAUUUGCACCAGUUUUGUGUGAAUGCACAACUUUCUGAUAUAUAAUAUUGUUACUCCACAUUUAUACAUUAAUGAUAUUUUUUCCGUCUUUUCUAUAAUAUGCCAAAAGAAUCCAUCUUUUUGCCACUUUUUAUUCCCUUUUCAGAUAUUUUACUAUUUUGUUUUCUUGAUGGUUUUACUAUAGAUUACAUUCACUAAGUAAGACAAAUUGUUUAAUGGAAAAAAAAAGCACAAAACGCGUUGGUAAUUUGAAGGUUUGAAGGAUUUUCUUUAUUCCGUAACCAAAAAGAAAAAGCGAUUAAAAUUUCUGCAUAGAGUUAGGUAUAUUUUGUUACUGAACUUUAAGGAGAGUGUGACCUAUUUCUGUUGUUAAAUAUUUGGAUGUAUAUAAGGCAAAUUCCCCCAUCACAUUAGGCAUCUUAAAAUAGGUAUCUUAAAAUAGGUUUGAUAACACCUAAAUCGAGAUUAUGUACAGUGAUUACUGAAUGUUCUAUGAUUUACUUUGGAUUUUAUUCACAAGAAGUAAGUAUAAUAUUUUUCACGAAUUUGGUGAUGGAGUGCACUUUUGCGUUUUGUCUACAUUUCUGCUAAAUGGAAGAAUUGCGUGUCGGAUUGCUCAGAAAAGCCACACAUAUACAUCUGUUACAUAUUAUUGAUUUAUAUUGUAUCACACAUUUGUGAACCAAAAUUAAAAAUAAAAAUAAAAAAUGGAACAGGAAAAUAAAGCGAUGGAAGGCAUAAAAAAUAAUAUUUUGGCAGAAAUUAGAGAAUAAAUAGGUGCAGAGAUAAGUGCUGCCUAAAAUUGAGCAGAACACUUUUCAUUCACAACCCCUCAUUUGUCUAAAUACUCAAUAACAAUAUAGUUACUAAGACCACUAAAUUCCUAUAUUCAGCAGAUAUAUUUAUUAGUAUAGCAAUAAUACUGUAUCUCUUUAUUCUGUGUGCAUAGUCGCAGGUUGAAACGGUGGAAUCGGGCUUUCAGACGGAAAUGUCGUCUUGCUGUAAAAUCCGUCACCUUCUACUGGAUGGUUCUAAUCCUGGUUUUCCUCAACACUUUGACCAUUGCCUCGGAACACUACCGACAGCCGGAAUGGUUAACUCAGAUACAAGGUGAUAGAAAAAUUUAAUGUAGAUGAAAGAAACAGGGACUAGAGGAUGAUCUAGACACACUUACAUUCAUUAUUAUACACCUGUACACAGCUGCUGUAAUACUGAUGUCCCUUAUGCAGCUGAUUCUUUUUUUUAAAUGGCCUUAUAAAUAACAAAAAGACCGGAACUUUGUCAUAUAUGCUUAUGGACAAAUAAGGGUUGUUUGUGCCAUUAUCUGCCCCUAAAACAUCUCCUAGACAUUUACUUCCAGCAUAUCUCCACGGUCUUUGCAACUUCUUUCUGGGUUGUCAGUGAAGAGAAGAUGGCCAUAUGAUCAAGUGGAUAGAAAUGAUGUUGUGAAAAUUAUAGAUAGAUAAUGGUUCACAUGGAAUUAUAGGAAAAGAAGCUCAGAGGACCCAUAUUGUCUCACCCGUGUUCCAUUAAGUAAGUGGUGGUUGAUUUAUGGACUACAUUUAUUAAUGGUUCCUCAUGGUUAAGAUUCCCAUAAUGGAGAACCAGAGCCUACAAUUAAUAAAGGCUAAGCUUGGCAUCCAGAUGUAUUUGAACUACAUUUCCACUGAUGCCCUGUCAUUCGUACCAUAUACAUCAGUUGGAGUGCCAUUGAUUAGCCACCAAUGUAUUAGAAUGUGAGAAGUGGUAAUGUUUGGUGGUAUUGCAUGCUACUUGCAUUGACAACAGCAAAUUACAUCGUAAGAUUUGUGUUCUUAUCUAGGUUAUGCCAACAAAGUGCUGCUGUCACUCUUCACCCUGGAAAUGCUCCUGAAGUUGUACAGUCUAGGUUUCCAUGCCUAUUUUAUGUCUUUUUUUAACCGGUUCGACUGCUUUGUGGUAUGCGGAGGGAUUCUGGAGACUGUUCUGGUGGAAUUUCACAUCAUGUCCCCUCUAGGCAUUUCCGUCCUACGCUGUGUGCGCCUCCUGAGGAUAUUUAAGGUCACGAGGUAAGCUGCACAUUUUUGCCAUUUGUAAUAAAUAGCAGGCAUGUUGACUUUUUCUAUUGAUUAACUACAGUUCACACAAUCCUCUUUAACCUACAGCUCUAGUGGAUGUGCUUAAUCAACUGUUGGUUGUCUACGUCACUUAUACCCAGGUGCAUGUAAAACUGAGUUAUGUACAUGUGCAUCUCAAAAAGGCUAUUUGCUAAAGUGAAGAUACUUAUUUAACAAACUACCACAACAAGAGGACAUAGUCUUAAUUAGAGGGGCAAAGGUUUAAAAACAAUAUCAGGAAGUAUUACUUUACUGAGAGGGUAGUGGAGUCCAUGAAAUAGCCUUGCAGCCGAAGUGGUAGAGGUUAACGCAGUAAAGGAGUUUAAACAUGCGUGGGAUAGGCAUAAGGCUAUCAUAGAUAUAAGACAAGGCCAGGGACUAAGUACAAGUAUUUAGAAAAUUGGGCACACUAGAUGGGCCGAAUGGUCCUUAUCUGCCGUCACAUUCUAUGUUUCUAUGUUUCAUCCGGGAUAGCUGACCUGGACUUUCAUUGAAAAUAUACAUUUCUUUUGUAUUUCUAUGUUUAUGUACUGAGAAAGUGAAAUUUUGUAUUGUUUUUGUCUCUUACCUGAUGUAUCUUUCUAUUAUUGAAAGUAUUGUAUAUACUCGAGUAUAAGCCGAGUUUUUCACCACAUUUUGUGUGCUGAAAACCCCCCACUCGGCUUAUACUCGAGUCAAGGUCUGUAUUAUGGCAACUUACAUUGCCAUAAUACAGACCAGGACCGCUGGGCUCAUUACAAGCCCGGCGGUCCUGUUGGGGCUGACAGUGAGCUGUUACUUACCUUCCUGCAGCUCCUGUCAGCUCCCUUCAACUCCGUGCAGCUCCUCUGUCAGCUCCGUUCUGCUCCCAGUGUAAGUCUCGCGAGACCCGCAGGUCCCGCGAGACUUAAAAUGUAAGCAGAACGGAGCUGACAGAGGAGCUGCACGGAGGAGAAGGGAGCUGACAGAAGUUGCAGGAAGAUAAGUAACAGCUCACUGUCAGCACCCCCUGCUGAACAGCCAAUGCCACUGGACCACCAGGGAUUCAGUAUUAUUAUUGUAAUAUUAUUUUAUUGUAAUAUUAUUAUAUUAUUAUUUUAAUAUUAUAUUAUUUUAAUAAUAUUAUAUUAUUAUUUUAAUAUUUGCAUUAUUUUUUUUUAAAUGGUUUUUUGUCCCCCCUCCCUGCUAGUUGCCUGGCCAGGGAGGGGGGACAAAAAAACAUUUAAAAAAAAAUAAUGCAAAUAUUAAAAUAAUAAUAAUAUUAUUAAACUAAUAAUAAUAAAAUAAUAUUAUUAAAAUAAUAAUAAUAAUAAUAUAAUAAUAAAAUAAUACUAUUAAAAUAAUUUAAUAUUAAAAUAAAAAAAUAAAAAUAAAAAUGCCCUCCCCUUACCCAGUUUACACACACUGCACAAACACACACACUGCAUUCACACAAACACACACUGCAUUAUAUACACACUGCAUUCAUUAUAUACACACACAACACACAAACACACACUGCAUUCAUUAUAUACACACACAAACACACAAACACACACUGCAUUCAUUAUAAACACACAACACACAAACACACACUGCAUUCAUUAUAUACACACACAAACACACAAACACACACUCUGCAUUCAUUCUAUACACACACUGUAAAUAAAUAUUCAAUUAAUGUAAUUUUAUUGGGAUCUAAUUUUAUUUAGAAAUUGACCAGUAGCUGCUGCAUUUCCCACCCUAGGCUUAUACUCAAGUCAAUAAGUUUUCCCUGUUUUUUGUGGUAAAAUUAGGGGCCUCGGCUUAUAUUCGGGUCAGCUUAUACUCGAGUAUAUACGGUACUACACCUGACUGAUCCCAAACAAAAACGUAAAACAUUACUCAUAACAUAUUGACCCAAUACUGAAGGUAACAUCUCUGAUUGAACUGGAGGCAUCGGUUUGUGACUAAUAUCAAGGCUGUUUGUUUUAUUUUGUGUGUCUGAGUAAAGUCAUGAAGACUGCAAGAUACCACCAUACUGACUUAAAUCUAUCUAAACACCAUGGACAGAACCUGUCAGAACGCAAAGUUGGAGAUUUCAUGAUUAUACAAAAUCUUUCUAAAUGUAUUUCUAUUCAUAUGCCUUGCUGCCUAAAACAUAUUAUUUUCCAGCUUAUAGUUGAAUUCUUCUUCCAGAGUGGCUGUUUACAAUGUAGUUUUUUUUGUUUGUUUGUUUUUGAACUUUUUAUUUAGAAUUCGUGGAGACAUCAUGAAGUAGGUUGCAUGCCCAAAUAGUUCUCCAUGUAAUAAUUUUCAUAGAAGGUAGUCCAAAACGGUCUACUAAUAAGAUAUUAUUAAUUUCUCAGGCAUAUUUCUCAGUUACUAUCCAUUGAUAGGCUUCACCUGAUGCUGUUAGCCUAUCCCUGGCCUCCAAGCCGGAGACAGAGGAGAUAAAACAGAGACUAGGAGGAUCCUUGACAUAUGGAACACUUUGGGGUUCAUCUGCUCGUAAAAACUUUAAAACAACUUCCAGGACCUCUAGGCACCAAAACAACUUAAUUGAGAAAUUGACUGGAGUUGUACAUUGUUUCUUUAAGUCUGUUUUGGCUAGAAGCCAGGCUUAUCUGAAAAAAGUCCAUGUACAGUGAAUGGUUUAAACCAGCUAAGAGUGUGUUUUUAAACAGACUCAUGCUUUUGCAUUAUGUCAGAUUGUGUGCAAUCACACACGUUCUUGGUUAACUCCAUGAUCUUUGGCCAGAUAAGUGGGGUUCCUGAUCAAAGAAGAGCAAGGGUAAGGCAGGAGAUGCUCUAAAAAAGAUAUUUACUUGUAUGUAGACAUUGAAAAGUAAGAUACACAGAGGCAAUAAUACAUGUAAUAUUUCAUUUCAAAUAAAAUACGAUGACUGUUUUUCUUCGUGAUAAUUCUUUACCUCCUUAAUCGUUUUCUAAUUUUCUCUACAGACAUUGGGCAUCCUUAAGUAAUCUGGUGGCAUCCUUACUGAACUCCAUGAAGUCCAUAGCUUCACUGCUACUUCUGCUUUUCCUCUUCAUCAUCAUCUUCUCCUUGCUGGGCAUGCAGCUUUUUGGUGGGAAAUUUAACUUUGAUGAGACCCAGACCAAGAGAAGCACAUUUGACACCUUUCCCCAGGCCUUGCUUACUGUAUUUCAGGUGAUUAUCUUGUUUCCUAACAGACCCAAACCAGGGAGGAGGAGGACAUGCAGUGUUUCCACACCGUCACCAUAGAGCACAAGUAAACCCGUUACAAGAUGGCCAACCUCACACUUAAACCAUAUGCAAUGUUAUCUACUGUAGUUAAAAGUUGUAUAGCAUGACAGCAUAUCCUUUUGAGAUGUCCAUUUGAGGAGUAGUGUAAUUUGGUGUCAAUGUAAUGUUUAAUAUUUUAGAUGAGUUGAGAAACCUGUUUGGGCCUCUUUGGCUUUGUAAUCUAGCUGUUUCAGACCUUUAAUGUCAAAUAAUUAAAUCUAAAUUGAAUUUAUAACAUUAAAGGAAUAUUAUGCUGUAUGAACAUUUUUUAUAUGUUUAUUGGGUUUUCUCAAACUAUAUCUACCAUUUUCUUGUUCUUGGUUUGGCUAUGUGACAUCACUAAGAUCCUGACUGGUGAGGACUGGAAUGCCGUGAUGUAUGACGGAAUCAUGGCUUAUGGAGGGCCCUUUUUCCCUGGAAUGCUUGUUUGCAUUUAUUUUAUUAUCCUCUUCAUAUGCGGCAAUUGUAUCCUUUCAUUGUUUGGCUGUUGAGUAAAUUGCAAGCCUGUCCACAGAACAAGGAGGAUGAGAGAGUGAAUAUAUCAGCGAUAAUGAAUCCAGUAUCUGAAUUGAUCACAUAAAUAAAAUUAAGCUCAGCAGACAAUACGUUUGUUCACUACAAACCAUUCCACACACUAUUUGUUUAUGCUUUUUAAAUUUUGAGGAGCACACCUCCUCACAGAGAAGGAGUAGGCAACCUUCGGCACUCCAGAUGCUGUGGACUGCAUCUCCCAUAAUGCUAUUACAGCCAUAAUGCUGGCAAAGCACGAGGGGAGAUGUAGUCCACAAUAUCUGGAAUGCAAAAGGUUGCCUAACCCUCUUCUAGAGCUUGAGAUUAAUAUUCACAGAAUUUAAAUCUUCUGAUUUAUUGAUGUUCAUUUUGCCACCAUUUUUCCAUGCCUCUGUUGACAGUAUUUAGACUCUAGAUCAGAAAAAUAGUGAAUCUAAAUGAAGUAUUAUUAAUUCAGUUACAUUUCAGCUAGAAACAUAUUUACUUUAACAAAAUGUUUUAUUGCUGCCAAAUGAAUGAUGGAACAGCAGAUGCUAAUAAUUAUUAGUUUCCUAGCUUGAUCAAAUAGAGCCAAGAAAUAGGGGAACGGUGUCUGGGGAAAACAGGCGAAAUGCGACUGAUAAUAAGAUGCACAAAAGUAUGAUAUUUAACUGUAAAAAUAUAGUGAUAAAAUAUAAGAUUAUAGAAUCAGCAAUUGACCAUGCAGUUAUACAGUUCAUGAACAAAUGGAGAUGGAAGGUGUAGACAUGGUGGUAUAAGUCCUUCUUUUGUGUUGUUAGGUAUCAAGGAGACUUAAGUAAAUAAAAUAAAAAAUGUUAGUACAACAACUUCAGCAACAACCUGCAUUGCCAUUUCCCAGCAUUUGUGUAAUUGUGAGAUUUCAGUUGUUUGUCUGAGUCAUACAUUGGUUAGAACAUCAUGGGUCGUCAUUUAUAGAUCCCAGAGGAGCAAGAUCUUGACUAUCAACUUAUUUACAGAAGUAAUCAUACCUACGUAUUUCGCCUAGUCCAUGCCACACAGGUGGAAUAAUUUCUGUUGGAUUAGGGAUACAGUUUGGAAACUGGCAGUAUCAAAUGUAAAAGGAGAUAGGAUUAGGAACAGCUUGGCCUUCUUGGAUGCUGCCUUCCCAAACAGACCGACUGUAUCAACUUUUAUCAUGUCUUCCAUAUAGUGAACCUUCCACCAUGUCUUCCCAGUAUGGUAAUAUAUUAUAUUACACCAUGCACUAUAACUUGGGAUACCACAUCCACCAUGUUUUCCGGGACACAUAUCAUUUAUAUAUAUUGACAAGCAACAUACAGAAAGUGCUGCACUGCAGUAUGUAGAAGUCAAAUGUAGUAAACCAGGUGGUGGUGUGUAUUCAGAGAUUUGUUUUCCUGAUCGUUCUGUGCAGAUAUCUUACUGAAUGUCUUCUUGGCUAUCGCUGUGGACAAUCUAGCUGAUGGAGAUAAUAUCAACAGCAAAGAUAGAAAGUGAGAAUUGUGAUGCAUUAAUGGGAUACUAUAGCCACCAAAACUAUUUUAGCUUGCAGGUUCGCCGUCCACCCACAGAGAAACUGCUUAACUGUAACCAGAUAUAUGACAAAUUGCUUUGCUUUGGAUAUAGAGCCUUAGCUAUGUCUCAAUGGUACUUUACUUUUUAACAGGGUGCUAUGUUUUUUUUUUUGUUUUUUUUUUAAUUCUUUAUUUUUGCUGUGCAUGCACAUGCAAUCAGAUUUACAAUGCCAUGGUAAUAACAAGAAACAUCACAGAAACGUAUAGUGACAUGGCACAUCAAAAGAUUGCACAGUUUUUUAGUUUAAGUAAAUAAGAACAUCAGAAUAUACAAACGUGUACCUGUUAGAUAAAAUAUAAGACAGGUGUAGGAAAGCCUAGAAAUUGUGCCUAGUAUUAAAUUACAACUAUGCUUAGAGACAAGCAGGGCCCACUAGACACAGGGAUUAUAGAUAGGUACAAAAGCAAGUAAACAUGCUAGACUGGUGUACAUUGAGAUGAGAUAAAAAUAGGUAAACUUCAAAGCAGAGUGGAGACAUGAGUCCACCGUAAAACAUUUGAGUCAGGAUGAUGCUCAUUCUGGCGAUUUCACCUCUAUGAACCAGAAGACAGCCAGGACCCUUUUGCUUCUUUAACCCCUUAAGGACCAAACUUCUGGAAUAAAAGGGAAUCAUGACAUGUCACACAUGUCAUGUGUCCUUAAGGGGUUAACCGAUAUCGGAUUUGUAGAGAGACAAGGUGGGCUCUUGACAGGAGGUAUCUUGAAGGCUUGUGUACUCGCUGUGGAAGCACCAGUUGCAGUCCCACGUCUGAGCGCCACAGACAUACCCAUUGGUAAGGUCUGCCAUCUUGUUGAGCUGUUGAGAACAUAGUCCCAUUGCUUUGUGCCCAGGCCUUGCUCCUCAUUGCCACAUGCUCUGUCCCGAGCUUUUCAGGUCUUAGGAGAUCAACUGCCUGAGUUCCCCUGCUGUACUGAGGGGGUACUCAGCUGACCCUGCAGGGCGCAGGAAGUCUCCAAGUACGGAGCAGACUGGCGUGGGCUGGUUUGGUGAGUUUGAGAUUUGGUGGUGCUUGAUGGCACUGCUGCCAUUCCUCCAGAGUAGCCCAGAAUCUUGCAAAGAUUAAGUCGAGCCGGGCCAGAGAAGUUGAGAUGUGGGCCUCAGCUAAGAGAGUGUCUGUGCCCGAGAACAGCAGGUGUUUGAUGUAGCGGUAGGUAAGCUCCUAUGACCAGGAUAAUCCACUCCGGUCACAAUCGGUGGGGGAGGGGGGGAGGAUAUUCACUUCAGUUAGCAAGAUUCAGCAUCCGGUUGCAAGAUGGCAGUAUGGACCAGAAAGGUUCCAAAUCGGGUAUCAAUCGGUCCACCUCGGUCCCCACUAUCUGGUGUGCAGUAUAUUGCGGUAAAAUCUGCUGACUGGCUCAAGAUUAUAGUGAAAUCAUCAUGAGGAGCCCAGAAGCUCUUCCAACUUGCGUCUACUCAGUUAGCCAGUCAGGCUCCACACCUGGGACGCUAUGUUAAGCUCGCACAGUCCACAAAGCUAUACCUUACCCUCUUAGCAUGCUUGACUCGCUGUAGACUAGGCACUGGAUACCUAUAUGUAUAAUUGUUCCAGAAGGAACUCCAUGAUAUAUUCUACACUGUAUUUUAAGUUAUAUUUCAUGUCACAUUUAAGACUAUGUACAAUGCUCAAGUGUUGCUACUUCCUUGUCUGUGUCCCUCCAAGUCAAUGGUGCUACCAUCUGCUCUACCUGUAAGGCUCACUGCCUAGGUGUUCUCUUUGACUCCAACCUCUCCUUCACCCCUCAUGUACAAUCAAUCGCCAAAUCCUGCCGCUUCCAUCUCAAAAACAUUGCGCGCAUCCGACCCUAUUUAACACCUGAUACGGCAAAGGUGCUUGUCCAUGCUGCUGUCCUCUUUUGCCUUGACUACUGUAAUCCGCUUCUCAGUGGUCUUACGUGUUCCCAACUUACCCCGUUAUAGUCUAUAAUGAAUGUGGUGGCGAGGCUCAUGUUCCUGUCUGCCCGCACCUCCCAUGCCUCCCCCUGUGUCAGUCCCUCCAUUGGCUUCCCGUAAGACAUAGGGCUCAAUUUAAGAUCCUGACAUUUGCUUGAAAAUCUCUACACAAUGCUGCUCCCACCUCCUUAUCCUCACUAAUACAUAAAUAUGUCCUGUCUAGGCCCCUACACUUGCCGGAGACCUACGUCUAACCUCUGUUCAUACUCCUACCUCUGAUGCUCGCCUUAAAGAUUUCUCUGAGGGCUGCACCGUUCCUAUGGAACGCCCUUCCCCUCUCUGUUAGACUCUCUCCCAAUCUCCACUCCUUCAAAAAAUAUUUGAAAAUUUACUUCUUUAUUAAACUGUGAACAGCUUUCCCUCCCCCCACCCUGAUUUCUCUCCUGAAACUGUCUUCAAAAUAAAACACUAAGCCUUCAAUGAAUACUAUUCUACCAACCUACCUGUCUACCCUACCCUUAUAUAUUGUGUCACUAUGCCCCACUCCCUCUAACAUGUAAGCUCAUUGAGCUUGAUCCCUCUGUUCCUGUGCGUCCAACUUGUCUGGUUACAGAUAUGUGUCUGUUAGUCCACCCAUUGUGCAGCGCUACGGAACUUGUUGGCGCUUUAUAAAUAAUAAUAAUAAUAAUAAUAAUGCUUAUUUUCUAUGGUAUCCCCCGGGAUUAACUGAUGACUAACCACAGUCUUUAUAUAAUCUUACUUGGGUACUGAUGUGUUUGUUACUUCUGUAUCUUAUGACACUUUGAAAACCAAUACAAAUUGUUAAAUUGAAAAAAAUACAACUUUAGCUUAAUAAAUCAGUUUUGGUGUAUAGAUCAUGUCCCUGCAGUCUCCCUGCUGAAUUUUCUGACACUUAGGAGUUUUGUUUUACUUUUGUUUCUGUUUAUGCAGCCCUAGCCACACCUCCGCUGGCUCUGAUUCACACAGCCUGCAUAAAAAUAUAGUUUAAUUUUCCAUCAGAUCUUAAACCGUCUGGGGACCCCUGACAGUACCAUUGUCACUGAGGGUCCAGUGGCUGGGAGGGGCAGGCAAAGCUGACUUUUAGUUACCAGAACCUGUCCCUCCCAAGCGCCACCAUUGUCUUCGAUGCGUGAGAGUUCAGUAUUGGGGUUUAUGGAGAAACCCGCAAGACUCCAUUCCUCCAGAGAAAAAAGCUAAUCUCCUUGCAGCCGUCACUGGUGACUGCUGGGGAAAAUGACACAGCUUGAAGGUGUUAGCUCUGCCUAGCGUUAAGCAGCGUCAGGUGGAGGAAAAAUACUGAGACAAAGCAGUCCCUACUUUGUCUCAGUAUAUCUUUUGACUGGGAUGGAAUUUCAGUGAGGGGGUGGGUUGAUAAGAAAUUCUAAAUUUAACAGAAUGUGGGGAGAUGUGGCUAGGGCUGUAUAAGCAAAGUGAUUUAACUCCUAGAGAAUUGAACUGAAUGAGACUGUAGGGGCAUGAUCUAUACACUGCUUCAUUAAUCUAAAGUUGUCUUGGCUUAUAGUGUCCCUUUAAGCUUGAGAAAUGUUUCCAUAAAAGCUGAAUUGGUAGGGAGGAAUAAACAUGUUUCUUGGCUUUGAGCACUGAUUAGCUCCAUUGUUUAUUGAAUUUUUGAUCAUACUGUUGAGUUAAACCCCCACUAAUUGCAAGCAGAAUUUAGUAUUCAGUUGAACUCAGCAUUGUGUAAUAUACAUGGCAAACCUCUAUUGAUUCUGGCAGUCAGUGAGUAUUGGAUCUUUUACUUUUUGGGUUAUAAUCCUAGAAUUAUCAAUUUAUGUCCACUUACAAGUAAAAUUGGGUUUUAAUGAAAUUACCACAUUGUAUACAAAUUUGCAUCAUAGCUGAAGUGCUCAUCUAAACAUUCCAGUAUUUACAGAGAUACAGUUUUCAGCAUUGAGCAUUGAAAAUUUACAUUAAUAUUUGGUUUUCUUCAGGGGAGGAAAGAAAACAGGAAAGAAAGAAGAAGAUUCAGUGAAGGUAAUGUCCGGAAUUUUGUACACACAUGACAGUUGGUCCAUGACAAAUUAACUGAUACAGCACAAACUAACUUUUGGCAGGAGGCAUCUGAGUAAAUAGCGUUGCCUAUGUUUGCCGAAAGAAUUUUAACAGGAUUCAAAUGAAUGCAGAGCAUUCCAUUUUACUAUUAUAGACUAGACUUAGAGUCAAACCAUAGAGAGAAUGGGAACCAGGAAUAGAGAACAAACUCAUAUCAACUUGUUAGUUUCUCCUCUCUAGUCCAGUCUACCAAACACUCUUAUUACAUAGCAUGAAUUAUAUUGCUACCUCGACAAAGGCUAGUAGUAGCUCAUUUCCGGGCAUUUGUCCUUAACCAUAUUUAGUUAGUAGCUCUACAGGAAGCAAGUUGGUGUGACAAGACUUAUUACUGAUGUUGGCUCCACCAAUAACCACUGAUGGUCAAUCCUUGUUUCUUCUAGUAUCUGUGGGUUAUGUUUCCCACCAAUGCUCAGCCAGCUAUGAGUAUCAUGGAGACCACAAUAGUGUAAGGUCCACUUUAGCCCUUGACUUAUAGAUAGCCCUGGCCAUUCUCCACUAGACAUGUGCAAUUUGUUUCGGUCCGAAUAUGAAUUCGGCCGAAUUUCGGGCAAUUCGGACAUUCGGGUACUUCCGAAUGUCCGAAUAGCCAAAGUGCCGAGGUCCCGAAGUUCCAAAAUUACUGAAUUUCCGAAUUGUCGAAGUGCCGAACUUCCGAAGUUGCCGAAGUUCUGAAGCACAGUAUUGCCUAAGUACUAAUAUACUUACCCAGUGGAAGAAUGAAGAAUGUUACACUGUAUACAAUUUUAAAUAAAAAGUAUACAAACGUAGCCAGGCUUCUGCUGUAAGCAUUUGCAACACUUACAACAAUCAAGUUACACAUAUUCAUAUAAAAUGUAAGUUACUUAGCCAGUCAAUGUAAUGACAGGAAUGAAUAAGUAGAUAACUCCCUAAUUCCCACGGUAUUAGAGAGCUAUCUACUAAAAGGCUGAAAGACCUGAAUUGGUCUUUCAGCCAAAUUUACUAAUACUAAGUAAAGAUUACUUAGUAUUAGUAAAUUAUGCCCCGACUUGCUAUACCGCGAGUAAGGGCAUGUAUAUUAAACAGUGAGCAGCCUGUGGUGGAUUAGGUAGCCAAUCAGAGUGUUAUGAGUCAAAUUACACAGCGUGGGAAAAUUCCAAAGAACUUUCCCACGCUGUGUAAAAUGACACACAGCACUCUGAUUGGUGGAUUUCAAACCAACCAAUCAGAGUGCUGUGACAGCUAAAUGUAGAGACUUACCUGUCAGUCUCUUCAUUUACCUGUCAGAGCACUCUGAUUGGAUGGCUUAAACCCACCAAUCAGAGUGCUCUGAGCCUAAUUGCAGGGCGGGGGAAGGCUUUAUAAGCCUUUCCCCGCUGUGCAGAGCUCAGUCUGCGCGGAGCCCUCCAAGAUGGAUUUUUUUUUUGCGCUCUUUUUUUUUAGUGCGUCGGUUAUUAUGGCUUUUUAUUUGGCCUUUUUUGGGGCUGAAAAAAUAAGAUUUUAGAAGAUAGAAAACAUCAAAUGGUAAGUUUUAUUUAAUUUUUUAACAGGUUUAGCUAAUGGUCUCUCCUCACUAUUUUUAGGGUGAAGGGGGUAGGUAGGGGUUAAUUUUUUUGGGAGGGGGGUGACUAGGGGUUUGGGGACCCCUAGUCACCUGGGGAGGGGGGGUAAUUUUUUAUUUAGGGCCCCCACCCGCCGCUCAGGGGUGGGGGCCAGGGGCAAGGACAUUAGGUCCCCCCCUAAUUAGUAUUUAGGGCCCCCACCCACCGCUCAGGGGUGGGGGCCAACGGGGAGGACAUUAGGCCCCCCCUUAAUUAGUUUUUAGGGCCUCCACCCACCGCUCGGGUGGAGGCCAGGGGGAGGACACUAGGUCCCCCCCAAUUAGUUUUUAGGGCCCGCACCCACCACUCAGGGGUGGGGGCCAAGGGGGAGGACAUUAGGUCUCCCCCCUCAUUCUAAUUUAGGGCCCCCACCCACUGCUCAGGGGUGGGUGCCGGGGGGAGAGGACAUUAGUUCCACCCCAAAUUGGUUUUUAGGGCCCCCACCCACCACACAGGGGUGGGGGCCAGAGGGGAGGACAUUAGGUCCUCACCCCAUUUUCUAAUUUAGGGCCCCCACCCACUGCUCAGGGGUGGGGGCCGGGGGGAGGACAAUAGGUCCCCCCCCAUUAUUUUACUUUAGGGCCCCCAACCGCCACUCAGGAGUGGGGGCCGAGGGCAGGAGAAUAGGUCCCCCCCCAUUAUUUUACUAUAGGGCCCCCACCCGCCGCUCAGGGGUGGGGGCCAGGGGGGAGGACAAUAGGUCCCCCCCACCAUUAUUUUACUUUAGGGCCCCCACCCGCCGCUCAGGAGUGGGGGCUGGGGGGGAGGGCAAUAGGCCUGCCCUUUAGUUAAAAAGCCCCCACUCCCACGUCACAGGUGGGGGCUCGGGAGGGGGGACCCUUUUUUUUAUUUUUUAUUUUUAACAGUGAGCAGCCACUGGCUGCUCACUGUUUACUAGAGAUGCCCCAACUCAUGGUAUAGCGAGUAGGGGCAUAAUUUACUAAUACUAAGUAAUCUUUUUUUACUAAUUUACUAAUACUAAGUAAUCUUUACUUAGUAUUAGUAAAUUUGGCUGAAAGACCAAUUUAGGUCUUUCAGCCUUUUGGUAGCUAACUCCCUAAUACCAUGGGAAUUAGGGAGUUAUCUACCAAGCGGCUGCAAGAGAAGUUCCGAAGUGCUGAAGUGCCGAAGUUGCCGAAGUAUCGAAGUGCCGAGGUCCCGAAGUUCCGAAUUGCUGAAGUCACGAAUUUCGGAGUGCCGAACUGAACCGAAAAAUGUUCCCAUGCACAUGCCUAUUCUCCACCCUAUACCUAUCCUACCAACAACACAAUCAGUGCUAUUGUUAUUAUUACUAUAAACAUUAUAUUGUCUCUUAGAUAGUUGGGAUGAAAAUACUACCUGCAAUGUGCCAUGUGUUGCUUAGAGCAACUGGACUCGACUUCUACAAAAAAGUUCUGACUUCAGCUUCUGCCAAAUAAAUCUCUGAUACAUCUUAUAUUACAUUUUUACUUUUUUGGAUUUCAAUUUAGCCUUACUUAUUCCAGUUGUGAGUGUUAUGUACAGAGAGUCAGAUUUACUAACAGGCACACUCGUGUGUUAUAAGGCAUAACCAUUUGAUACAUUCCUGCACACAUUUCAUUUUACAAACGGAUUUGUGUAUUUAUGAGUAUAAACUGCUUAAGAAAGUUAGUUUACAAUCUGAAAGAGAAAAAUUAAACAAAAAGUGACAAAAUAAUUUAAAUUUGAUGGCUGGAGAAUUUAAGGGGCAUCACGGAAUAAUAAUGUUUGUGUUGUGAACAAUUAAGAGUUAGUAAAAUAAUUUGUAUGAAAUUAGAUUUUGUUCCAAACAAGUAGAAAAUCAUUCUCUAUAAUGUAAAACGGAUGAAGAACAUCAGUGGUGAUAAACAGUGAUAUUUAAAAGGUUAAUCAAGUCUCCACUUAUUUUGCAUAACCUGCUGUAUUUAUCUUACAGGUUCCUUGCGAGGAAGAGAAAGAAGAAGAGGAAUGUAGUGAUGUGUGUAAGUCUAGCUCUGAACGAAAUGCAUGAUGAUAUUCUAAAGGUCUUAUACCUUGAAUGUUGGUUGGCCUCUAUUUUCUACAUAGAUUUGGCAUUAAUUGGAAAUACAGACAAAUUCUUCAAGUUUAUUAAAUGGAACGGUGGAUUAGAUGACCUUUUGCUGUAUGGAUCUUGCAUAAAAGGAUAUGCAGAGAUAUUAUUUGCAUAUGUUCAUUGAUUGUUGAGUUAGGUAAUAGUAUGUCAUUGUCAUACCUCCUCUUAGCCCUCAUUGUGCUCCUCCUCUUCCCUCAGCCAAUGCCGAAUCUCCUCUGUUCAGUUCCGUGUCCCGGCAUUCGGCUUAUGCCAGAUCCACACACGGCACUAGGGAGAGUGUGCACUGACAUCAUGAUCUGUAUAGUUCUGUCAAUGUAUGGUUUAUGAAUCUGCCAUACAGUGGCUGACAUAGUAAUGCUCUCUAUUUUAACUAUAACAGAGUUUUCAUGUAUGAUUCUGUCUUAUAAGUAGAUAUGGGGAUAUGGGGUGAUUCACUGGUCAUCUCUUUUAAGGGAUGGCACUAUUACCAUUCCAUCUUAUUAAAUGUUUCAUAAUGCUUUAAGUCCCCAAAUUUGUGUUAAACCAUUUUCAAAUAGUGUUACACUGAAUGAGGGUGUGUGGCCUCCCAUGGGCUGGCCCCUACUGGAGGUAUGGCUAAGACAGAGAUUACACACUUUCUUCUAGACAUACCAAUUCAUACCAGCAAUGGCUCCUGUGAUAGCCUGAAAUUGGUCAACUGACACUUUUAAGCUCCUAGCAGCACAGAGGGGAUAGACUGUUGGGGAUUCCCAUUUGGAAAAAAAGCAUUAGAAACAAUUUAUCACUGACUUUAAGGACAGUGCCAAGUGGACUAUAGACACUAUAACCACUUCAAUGAGAUAAACCGGUUAUAUUGCUUACAGUGUGCCUUUAACAUGACAGUGCUCUGCAGGUUGAAUUUACCUUCUCUCUGCAUCUCACAGCUGAGGAAGAGGAAGAUGAAGAGGGAAGUCUCCCGGACUCACAUCUUGAUAAACUUGCUGAGUUUGCCCCAAAGGAGAAAGUCCUUCCAAUACCAGAUGGCAGCUCCUUCUUCAUUCUGAGUAAUACCAACCCGUGAGGAUCUCUGCACUGCGCCCUCUCCUAUUGCUCUUUGAUUCCACCAUUUUAUCCUCGCUCUCUCCUUAUUGCUGGUUAUUUUAUGUCUUGUUUUACUCCUUCUCUGUUUCUCUCGUUAAAAGCUAGAUUAUAAAUAUCCUCUCCUGUUAAAGAUCCCCUGACUUAUAUUAUCAAAUGUAGUCUUUAGAGGUAUAGAGGUAAUAACUGUUUCUUUCAAUUAAUAAAAAAACAACUAGUUUCUUAAUAUCCCUCUGUCUGUAAUCUAGGCUCACUUCUGCUGCAAACACUCCACUGUUAGAAUAGAUUGCAAGCUCUUGAAAUCUAAAAUCUAUUGUAAGAAUUGAUCAUUUCAUACGACAUGGUUUUUCAGAUUUCAUCAGUCUUAGUCAUUUAUUAAUGUGUCUGACAGGUCAACACAUCCCUGUGGCCAUUAAAACUGUCCAUAAAAAGAUGCCCUUGAUAUUACAGGUGUGAGUUUUACAAGCCAGGACAGAUUAUUGCACAUGUCUACCCAGGGCUCUGCUGAAUGAGAUUGAUAGACUAGUAAGGAUAAAACCUUUAUGAGAACCCAUCUCUUCUUUCCCUUCUCAACAUCUACCUUUAGCUACCUCCUCUCUCUCACUGAACAUAUAAUUUCUGUCUUAUUAUUUCAAAACCUAUCCUAUUUUUUAAUUCUCCAAAAUAUCACCUUUCCACAGACUCCGUGUUGGAUGUCACCGGCUGAUUCACCAUCACAUCUUCACCAAUCUUAUUCUGGUCUUCAUCAUCCUCAGCAGCAUUUCCCUAGCAGCAGAGGACCCCAUUCGAGCCCACUCCUUUCGAAAUCAUGUGAGUUCAAACGUACCACACCUGCAUAGCGUAAAGGGUUAUGUGAAGAAUGAAGGGGGGUGGGCGGUAGGAUUGGUAAACGUGCCUAAGGUCCUCUAGGAUCUUAAUCCUUCUUUGCUGCAAUUUCUAAGGCCUUCACUUUAUUAUCAUGCAUAAAAGGAGAUAUUAAUUAACUGGCAAAAAUAUAAUUGUGUCUAAUUGUAAGACCACACCUUAUAUACAUGGUGCAAUUUUGGGGACCUGAUUUAAAGGAGGAUGUUAUGGAACGUGAAAGAGUUUAGAGGCAAAUGAAAAAACUAAUUAGUGGAAUGGAAGAUAAUAUUUAUGAAGAUAGGCUAGAAAACUUACACUUGCUUACUUUAGAAAACAAAGCGAUUUAGACGAAAAAGGACAUUAUGCAAACGUAUAUAGGGCCUUUGCAAACAGCUCCCUGGUAAUUUGUUUAGAAUUAAAGGGAAAUUCACCUAGACUAGAGGUUCUGUACAAUAAGAACAAUAAAGAUGUAGAGUUGUUGCCCUCUUUUUGAUCCACAGCAGUAAUACAUAUAUGUAAAAAGAUGAACUUGAUAGAUAUUUUUUUCCAGCUUUUAUUACUAUUUAACUAUCUAACUAUGGCCCUGAUUUAAUUCUGUGAAAUGAUCACAAUCUGUUAGAAAACGUUUGCCUACGGAAGUCAUCAUUAAAGUCUAUGGGAAUUUUUGUAGAUACAUAAUUUGAAAAGUUUUUCUAACAGAUUGUGACCCCCUUGUCUUACAUGUUGCCUGUGUUUGCAGAUUCUGGGAUAUUUUGACUAUGCUUUCACUUCAAUCUUCACAGUGGAGAUAUUACUGAAGGUGACAAGACUAAGUGAACCAACCCUCUUCUCCUCUCCUCAUCGCUGAUUCCGUUAGUGUCCCUUUUCCCUUCCUGCAGACCAUUUCUUCUUAGUUCCCAAUUGCCACAUCUGCCAAUCCUCGUCUUUCCAUUCUAUUUAUUUCCAAUGAAAGAUAGAUAAAUGUUUCUAAGCAGAGGGAUAUACUAACAUUGCACUGUUAAUUAUAGAUUAGCAUUUAGUAUAUUUUUGUAUGUGUGGUGUUUGUGUUAUCAGUGUAAGUGCAUUUUAUUAAAAUAUUUUUUUUAUGGGCCACUCAUUUAGUUUGUAGUAUCUUUUUAGUAGGGUUAGGGGUAGGGUUUGGUGCAGGGUUAUGUGUAGGCUUAGGGUUAAGGAAUUGGCGAUUUGCCAAAGUCCCGAAAUGCCGAAUUCCCGCAUUAUGGAAGUGCCAAACCGAUGCCGAAGUCCCGAAUUGCCGAAUUUCAAAAGUGCCGAACCAAAUUUUUUGCCCAUGCACAUCCCUAGUACUCUUUUUUUCUUCUUUGCAUCUUAUUAUCUCAGUAGCGAAAUGUUUUGUAUUUUUGUUUUCUUAUCUUGCAAUCGUUCUGCUUUUGCCAUGGCACACAUUUCUCUAACAACCUAUCUCUUGUUUCGCCCCCAACUUUUACUUCCAUUCUUUAAAUUUGGCUUACUCCAGAUGACUGCAUAUGGUGCUUUUUUACACAAGGGCUCCUUCUGCAGAAACUGGUUCAAUCUUCUGGACCUGCUUGUGGUUAGCGUGUCCCUCAUCUCCUUUGGAAUUCAGUGAGUCAAUAACUUCUUUUAGGCUCUUGAUUUUCUACCAAGAAUCAAAGAACAAUGUUAUGUUCUCCCUUUUCUUGUAGAAUAAACCUCAGCCCUGUAUGUGUAAUCAGCUGAUGCUAUUGUGUUUCUGACCAUAUAUAUGUUUCUAUCUUAUAGCUCCAGUGCCAUCUCUGUUGUAAAAAUUCUGCGUGUGCUGAGGGUUCUGCGUCCACUAAGGGCCAUCAAUAGAGCCAAAGGGUUGAAGGUAAAAAACAAAAAUUAAACAAAAUAAAAAGUGGAAUCCACACUGGAAAUAGCUUUGCGUCCCCGUGUUCAUGAUUGUUUACAAUAUGUAGUUGUAUGACAAAAUUUGUCUCAAUGGCAGGGAUAGGCAACCAUAGGUCCUCAAAUUGUUGUACACUGUUACAUUUAGGAUGACUGUUUUUGUUCAGUUGAUAAUUUUCUCCUCUCUCCAUAGCAUGUGGUUCAGUGUGUCUUUGUUGCCAUCCGAACAAUUGGUAAUAUUAUGAUAGUAACCACCCUGCUGCAGUUCAUGUUUGCCUGUAUUGGGGUUCAGCUUUUCAAGGUGAGGCCGCCAAAUAUAUUUCUCAAUUCCUGACUUAGCUGUGAUAUACAUGCAAUUUCAAGUGAAUUUCUAUAUAAUUGGAAAGGCUUAAAACAUCUGCAUCUUUGCAGACUUACUGAUGGUUAUAAUUUUGUCUUUAGUGUUCUGCAGCUGUGUGACUCUGGUUGUAAUGUUGUGUAGCAUUGUGGUUCUGUUGCAUGUUUUAAUGUUAUGUGGCUGUGGGUUUCUGGUGUAAGAUGUAAUUCUAAAUGGCUGUGUGUUCUGGUGUAUUUUGUGCUCUUAUGUGGCUGUAAGUUUCCAGUAUGUGCUGUAAUUGUUAUGUGUCUGUGUGGUUCUGGUGGGUGCUGUAAUUGUUGUGUCUGUGUGGUUCUGGUGUGUGCUGUAAUUGUUAUGUGUCUGUGUGGUGUUGGUGUGUGCGGUAGUUGUUUUGUGCCUGUAUGGUUCUGGUGUGUGCUGUAAUUAUUAUGUGUCUGUGUGGUUCCGGUGUGUGCUGUAAUUGUUUUGUGCCUGUAUAGUUCUAGUGUGUGCUGUAAUUGUUGUCUGUGUGGUUCUGAUGUGUGCAGUCGUUGUUUUGUGCCUAUAUGGUUCUGGUGUGUGCUGUAAUUGUUUUGUGCCUGUAUAGUUCUAAUGUGUUCUGUAAUUGUUGGGUCUGUGUGGUUCUGGUGUGUAUUGUAAUGUUGUGAUGUUUUGAUGUGUGUUGCAAUGUGGCUGCGUGGUUCUGGUGUAUGAUGUAAUUCUACAGGGCUGUGUGUUCUGGUGUGUGUUGUAGUGUUUUAGUAGAUUCCUCAUCCUUCUAAUUCCCCUGGAGGUGGUCACACAUUAAUCCUAAUAUUUCUAUUCAGGGAAAGUUUUACAGCUGCACUGAUGAGGCAAAACACAGCCCAGAAGACUGCAAGUAAGGAGCCUUAACACCAAAUGUACACACAGACACACUAAUACACUGUUCUUAUAUGUGAAAACAGUUCUACCACAACUGCGUGUAUGUUUUGUGUAAGCAAGGUACAUGAGUGCUUUUUAAAAAUAAACAAAUAAAUUUAUGUGUAUACACAUUGUACGUAAAUUUCUCACUAUCACACAUCUAUCAACAACUCUUCCGAAUCCUUUGUCCAUGGAUAAUGACUUUGUUUUGUUUUUGUAAUAGGGGAACAUUCAUUGUGUAUAAGGACGGGGAUGUCACUCAUCCCAUGGUGCGUGAGAGAAUCUGGCAUAACAGCGACUUCAACUUCGAUAAUGUCUUGUCUGGCAUGAUGGCACUUUUCACCGUGUCCACAUUCGAGGGUUGGCCAGCGUGAGUCUAGCAGAGAAGAUAGUGGACAUGCUUUUAGUGCCGUUGGAAUAGUCAUUGUAUGUUAGAUCUUGAGAAAACAUAUAGCAUUGAAAGGAUUAUAUUGUAUACACAUUAUAUAUAUGAACCUGCAGAUAUACCAUGUGAGUUACUGUAUACUGGACUAUAUUCUCACAUUAUGGAGAGCACAUUCUUCUGAUUAUAACUCACAAUACCCCUCAACCUGUUCUGGUAUCUGUAUCUAAUGUGAUGGGAAUGUUUAAACCUCCUUUAUUACACAGUGUGUUUAAUUUAGAAUUUCUCAGCUCCUUCUCCUCUAGCUCUAGCUCUAGCUUGCCAGACCCUGCAGGAGCCUCCUAUGUGUUAAUAAAGUUCCAUUAACAGAGCAGGAGAUAAUACAAUGUCUCAAUUAAAUACCCUGGGCUGUAAGAUCUGAUUAAAAAAGAAAAACCAUUUUAUAAUGGAAGCUGUGUGAGUCAUAGCAAAGGGAAAUGCUUCUAGUGCUGCGUAAAAAAACAACUUAUAAAUGGCAGAGAAUUAGGCUGUGAGACUGCAGGGGUAUGAUUAAGCAGGUUUGGUGCUUAGAGUAUCCCCUUAAUUUCCUAACAUUGUUAUUUGAUGGUUCAAUGCAUUAAGAUAUUUGACAGUUCCAGGAAUAUAAAUAUUUAACCGUUCCAGAUAUAGCGUUAUUAUGUGGUUCCAGGGCUAGAGGUAUAGAGCUUAUUGAUGGUUCCUCACAUAAGCGUUAUUUAAUGGAUCAGAGCUAUUUGAUGGUGCCAAGCAUAUAACUAUUUAUUCUUUCAAUGCAAAGAGUGAUCCAUGCAUAGAGCUUUUUGAUGUUUCAAUGUAUAGAACUAUUUGAUGUUUCCCUGUAUAGAGCUAUAUGAUAGUUCUUGUAUAGAGCUAUUUGAUGGUUCCAGAUAUUUAACUAUUUGAUGGUUCCAUGUAUAGAGCUAUUCGAUGGUUCCCGGUAUAGAUCUAUUUGAUGGUUCCAUAUAUAGAGUGAUUUGAUUGUUCCAUGCAUAGAGCUAUUUGAUGGUUCCAGGUAUAGAACGAUUUGACGGUUCCUUGUAUAGAGCUCUUUGAUGGUUCCAGGCAUAGAUCUAUAUGAUUAGACACAUAUUUUGACACAGAUAUAGAUCUGCCUGGUAAUUAUGGUGCUAUGAAUGUGAUCCUGACUUUUUUAAUUCACUGCUUCCAGGCUGCUAUACAAAGCCAUUGAUGCCAACGGGGAGAACGUGGGACCUAUUUACAAUUACCGGGUGGAAAUUUCUAUCUUCUUUAUUGUCUACAUCAUAAUUAUCGCCUUCUUCAUGAUGAAUAUCUUCGUGGGCUUUGUUAUCAUCACUUUCAGGGCACAAGGGGAACAGGAGUACAAGAAUUGUGAGCUGGACAAGAAUCAGGUGACUCAUCCAAACUGGGCUUUAAACAUGUAUUCCCAUGUGUACCCCUUCCCCAAACAUCAAAGUGGCAUAUUGAGCAGGUAACUUGGACAUAUGCAUGAGGGCAUACAGGGGAAAAAAGGACUGUUGGAAUUCCCCAAUUCCUAGUGGCAAGAACCCUAAUAGACAAGCUUGCUGUGUAUGGUUAGUGACAGCUUAGCCAAGGGUCCUACACUUGACUGAUCCUUUUAAGGAAGCCCCUCAUUUCUCCAUCAUCAGAAUACACCGCACAGUCUAUACCUUUUUUAUUAUGUAAGGUAAAAUUGUAAUUGCAACCAUAGGCUACAUAGUUAUGAUGAAUAAUAAGAUCCAGCUGAAUCCAUCAUAUAAUAAAAAAAUCGACAAAAGUAGAAAUGCAUGUAUAAGGACUCCCAUAUACUUAGGGGCAACUAUUAAAUACGAAAAAAAAUAUUUUAUUUAAGAAUACUUGGGAAAGUGGGAAAACCAAAUUUAAACUAUUUCCAAUUGUGCUCCACAAAGGAUAAAAUCCUUCCUAAGUUCAAACUAGCAGUCAAAUAUCUCUUUGGAUGAACAAGCUGUUACCACACACAUUAACAGAAUAUUUAGUUUUUCCAUAAAAAGCUUCAAGAAUUCACAAAUUUAUAUUUUUUACUGCGCAGAACAUGUGUGUGCCUAGGGGAUCCAGAGUUUGUAUGUCAGGAAUGUAGUGUGUAUAGGUGGUGCAGUGUAUGUGUGUAGAGGAUCUUGUGUGUAAAAGGCCCAGAUUGUGUAUAGGAUAUUGUGUGUUUGUGUGUGUGUGUAUAUAGGGUAAGGGAUCUAGCGUGUAUCGGGAGAGUAAUGUGUGUAGUGGUGCAGUGUGAGGGAUGCUGUAGUAUAUAUAUAUAUAUAUAUAUAUAUAUAUAUAUAUACAUACGUUUGGACGUAUUGUAUGUUUGAGAGGCGCAGUGUGUUGGACGUGCUGUGUGUAUGUGUGAAGGGUGCAGCAUGUGUGUGAGGGGUGCAGCGUGUGUGUAAGAGGGGUGCUGUGUGUGUGAGGGUGUUUUUAUCUGCCGUCACAUUCUAUGUUUCUAAUUUUCUUUGUCUGUUAACUCACUGAGGGUUACAUAUAUAUAUUAUAUAUAUAUAUGUGUGUGUGUGUUGUUGUAUGUGUGUCUGAGGGUGCUGUGUGUGUGUCUGAGGGUGAUGUGUGUGUCUGAGGGUGAUAUGUGUGUAUGAGGGUGCUGUGUUUGUGGGUGCUGUGUGUUUGUGAGGGUGCUGUUAGUGUGAGUGUGCUGUUAGUGUGCUGUUUGUGCGUGUGUGUGAGGGUGCUGUUAGUGUGAUUGGGCUGUGUGUGUGUGAGAGGGUGCUGUUAGUGUGAGUGUGCUGUGUGUGUGUGAAUAUGUUUAUUUAACCUCUUAAGGACACAUGACAUGUGUGACAUGUCAUGAUUCCCUUUUAUUCCAGAAAUUUGGUCCUUAAGGGGUUAAAUAUGUAUUAAAUUUUUUUUUUAUAUAUUCUCCCCUCUUAUCUUUAGCCUGGGAGGGGGGGGGGAAGCCGUGCUGCCAUGGAGGGGGCCAUCCCUGGUGGGCCUGUAGGACCAGAGUUUACUUUCGCGAGAGCUGAGCGUUGCCGUGGUAACCGAUCUCCCCACCGGGCGAGAUCGUGUUCGGAUAGCGCCGGCUCUGCAUGAGCCGACAGGGAAAAUCCUGUGAUCUCCCCUGAUGGCCAGUCCGGACCUGUCCCGCUGCCAAUUUGCUUAGUUUAAAGUAUCCUCCAACCAUCUAGCUAGAGAUAGAUUAAGGUUGCCCUGGGCCCUAGGCAGGAUGCCAGAUUAGGGUUCCUCAUGGAGCCUGUUACCAUAGCACAUGGGACAGGUUGUAUCUCAGAAAAUACUACAUAAGAUGUCCUCAUAAUAAGCUUAAUGCAUAUUUUAGAUGGAAUAUGAAAGUUCAAAACAUAUGCAUGCCAAUGGGCCACUGCACUGUAAACCAUUCCCUACCUCAGAGGAAAUCCAUGAGAAUUCUCAGUUUAUUUGCUGGGGCAUCCUUUUACUCACAAGUUUUGCAAUUCACUGCAAAACUGCUUAUUGCAUUGUUAUUCCAUUUGGUACCCCAAACAUUGACCCCCUGAUCUUCUCACCUCCUGAUUUUGUCUGCCAAACAUUGACCAUGGUAUCUUCUUACUGUGUGAGUAUUGUAAGCACUGUGUGAGACAUUACUAUUAUUUUUGUUCCCUGUAUUUCUCCCCAGCGUCAGUGUGUAGAAUACGCUUUGAAGGCUCAGCCCUUGCGCAGAUACAUUCCCAAGCAGAAAUACCAAUACAAGGUCUGGUACAUGGUGAACUCUACUGGCUUCGAAUACAUCAUGUUUGUUCUUAUCCUUCUCAACACGAUCGCACUUGCCAUGCAGGUAAAAUGCCGUUUGUAUGCCUGUAUAUAGCAAUACAUGAUAGACCCACUAAUAUGUGAAAAAUGUAUCCAUCAACAGGAAUCCAAUGUUUAAAAUGAACUGAAAAACCAUAUGUGAUACCACACUCAAAAUAUAAUGCAAAAAAACUUUAUAUUUAUUUCACAAAUUUUUAAUUAGAUAUAGGUACUGCAAUAGCAAGUGGUCAUUUGCUCAACAGCGGAGCUGUUGCAUACCUAUAUUGUUCACUUUCAAAAUAGUAAGCAAAGGCACAAUUGCAUAACCAAAAGAUAAGGAAUAAAUCACAAGGUGCAUCGAAGUAUACAUAUAUUCAAAGUCCCAGCGUGUACACACUAAAAGAAACUAAAAAAUCUUAAUCCAAAUGCCAUGGUUCAAAGGAAGUCCCGUAAUAGACAGCUCUCACCCCUCUCAGUAGGAAUGUCCUCUUUAAAUGUGCAGUCCAAUAUGUCUGGGCCCAGACAUCCCUCACAGCAGCUUCCAGACACACAACGCUCAGACAUCCCCUGCAAACUCCAGACAUACCUUGAGGUUUGCAGCCUAGUCGAGCAAAGGGUGAGGUGAACGGCCGUGGCCUUACCUUUCUGCCACUUGCCACGUCGGAAGCGAUGGCUGCGGGUCCUGUCCCCCCCCCUUCUCCCUUUUGACCGGCGGGGGUUAUAACUGACUGCCCCACUUACCUCCGACAUCCACAGGCGGCAGCUAUUGUGUGGGCUCAGACCGCUACGCUUCCCAUCAAAAUGGUGGACGGACCAAACAUGUUGCCAUCUGAACCAGCCUUACUUGCUGAAUUGGAACAACGCCUGGAUGAGAUUUUUACCCGCUUCUGGGCGCCACUCGAGGCGCGAUACAAGGUUGCACUGGCACGGAGCUGGGAGGGAACACGAGAUGAGCCUGUGGCGCAGGCACCCCCUUCGGGCGCAAGUACCCAACAAGCUACAGCUCCACGCAGACAUGGCCCACCUAGGCUGAGGGCCAACAGGGGAAAUCACCCACACCAUCGGCCACGAAGGCAGAAGACCCUUCGCUGCAGGCGGCGUCAGAACACCUAGGGCUUUUGUCACAUCCCAUCCAGGAAGGACUUGGACUCUGCCACGAGCCCCCGAGUCCGUGGUCUCAAAGUGUGCGCCCUCCACACAGCCUGGGGCUGGAAGGAUACCACAUAGUGCCCUGGUAACUCCUCAGGGCUGCACUUGCCUGUUUCCGAGUCUUGGUGUGGGCAGAGCAUCCUAACCUGGGGCCGGGACUGAUAACAUGUUGCCAGCCAAUAAUAUAACCUACCGCCAUGAUCCUGCCUGUAUAUUGCAUUUCUGCCAUAAGCACAACCUACCAAUGCCUACUCUUGCAUACACAUGAUUAUGCAAGCACCAUAAUUGUCUGAGUUUACCUAGCCCAGUUUCCUACAGUUGCAGGGAGGUGGGAUUCAGUGGUUAUCCUAUCUUAUACACCUAGUGAGGGGCACAACAUGCAGACUCUUACCUAAGCACAUAAAUAUCAAUACUGUUAUAUGCUACUCGCACAUGUGUUAAACAGCCACUACGCCUUACUUGCUAAGUCAGUCUACAGAGUUGAUGACAAUCUUGGGAGCCCUGCCUUCUCUUACUCUUAAUGCAGUUUUUUUUUGUUAUUUUCAUUUUUUUUCAAUUCUUUAUUUUUGCGAGUUUUUGCAUACAGUAUAACAUAUUUCAGUGAGCAACAGGUUAAAGAUUCUAACAGUACUUGCAUACAUUUGUCACCAAGCUGGGCCUACUCAGUUUUUAGUAUUUUAGGGGCUUAUGCACCCAGGCUGCCCUAUAGGUGGUCCUAGGGCGUGUGGUUUGGGGGUGCUGGAGUUGGGCUGCAUGCGCCUUGUGGCUAAUUUGCUUCGCAGCUUGACACAUAAGCUUUAAUAGGGUGCUUAACUAUGGUGUGUAUAGGUAUUGAGCUUUCUCAAAGCUGGGUCUAUGUGUUCGCUUAGUAGUGCUGGUCCGGGAAAUUGGGGUCAUGCGCUGUAUAGUCAGGGGUCUGCUAAUUUUGCGCAGUGGUUUCGCUUAAUAACCGUGUGCUGGGGGGACGACUUGGUAUCUUUAAGUUAGAGCUACAUCUAAGGCUUACGGAGCAAGUAAAAUAAAAAUAUUGGCAUUAUAUAUAAACAUUAUUCAACAUUAGUGGGGAACGACAGUUAUUGAACUUUGUGAGGAGUAUUGUGUGUAGGAUGAUGCACAGGUAAGUUCAGUCCCCAAGUUCAAGGUGGCAGUUCCACUGCCGCAUGUGCUUCCCCUCUGGGCACAAAUGGGGUGAUGUUGGCUAUGUUCCAAGCCGGGUGGCCUCCCGUCGGCGUCUUUGUCGCUGUCAGGCCGAGGGCUUGCAGGAAGGUUGACGCCUCGUUAGGGUGCGAUAUUGUGUGGGUCUUCCCCACUUUGUCAGCGAGUAAUUGGCUUUGUCCUCUAAGUUGGCAAGCUGAGCCUGAUGGUCGGCGCACUGCUUCUGCAGGGCACCAAUGGCUGCAUCUGUGGCUGACUGUGCAAGCUUGUGUUCUCUUCCACUGUGUCCAUGCGUGUGGUAAGGGUGGAGACUGCCUCUUUAAUUGGCGCCAGGUCUGCCUUGAACAUAGCUUGGAUCUCUGACAUUGCAGGCUGUUUUGUUUACAUAUGCACAACAAAAAUAAAGUUUUACAAAAAAAAGAAACAUUUGUGAAAUAAAUAUAAAGUUUUUUUGCAUCAUAUUUUGAGUGUGGUAUCACAUAUAUAUUUUUAUAUAUCUAUCUAAGGUGUAUUUGUGGGCUACCUGGAUACCAGCACCACUAUAGAUGGGAGAGUGCCAAUACAUAUGGUAAUAUUUUAAAAUGAACUGGGCUUUACGCCACCAUGAACACUGACCAACGCAGUCUUCCUUCACUGUAGCAAUACAACAGAACAAAGUUCAGCAACUUUAUUAGCAAUAAUCCAAGCAAGGAAAUCUCUCAAAAUGCAAUUAUUUUUAUUAUAACACUUAUGGAGUUAAAAUAAAAUUCCAGGUUGCUCAGCUCACAAAAUUUAGUGAAAAGGGUAACCACAAGACACUCUGUAUGUGUUUUCAAUUAUACAGUGCUUUGUCAAGGAUGAAAGGCGCAUACAGUGUACAGAGGUUGUCUUUAGCGCUGUCUCUUGUUAUCUUAGCUUUGUGGAAUUUGAUUUUAACCAACAUGUGGGAUCAUAAAAUGUUCAGAUUUUCAAAGUGUGCGGUUAUUUUAUAGCUAUAACAACAGAUAAGGAGGUCAGCGCAAAAAGUAUGUUAACAGGAAAGGGGCUAAAAUAUAAUAAUUAUGGCAUGUGUGCAUCAGUCUGUGUAUUUAUGUGUGUGUCAGUGUAUCUAUAUGUAUAUAGAUGUGUGAAUGUUUCAGUGCGUGUAUAUUUAUGUAUGUGAGUAUGUGUGAAUGUGUCAGUGUGUGUGUAUAUGUUUGUCUCUCAAAGUAUAUGUGUAUCUGUGUAAGUAUGUAUGUAUGUAUGUAUGUGGCAGUGUAUGCAUAUACGUGUAUAUUCCUGCAAUCUUAUGCAAACAUUAUAUACAAAUGCACCCCUGCAUUCAAAUACCAACACUACAAACAAAUGUAAACCUGCAUUUAAAAGCCAACACUACAUACAGACACACCCCUACACUCUAAUCCAAGCCAUAUACACAAGUACACCACUGCAUUCCAAUGACAAUAGUACAAACAAAUACACCCCUACAUGCACACAAACAUAUUCCUUUCAAAAACAUGCUUACAGGGGGGGCGGGGCCUGACAGUGAUGGCGACUGGAUGCAUUGCUCAGGUGUCUCCGACUUGGUUUGAGCCUCCUUGGCACUCUGAUUCAGUUGACCGGCUCGGGGGAAGCUUCCAGCGGUCAUUGACUUUGGUCUCAGCUGAGACUCGCCGAGUGAGAGGCCUGGUUAGCACUGCGGCAGGGAGAGGCGGACGAUCUCCCAGCCCGACACGUGCUGACUCACCAUACAGCUAAUGCUAGCUGUGCUUCCCCCUUUUGGACCAGUGGGGGUGAUCCCGGUCCCCACCCUAGGGGUCCCUGCUCUCUGAGGGAAACAGGUAGGACUGCCAUGACACAUGACAAUACUGAGAGCAACAUAGCUACAAUGGUGGAGACCACGUGUUCCUCAAAGCACCAAGGAGUGUGGUCCAGAGUAAUGUCUCGGUUAGAUGCUCUCUUCGAUCAAUUCUAGGACACACUAAAACUAGGUUCCUUUAGACGACCCCUCAAGCCCAACUACCAUGCUUAUCUGCAAAGUUCAUCAAGGGCCCCAGUAGCCAGCGAGUGGCAGCAGAUUCAAUGACUGCAUGCCUCAGGAGGCGCAGACCGAAUCGACAAGUUCCAAGGAAAGCAAGUCACUAAUCUGUUCGCAAUAUGCGAUCCGAAUGUUUAAAAUGUAGAUCCUCAAAUGUUUUAAAACUACAGCUUCCAUGAUGCUUUACAGUGAGGAAAAAAGUAUUCGAUCCCCUGCUGAUCUUGAAUGUUUGUCCACUGACAAAGAAUUCUGUCUUCUGUCUCUCACUGUUAAAAUACACCUACCAUUAAAAUUAUAGACUGAUCAUUUCUUUGUCAAUGGACAAAUGUUCAAAAUCAUCAGGGGAUCAAAGGUUGCCUAUCCCUGGUAUAGAGUGAGUGCAACAAUGUAUGUUUGUUGCAGUGUGAGUAGUAUGUGUAGCUGUGUGUGUUUGUGUAACAGUGUGGAUAGUUGCAGUAUGUAUCAAAUAGAAUAUUAAAAAAAAUAAAAAAUAAAUGAAAGGAGCUAUCCCAUUCCUCCCCCGGGGUGGGCAUAACCCACAAUGUAAAUAGUGUGUGGCAGGCACUCCAAAACAAAUUUCAAAUUUUGGUGCCAGGCUGUGGUCACUGGUCACCUGGAUCCACAGUUAUAGGAAACAUAAAAAAUUCAGGUGGUUUAUAAAGCCAUCAAAGUGAAAUGGCCUUUAAUUGGAAUUAAUUGCUGAGUGCUGAGGUCCUUUAUCUUAUGUUCGUUCAUAACCCACAAAGACAUUAAUAAUCAGCCAAAAAUUAAACAAAAAGGAAAACGAGGAGGAGGGGAAUUGGAUCAUACUUAGAUAAUGUACCCCUACUCCUUAUAUAUUGAGUGCUUUCUCUAAUAAUUAUGACAGCUCUUAGAAUGUACUCUUGAUGCAUAUAUGGACUUCCAAUGUCCUUACUUCACUGAUUGGUGCAUACUGUCCUUUUGCCAGGAACCCUCUUUUUUUUAAUACAUCUUGUAAUGUUCUUGACAAAGAAGAUUAAAUAUAGAUUCCUGGCACAAGGACAUUGUGCAUUGAAAGUCCAGAUUGGAGACUACGAAAUUUGGAAUUCCAUUGUUGGCCAUGCUAUUCUAUUUAGUAUUCAUUUCUACUGUGAUCGCUUGGGUACCGUAGAAAUAACUGACAUACAUAUAUAUUGAAAUGUUGUAAUUACUUUCCCUUUUAUUAUGUAUGUAUUCUUUGUUUUUGUGUUUUUUUCCCCAGCAUUAUGAACAGUCAAAGCCAUUUAAUUAUGCUAUGGAUAUCUUAAACAUGGUGUUCACUGGACUCUUCACAGUGGAAAUGGUUCUGAAACUUAUUGCAUUCAGACCCAAGGUCAGUUUGUGUUGUUUUUCUCUAUUUUGGUCUGUUCCUGCUCAAUGUAUUUAUCUCCACUCUUUUCCUGUCCUGUGUCUUACUCGUUCUCUAAUCAGACUAACGGAAAAGGGAGCAGUUUUGCAGAAAUUUGUUAAAGGGAUUAUCACUUUAAAAAAAAAAAAAGAGAUUUUUUAACACAAGAUAAUUAUUUUAUUAAUAAAUACAUUUUUGUUUUAUAAAAUAUGGGCAUUCCUGAUAAUAUUUCAAACACAUUCUUGAAAUACAAUGUAAAAGGAAGGAAGCAACCUGCGACAUGAAUACCCCAAAAAAUGAAAACCAAAAAAGAAUUUCUCUCUCUCGAAAAAUUGUCAAAAAAAUAAAACAAAAACAAAAAGUCUGUUGGAAUAUCUGCAAUAUGCCUGAAUGAAAUUUGAAAGGUUUAUUCAAACAUUGGGCCAUAAUCGCCUAACUGAAAUGAUAACUAAGUUGGAGAAUAUACAGUGAUCAGCCACAACAUUAAAACCACUGACAGGUGAAGUGAAUAACAUUGAUUGUGUCGUUACAAUAGCACCUAUCAAGGGGUGGGAUACAGUAAAGUAGAGAGGGCACUGGUGCAAGAAUAUUUUGGGCCCCCGCUAUAUCGCAAGGAGAGCCAAAAAGGUAGAUUCCCAUUUGUCGUACAACUCCCAUAAUGCUUUGCCAGCCAGGGAUCUACCAUUUGCCCUUCCUUGCAUGGUUAGAUCUAGUACUGAGCAGUUUUUGUGUGUUCGAAUGUAAGCAUGUUUUGUAUGGAGUAUAUGUGUUUGGAUGUAGGGGUGUAUUUUUGUGUACUUUUGUCAUUUGAAAGCAGUGAUUUACUUGUGGGGUGUUUGCCUUUGAAUGUAGGUGUGGGUCUGUAUGUAGUUUUGACAUUUGACUGCAGGGGUGUCUUUGUUUGUGUAUGUAGUGUUGGAGUUUGAAUGCUGAGAUGUAAGCACAUAUACAUAUGCACUACCACACACACACACACUGAAACAUACACACACAUAUAAACACACAGACACACAUGCAGGAACAGACACAUACAGAUCCACAGGUACAGACAUGCAGAUACACACACUGGCACACAUACAGAUACACAGACACACAUGCUAACACACAUGCAGAUACACACACACAAAGAUACACACAAUGGCACUCAAAUACAAACACUGACAUACAUAUGCACACACUGACUCACAGGUACACAGACAUGUAGAUAGAUACACAGACACACAAACAAACAUACAGAUACACAGAUAGACACACAAAUACACAGAUAGGUACAGACACACAAACAGAUACACAGAUAGACACACAGGCACACAGAUAGAUACACAGAUACACAUACAGACACACACACAGUUAAAUACAUAGGCACACAAACGUGCAAAUUUAUAGCCACCCUCAUGUUUCCUACCUUUUGGGUGCAGGAGGCUGGCUUUCAUGGGGUCCAGUCCAGACUUUUGAGAGUCAGAAAAAAACAAUACAGAAUAUAACAAAGGGACAAACUGCACCCACACAGUGUCAUUUAUAAAUCCAAUACCGAUAUAAAUUAAUAUAGUUACAUAUACUUCUUUGAAGUCAGUUAGUGCAAAGUAACCUUGAUUGGUAAUAUAACCUCAAAAGACAAGAAAGAGUAACAAAUAGUGCAAUAUGUCACUUAUAUUGGCCGUGCUUGUGAAACGGUGUAUAGAGUACUAACUCACACUUUACUGAGCUUCUCAGAGCUCAGCUUUGUGUCGCCUGGACGGUACAAUCCCGUCUUAAGAUAUGUGGAGCUUUGUUAUAGUUGACGUCCAAUAUAUAUAAGGGAAAUAAAACAGGAAAAGGCUUAUGGUGCAGUAUAUUAUUACACAAUGUGAAUGAUAAAAGUGGUAUCCUACUUAAAAUUUCCAGAGCAAUGACUUGCUCUGAUUGGAGGAGCGUUGGUGGUAUUAUCCCAACCUGGGAUUUGCAGGAUAUGAAUAGACCAGAAAAUAUGAUGACAAGUUAAAAUAUAAAAAUAUAUUUUUUUAAAAGGUAAUAUAUACAGUAUGUCACAAAAGUGAGUACACCCCUCACAUUUUGGUAAAUAUUUUAUUAUAUCUUUUCAUGUGACAACACUAUAGAAAUUACACUCUGCUACAAUGUAAAGUAGUAAGUGUACAGCCUGUAUAACAGUGUAAAUUUGCUCUCCCCUCAAAAUAACUCCACACACAGCCAUUAAUGUCUAAACCGUUGGCAACAAAAGUGAGUAGACCCCUAAGUGGAAAUGUCCAAAUUGGGCCCAAUUAGCCAUUUCCCCUCCCCGGUGUCAUGUGACUCAUUAGUGUUACAAGGUCUCAGGUGUGAAUGGGGAGCAGGUGUGUUAAAUUUGGUGUGUUAAAUUUGGUGUUAUCGCUUUCACACUCUCUCAGACUGGUCACUGUACAAGUUCAAUAUGGCACCUCAUUGCAAAGAACUCUCUGAGGAUCUGAAAAAAAAUCUGAAAAAAAAUUGUUGCUCUACAUAAAGAUGGCCGAGGCUAUAAGAAGAUUGCCAAGACCCUGAAACUGAGCUGCAGCACGGUGGGCAAGACCAUACAGCGGUUUCACUCAGGUUCCUCUCAGAACAGGCCUCGCCAUGGUCGACCAAAGAAGUUGAGUGCACGUGCUCAGCAUCAUAUCCAGAGGUUGUCUUUGGACAUAUGAGUGCUGCCAGCAUUGCUGCAGAGGUUGAAGGGGUGGGGGGUCAGCCUGUCAGUGCUCGGAGCAUACGCCGCACACUGCAUCAAAUUAGUCUGCAUGGCCCCUGUCCCAGAAGGAAGCCUCUUCUAAAGAUGAUGCACAAGAAAGCCCUCAAGCAGUUUACUGAAGACAAGCAGACUAAGGACAUGGAUUACUGGAACCAUGUCCUGUGGUCUGAUGAGACCAAGAUAAACGUAUUUGGUUCAGAUGGUGUCAAGCAUAUGUGGCGGCAACCAGGUGAGGAGUACAAAGACAAGUGUGUCUUGCCUACAGUCAAGCGUGGGAGUGUCAUGGUCUGUGCCUGUAUAAGUGCUGCUGGCACUGGGGAGCUACAGUUCAUUGAGGGAACCACGAAUGCCAACAUGUACUCUGACAUACUGAAGCAGAGCAUGAUUUAUUUUUGCUUCCUUCUGGCUUCUUUCACCCUUUCUCGUGUCUGCUUUUGUCCUAUUCUUUUUCUGCCUUAAUCCUGCUAUAUCUGUGUUUUCAUCCUGUACGGACUUUCACUCUGUUUAAUUUCUGCAUCCACCCAGCUCUUUCAGCCUCUGAUUUGCUCUUGUCCUGAUCAACUGUUUCGGGUUUCACCAAGGAAGGGCUGGCAACCUUUGGCCUUGGGGGCGAGUGGCAAAUUGCCAUUUUUUGCACAAAAACCUUACAGAUCUCUGUGUAGAUGGUUCUGCUCAUACUGUGCUGAUGAUUUAUGGGUUUGAGGUGCGAUGUCUGACAUCAUACACCCUGCAACCUCCAAUAUUGUGUCCUGUGCAGCAUGAAGAAGCAUUCACAGAGACUUGUACAUGACUAUGAUACAGACUCUGUUUCCUGUCACCCUUUAGACAUCGAUGUCUCAUCUCACCCCACAGCUACUUGCAAACACCUCCACACCAUACACACUAAUCAUAGACUGACAGCCGGGUAUCCUGGGAUAUAUCCCCGUAGGAGAGUCAUUGCUGGAGAUCACUGAGAUUAUAGGCCACCAGCCCGAGCACAAACCCACCCUUUCACCUACUUCUAUACUUGCUGUCCUUUAUGUUACUCUGCUUUUACCCUUUUAGAUGAUUUUAUUCUGUUCUGUCUCUGCAUUCACCGUGUUCUAUAUUAGCUUUCCAUCUGUUUAAUCCCUGCUCUUACACUUUUUUUCUCUCUCCAAAUAUAUUCAGAUCUGUCUCUGCUUUCAUCCUAUUCUUUCUAUCAUUACUGUUAUUCUGUUCUUUCUGCUUUGGUUUUGUUCUUUGUGUCCCUGCUUUCUUUCGGCGGUAGGGGUCGAUUGUCGCACACUUUCUUCUCUGCUUCUUCUUUUAUCUAGCCUUCUCAGUUGAUUCCUGCUUUUUCUUCCUUUUUUUCUAUCGGUUUCUCUGUAAUGUGUCUUACCUAGAUGUACUGUGAUUUAUCUCUCUUUUCCACGCAGCAUUACUUCUGUGAUGCUUGGAACACGUUUGAUGCCCUCAUCGUUGUUGGCAGCCUGGUGGAUAUUGCAGUCACGGAGGUCAAUGUAAGUCCACAUUUGGUAGUAAUGAAAACAUGCAUUGUUAUCGUUAUGAGUAAAGUGAGCUAUUCCAUCUUAUUUCUGGUAGUGUAAUAUGUAUUACCAUUUAACAUGAUAGGCUUGACAAGCCUCAUGAAUCAUUUUAUACAGUUUUCAUCUACUCAAAAAUGCACUUUUCCAAAAAGGGUUGCAGCAAUUAAUCAAAAUAAAAGUAAAUUAAUAAUCAUGCUUUGCAUAACCCAUGCUCUUAAACUCCCACUACUGGUAUCAGCUCAAAUAAAUAAACAAAAAAAGGUUUGCGGGUAGAUUUUUUUUUUUUUUUUUUAAUUCUAUUUUGACUAUUUAUUUAAUUCACACUAGGUUUUGUAUCUUUUUAUUGCUUGAUGAAGUGUACAUUGUUAGACACAAGGCUGUCAUAUAUAGCAAAUCUAGCAAUUUUAUUAAACGUAACCCAAUACACUACGUUUUUAGAAUUAUAGAAUUUUCAAAGACCCCUGACGGUUACAUCACUGUUGGCCGGGAGAGGGGCAGGAAAAAGGUGAGUUCUACUUACCUGAACCUGUCCCUCGCGGGUGCCAACAUCUUCUUCUUGCAGUUCCUCUUCGCCAGGAGCACGCCCAAGACGUCACUUCUGUACAUGCUCAAGAGAAGAGCAUUGUGGCCUAUGGAUCCUCCAUAGAUAGGGCCAAUUUUCCUGCAGCCAUCACUGGUGACGGCUGGGGUAUUAACACUUCUUGACAGCGGUAGUGCCGCCCAGUGUCUGAGAAAGUCAGGCGUACAAAUAUAUAUAGGACAAAGUAGUCCCUGUUUUGUCUUAUCUUUUUAGUUAGAAAUAGAUGAAAAAACUAGAAAGAGAAAGACAGAGAAGGAAAGAGGAAUCGAUUGGGAAAAUUGCCUCUGGAUUACAGGUAGGUAUGGAGUAACAGUGCCACUUUAAAGGAUCACUAUAGGGUCAGGAACACAAACAUGUAUUCCAGGCCCUAUAGUGUUAAAACCACUAUCUAGCCCCCCUGGGCCCAUCAUGCCUCCAUAAAUAUAGUAAAAAAAUCUUACUGUAUUCAAGCCUGAAACUGUAACUCUGCAUGCUGUUAGACUCAGAAAAACAAGCAUUCUGCUGACAUCAUUAGAAGUGGUGGCCUGGUCCAAUCACAGUGCUUCCCCAUAGGAUUGGCUGAGACUGACAAGGAGGCAAAUCAGGGGCAGAGCCAGCAUGAUUCAAACACAGCCCUGGCCAAUCAGCAUCUCCUUGUAGAGAUGAAUUGAAUCAAUGAAUCUCUAUGAGGAAAGUUCAGUGUCUGCAUGCAGAGGGAGGAGACAAUGAAUGUUUGGAUGCAUUUUAGGCAGCCAUGACCCAGGAAUGAUCUCUAACAGCCAUCUGAGGAGUGGCCAGUGAAGUUAUCACUAGGCUGUAAUGUAAACACUGCAUUUUCUAUGAAAAGACAGUGUUUACAGCAAAAAGCCUGAAGGUAAUGAUUCUACUCACCAGAACAAAUUCAAUAAGCGGUAGUUCUUCUGGUGACUAUAGUGUCCCUUAAACGUGAAUCUUUAGUUUAAAUAUCUCAAUAACAACAAUCAGUUAGCAUCUAUCUGAUUCACUGUCACAAUGCCGGUAUUACCACUUUGUUUCAACGGGGUGCUUUUUUAUACAGUUUUAACUUUAUAGGAGAGAUAGGUAACGUCACUACAAAUGUUGUGGAUUACAACUCUCAUGAUGUUCAGCCAUCUAAAGUGAUUAGAUGGGCACCAUGGAGGUGGUAGUACAUUUCCUCUAACACACCAAAGGGUACCUAUCAAAUUACAAUAUUUUAUGUAGAGCCAACAUACUGUGUAAUGGGCAGGGACAGCGUGUAGGUGCGGCAAUCACACAGUAAAGUGCUCUGUAAUGUGUGAGCUGGGAAAUCCCUCUGCUGAUGUCAGUACUGACAGCAGCAGUGGGAAUGCCACUAAGUUAGGGGUAAGAUUAGUGUAAGAUUAGAGUUAAGGUUACCUUUCUGUUUCUUCAUUCCUAGUGUAGGGUAAUGGUUAAAGGGUUACUGUAAUCACCAUGACCACUUCUGCUUAGAACACUACACAAACUAAGGCAUUUGCACUAAUCAAUUAAUCUAUUUUGAGUUUUUUUUUCCCUUUAAUUGCACUUGAAGUGUCAAUUAUUAUUAGCAAAACAGUGAACAAGUGUGCGUGCUUUUUCCCAUUUCCCCCCCCCAUAUUUAAAAUUGUAUUCAUACUUAAUGUUGUGUUUGAUAUACUUGUAGGGCAUUAAAAGAAAGCCAUUUCUAUUCUCUAAUAAAACAAUAUAUAAUAUGUAUGAGUACACGGAAAUUAUGGUGGAACGAACACAUAGCACAAAUUCUAAGUUUUGUUUUUGUUCAUAAGUUGGACAAUUGACUCCUUCCUUAAGGUGUUAAACAAUGUCUAGAUACUUUACUGGAAAAUUUAGUGUUUUACGAUAUAAUAGAUAAUAUAUAAGUAGCCUGUGUAAUAGACUCAGACGUUUGUUUGUUUUUUUCUGUUUCGUGGCAAAACUGGGAAUCUCUUCAAAGUGGGUUUAUUGCUAGUAUUUCGGCUUAUAUUACUAUAUCAUAAGGUAAUCGUUUAGAGAGACAGUAAGAAGCAAAAGAACAGAAAUACAAUCCUGCCCCGACAGGUAUCUCAUAUUAUAGAGAUUAUUGUGCAGUUGCCCCACCUAUACUUCCCAAUGUUAUGUCUCACAUAGCUGAGCUGACUCUGUGACAUGCAUUCACAGGCAAGUCACAUUCAGCCAAACGCACAUUAACAGGUGAGCUAGCAUGCAUAUCCUAAUUAGUUAAUCUAGAACUGACCCACAGACAAACUAACAUUGUCCUGCAGGAAAACUGAACUUUAACAUCAUGUGUACCUAUAACUAAAUCAAUUACAUGUAUAGCCCUGUAACAUGUUGUUUCUAAAGUUUAAUGGCUCUCUUUUGGAUAGUAAACUGAAUAUAUUGUUUGCUUGUCUGUGAGCAGCUUCAAAAUACCAAUAUAAUACUAUAACAAUCAUAAUCAAACUUAGGGUUCAUUGCUCCUUGUAUUGUUCUCGUAUUGUUUUUCUUGUUAAAAGUAACCGCCUGCGUUGCAGCAGUUAAUACAAGUUGUCCCAUCAUAUGGUAAAUUAUGACUCCACUAGGUUCAUUCAAAAUAGAGAUAAAAUGCUGUCUAGGAUAUAGGGGGACAGGUGAAAGCAUCUUCGCAAUAAUCACAAAGUAUUAAACAUUUACUUAGGAACAACAACAACAAAACCAGUAUCAUUAUUAAAAUCAGGGAAUGUUCACGCAGGCUUUCAGGCUGAAUACGUAAGCCCGGUGAUUCUUUUUCUUGUAUGUUGUUCGUUUGUUUGUACAAAUUUAAUAAACCUUCAUCUUGAAAAUGUAAAUACAAUAAAAUGUCUUCUGUAAAGUGUCUCAUACAAUGUAUAGGGUCUGACAUGUCUGGAAAGGUUUGUCGCAGAUGUUAUUGAAAAACCUAUCCCUGUUUCUUUGUCAAAUGCAUACGUGGAACCAUCGUCAUCAUCUUCAUCUUCAUCAUGACAUUAUGGUCCAUUCCAUCUCCUUCUUCGGUCUGUCUGUUAUAUGUAGAAUGGAUGGCAUGUUGGAGAGGUAUGUAGUAACAUGCAGAGGUACCUUUUUAUGGAGAGACAAUGAGACUCUAAUUUCAUUGUACACUUUAUUGCUAUCCAAUGUAAAUUAUUUUAAUGCCCCUCUGUCACUUGCAAAUAGAUGGAUGUAGGGCACUUAUUACUCGAUAAGUUGUCUAUAGCAAAAAUAUACAGCCACCAAUGCUAAGAUUUAUUCCCCAAAGCAAGACAUUUACAUCUAUUACCCUUUCUGUUUAUUCAUUUACUUAUAUUUCCUUUUGGUUCUUCGCCUUCUCAACAGAGUUCGGAGGAUAGCUCCAGAAUUUCCAUUACCUUUUUCCGGCUCUUCCGUGUUAUGCGUUUGGUAAAACUGCUCAGUAAAGGAGAAGGUAUUAGGACAUUACUGUGGACAUUCAUCAAAUCCUUUCAGGUAAAGUAUUUAAGAAAACUCCUGAAAAAAUGAGGGCAGAAGGGCAUAUGGGUAAACUUUCUGGGUUUAGACUGGAAACUCUAGCAUUAACUGUUCACUGCUAUUUCUCCAGUUAAAGCCCCUCUACUCUGCGGGUGGGGGGAGGGAGAGGGCGUAGGGGUAGUUUAACUUAUUACCAACCUAGCUCUUUUACUGGCUCACCAAUUUUUAGUCAAGGCCAACAUUUUAAUUUGUGGGGGACACUUCUUUUCUAACCCCAAAUAAGGAACAGGAAGACCUCAAAGCCCAGAUAUUCCCACCAUUCACAUAAUGUGCUGUUUUGUCACUUGACAUACCAGUACAGCAGCCACGUUGGGCUUAUAUGCUGUGAGCCCAAUGAUGGCUGGUCUUUGGUGGCCUAGCAUGACAUCAAAAUUAAAUGUACACAUCAUGUACACUCAGAAAAAAGUAGAUAUACCAGAGUAAAGUUGACUGUAUUAGAAAAAUCCUGGGUCCCGCAUUUUAGUACUGUAAAUCUGAAAUUCUAAGAUAAAUUCCCAUUUUAGUUAGUAGGCCAUCAACUUGGAACUGCUCCGGUAACAUGGCUCUUGAGACAAAAGUCCUAAAUCUCUUAAGUGAUUGGGAAUGAUGAUGACAUGUGAUCAUUGUCAACUGGAAAGCCUGAAGUUAGACCUUUAAAACCUAUCGGAUAACUUGCACCUGACUUUUUAAAUGUUUCACCUCUAUCUUUCUGUCUUUUCUUCCAGGCUUUGCCAUAUGUAGCCCUGCUCAUCGCUAUGAUAUUUUUUAUCUAUGCUGUAAUUGGCAUGCAGGUAAGCUAUAUUUGUGCAAGUCCUGUAAACUGUGACAUUUAAAUAAUGGCAGAGAUGUUUGAGUGCUACAUCUACCAGAGUUCUCACACACCCAAAAGCAUAUAAGGCAACUUGAGGAACAUGCACCAAAAUGGUCACGUUGUCUGAACUGCCUAGCACUGUCCAUGUAAUUGCUGCAAUGAAUGAUGAUCAAGAGAUCUCAAGAGAUCACCAAUGGUACAGAUGUCUCUCUUCUGAAAUUUCUCUAUUGCAUUGGUGUAGAAUGAGAACAUUGAAACAUGACAUUACAUACAUCCAUCAUUAAAUGGAUCAAGAAAUAUUGGAAGCAUAGAGAUGGGAGACUGGUCAAACAUUCCUUGUAGACCAUUACACUUUACAAAAGAAAAUGUUGUGUGUAGGUCUCUACUUACUGGGUUACUCAGUUGCCACGUCAAUAAGGGUAUUCACUCAAGCGUGAAUUGUUGGGAAUUCAGUUCAGUGAAUUGAAAUUGAAUUUUAAAUUUUAGGGCUCGGUUGACAAAUUAAAAAGAUUCUCCAAGUCAGCUAUGUUUUCAUCUAAACUAUUUUGACCUAAGAUUUUAAUUAUACUUUGAAUUCACAGUGAUUUACCAACAAUUCAAUCUAAUUCUUUCCAUAUAUAUAUAUAUAUCCAUGAAUUGCGAGAAUAAAAAUAACUGUUUUGUAUUUCUAUGUGUAGACAUUUGGUAAAAUUGCUAUGCAAGAUGGGACUCAGAUCAACAGAAAUAACAACUUCCAAACUUUUCCCCAAGCCGUACUGCUCCUUUUCCGGUAUGUAUGACCUCCGCAGGAUGGUAUUAUAUUGUGUGCAUACUAUAAUAUUGUACUAUAAUAUUGUAAGGUUUUAUUUACUAAACCGUGAAUUACGAACUGAAUUUUAAAAUUUAGGCUAAUAGCUGAUUUGGACAAAAGUAUCUUACUUGACUACAAUUAUAGCUUUUGCAAUUCAAUUCUCAAUUCUUUAGAAUUCACUGUUCACUCUAAAGAGACAAUAAGCAAUAACCAUUCUGUCUGCAGUCUAUUUGUGAUAAAAAUGUUCUAUUCUAAAUACAUCUAUAUAUCCUCCAACAUCUUUACACAUACCAUCUCCGCUUGUUAUGUGAAUCUACUACUCUCCUAUAAAAAGGAAAAAUAAAAUACUAUACAACUAGAAGUGUCCCUCAAAACAACACUUCUAAGAUAUCUCAUACAAUAGCAUACAAAGUAUAUAUAAAUAGCACACACGCAUAAUUAUACAAAUAGACACUAGAAAAACAUGGCAAACGUAAAUGGAUUGGUGUUUGCAAAGUUAAACGUUUACAAAUUGCCCUCCUAGGUGUGCUACUGGGGAGGCUUGGCAGGAGAUCAUGUUGGCCAGUCUGCCCGGCAAGAGAUGUGACAUUGAAUCUGACUUUGCUCCUGAUGAGGAAUUUACCUGCGGGAGUAACUUCGCCAUUGUGUAUUUCAUCAGCUUCUUCAUGCUCUGCGCCUUUCUGGUGAGUAUGGAAAAUAAGGGAUUUUAAGACUUUUUGUGCGUUUACAUUAAUACAGUACAAUAAAAAAAAAGAAAGAAAAAAGAGAGAGAGAAAAGAUACUAGCAGCAUUAUCACCACUCAUGUGGACAUUCUGUGGUGAAAUGCAGAUUAAAUUAAUAGGUUUUUUUUAAGGGAGGGAACUUUAUUUUAAUACCCAUGAGUGGUAUAUUUUAUGGUAGUGUAUUUUAGUGUGGGUCCUAGAGUCCUGAGAAAUCUUGGUGUACCUCCACUGGUCCAUAGUUAUGUCUGUGGUUCAAGAUUUUGCUGGCAAUCAUUUUUCUGUGAUUGCCGACAUGCAGUAAAACUAUUUCUUCUGUCCAGAUCAUAAACUUGUUUGUGGCUGUCAUCAUGGAUAACUUUGAUUACCUCACAAGGGAUUGGUCCAUCCUUGGCCCCCAUCAUCUGGAUGAGUUUAAGAGAAUCUGGUCUGAGUAUGACCCAGAAGCCAAGUAAGUACCAUCACAAAAACCUCUGCCAUUAUUUUUGCUAGCUUACAAUGCCACCUAUCAGUUUAACAUUAUCAAUAUAUCUAAUCAUUGUUAACACCUUUUGACAUUAACUUAUAAUUACCUGCAGUGUAUUAACUCAGAAUCCCCCCCCUUGCAUUGUAUCAUCGCUACUCAAAGAGAUUCUAGAACCAUUACCUUGCGAUCCUCGCAGUGCUACAAACUAAUAUUUGUUACUAUUACAAUUUUCCUGUAAUCAACAUUUCUUCUCUUUCUCAUUACAACACCCCAUUUCUUUGACAAUUAUAUCCAGCAUGAGCAUAUCACUCUCAUCCCAUUUCAACCCCCCCAUCACUCUAAUUGACAUCACCGCCCUGUUGUCCACAGGUCUUUUAUCUCCAGGCAUUCGUUCACAAACACCAUCAUCUCAGGAUCUUCAUAUGAUAAUGGUUGCCUUUAUGAUACAGAUGAGAGAUUAAUAGCAAUUUGCAUUAUGUUCCCAGGGGCCGUAUCAAACACUUGGACGUAGUUACCUUACUGCGCAGGAUUCAGCCUCCUCUUGGGUUUGGCAAACUUUGCCCACAUCGUGUAGCGUGUAAGGUGAGAGUUGUAGAACAAACUGUGUGGUGUAAAUCACCUCUGUCCUGGUCUUCUAAGUCACUGGUUUUGUUUCAAUCCCUUCACUUUGCUCCCUAUAGUAAGUGCAGAUGAACUUGAGAGACUAUUUAUGGUCCCCUUUAUUUGUCAGGUGGCCACCAAGUCCACCCUGCUUCUUGCUAACUGCCAGGUUAGAUGGGUACCAUGUUAGCUUCUGAUUUCUGGCCCCUUGUUCCUAAACCCAUUGUCCCAGGGCAAUCCAUACCCCAGAACCCUUACACCAAGGCCGUCCUUCAAAUCGUUUUUGACAAUGGGUAUUCCAGGGUCGUUUUCUAUGUCAUUUGCAUUGCUUUUACUGAGCUGUCUCCAUUGUAUGAUUUGGUUACACCAGUUUGCAGUUCUUUCACGUAAUCGGUAAAGCAUUGAGUCCUUGCCUAUGUGUUCAUCCCUUGCUUUUCCAGUAGAGUCUUCGGUUCUACUUAUGCUCUUUUGUUUUAUGUUGACCAUCCUAGUCCUUGCUGCUGGAACUAUUAGUUAUCCUUUUGUUCUGAUUAACAAGCCUCCUAAUCUUUGCUUUACUGAGUCUUCUCUUAUUUGACCUGUUUUGCCUAUGGUAGGUUAUGUCAAUAUUCAACCAUUAUUUUUUGUAUCACUUGUGUGACCUCUCCUAAAAAAAACUCUGGUUAUCUGCCUGGUGAUUCCCAUGUUAACCCUUUCCUUGCUGGUGUUCUCUUGCACUCAUGCUAAUGUGUUACAAGUCACAAGAAUAGUUCAAUCUAUUUGUUAUACCUCAUACUUAUCUACCUUUCCAUUAGAAUAUCACCAGGGGCGGGGUUUGCAGCCUAAGUCAGUGAUGAACUAAAAUAAAUAUAUAGAAUUCCACAUGUAUAAAGAACUUGGAGAGUUGGAUUUUCCCCUUUGUGUUUUCAAUUUGAAAAAUUAUCUUAACCCCUUAAGGACCAAACUUCUGGAAUAAAAGGGAAUCAUGACAUGUCACACAUGUCAUGUGUCCUUAAGGGGUUAAAUAUAGUCAGGUUCUCUACUCUGCAUUUUAGAAAAUGGAUUCCUGAACAGCAUUUCAGCUACUUGAAUAUAACUUACUGUUUCAAUAAAAGCAUGACUGUCUCUGUGUUCUCUCUAUUUACUGGAGGAGAAUUUAUGUAAAUAGUAAAUAAGUUUAUGGCAUGUAUUAUAUAUAUUAUAGUAUUUAUCAUGCAGGCGCAGCCUAAUAUACUGGCCCGGCAAGGAGAUCAAAAUAUCUUUCUUACUGGCAAUCUGUUGCCUCUCUGUGAGGCUGUGACAAAGUGUGGGGAAUAUGACUUUAAAUGACAAUUCUUGUUGUUAUUAUAAAAAUCCUGCAUGCAUGUAAUGAAAAUAUCCCUCUGCCAUAUUUAUGCAUCUUCAGUCGGACUGAGGGAGAAUCCAACCGUUAGGCCCCUGCCUCACUCCCUGCACAGAGCAGUGAUGUGAUCAGCCAUCGCCCUUUGUGGUCUGCCCGGUGCUAAUUCUGACCGCAUUGGUAAUUCUCAGAUUUACUUUUGCCAAAUGCGGUCAAAAUUCGCUCAGUCUGACUCAUCCUGUAAUAUUAGUCCAAAUGAGGAAAUCGAUGUUUUUCUAAAAUUAUCCGAACCAAUAUAAAGCACCAGAAUCGCAAAUUAUCAUUUACUUGCUAUUUGCCACCAUCAGCAGGCAAAUAGUUCUUCAAAUGAUCAUUCACCUGCAAAUAGCAGUAACGUUAAAAUAUAACAUUAACGAACCGCACAAUAAUACAAUGCAUGUAGAUGUAUUCACUAAACUCUGAAUUGUAGCAAAUUUAUAUUCAAAUUGCAAAAUUAAGGCUAAAAUAUCAAAAUUGGGGCUAUAGUGGAUUUGAAAAAUAUCUCCAAAUCAGCUAUGCUUGCCUUGAAUUGUCAAUUUAAUUUUAAUUUGACACAAUUUGUAGUUUGGUUAAUAACACUGACAGUCAUUGUAGAUCCGUUUUUAAAAAUAAAUUAUAUAUAUAUUUAAAGGGACACUAUAGUCACCUGAACAACUUUAGCUUAAUGAAGCAGUUUUGGUGUAUAGAACAUGCCCCUGCAGCCUCACUGCUCAAUCCUCUGCCAUUUAGGAGUUAAAUCCCUUUGUUUAUGAACCCUAGUCACACCUCCCUGCAUGUGACUUGCACAGCCUUCCAUAAACACUUCCUGUAAAGAGAGCCCUAUUUAGGCUUUCUUUAUUGCAAGUUCUGUUUAAUUAAGAUUUUCUUAUCCCCUGCUAUGUUAAUAGCUUGCUAGACCCUGCAAGAGCCUCCUGUAUGUGAUUAAAGUUCAAUUUAGAGAUUGAGAUACAAUUAUUUAAGGUAAAUUACCUCUGUUUGAAAGUGAAACCAGUUUUUUUUUUCAUGCAGACUCUGUCAAUCAUAGCCAGGGGAGGUGUGGCUAGGGCUGCAUAAACAGAAACAACGUGAUUUAACUCCUAAAUGACAGUGAAUUGAGCAGUGAAAUUGCAGGGGAAUGAUCUAUACACUAAAACUGCUUUAUUCCGCUAAAGUAAUUUAGGGGACUAUAGUGUUCCUUUAAAUGUCCAUUGCCAAGUCUUCUGAAAGGCUAUUGCGAGGCUUAGUGUAUUAGCUAAUGCCCUCAGCCUAUUACGGGGGCAUGGCUAAGCGGAGAAGGGAGGACACCAAUGGACAGUGGUGUCGGGUGCUAGAGUACCAACUUCAGGUUGCAAAAUAAUUUAUAUCCUGAAGGUAAGACUGCAUCCAGACACUCCUACUACCAUAACAACUUAUACUUCACUUGUUACUAGGGUGUGAGUGCUGCUCCAAGUAUUUAAAAAAAUAUAAACUUUAUACAAAGUUAAAAAUUACAGAAGGAAAGAAUUCUGUGUGCACACCCUAAUGAAGUGUGCAGCAUAAACCCAUGUUACAUGGUGUUAUCUCUGUGUUACUAUAAUAUCUUUGUUAUUGUCAUGUAUAACUUGUUGUAGCCAUAAAGUGCUAACACGAAUUAAUAAUGAUGCAGGUUUUAGCACUUUGCAUUAUCUGGGUGGGAAUGCCAGUCAUGAAUUAUUAAUGUUUUUCCUUUGUAUACUGAUCACUAGUACUGUUGCAAACAGUCCUUUUUUUCUCAAUAUAAUUCCAACAGCAAGCUCUGUCUUUACUUAGUCUAUUGCCCCAAGCAAUGUCCCAUUUAUCCUCAGCUGCCACUAUUCAUGCUUACAGUUACAAUCUGUCAAUGGCUGGUCUUUUUUUAAUGCCUUUUGGCCUACAAUUCACAGGUGCCCCUACUACUCCCCUAAAAAGAAACAGUUCUCUUUUAUUUGCUACACGAGUUGGACGGCAUGCAAGAAAGUAGAGGAAUACAUCUCUCAAGAUUGUACUGCGCCCACUGUCCCCCCUGUUAUUCAUCCUCUGCCUGGAGCCUCUCAUCCGCCACAUCAAACGACACACCGAGAUAAAAGGUCUUAACACACCAGCAGGCGUACAAAAACUGACCCUAUUCGCAGAUGACAUUCUGCUAUUCAUCACGCAACCUCUACAGUCCAUCCCAACAUUAUUGUCCUUGUUAUCACAGUACAGUCAGGUCUCGUACUAUAAAAAUAAUUCCAACAAAACCCAGGUGCUCCCAUUGGGACUGCCGGCCUCACUAAUAAUCAAGCUGAAAGCAGCAUACCCCUUUGACUGGAGAAACACGUCCCUAAAAUACCUGGGGAUUAACCUGACUGCCUCCCCUGCGGGACUCACGCGGGAAAACCAUUUACCACUAAUGACCAAACUUCAAACACAGCUGGAUAAAUGGCACACACUCGAGGUCUCAUGGAUGGGCAGGGUGCAGACCAUCAAAAUGAUGGUACUGCCGCAUAUACUGUAUCUAUUCCGCACCCUCCCUAUUGCGCUCCCUGACACGCUCCUCAAGAAAUUCCAAUCCAUAAUUAACUCCCACAUUUGGAAGAAAAAACCCCCGAGAAUAGCACGCAGACUCACUUGGCUCCCCCCUAAUAAAGGGGGCCUAGGCGCCCCUGAUAUAAAAGCAUAUUAUAAAGCAUCUGUUCUAGCCCAGGGUCUGGAAGUCCUUACCCGCCCCAAGCCUCCAGUAUGGUUACCCCUAGAGAACGCAAUCCUUCACCCAGAAACAAUAACCCACCAUCUGUGGAACAUAGCUAGCCGUCCGUACCCCCCCCCGAAAGGCCUGCCCAACACUAAAUUUAUGUUGACCGGAUGGAGCAGAUGGGCGACGGACUUGGUGGGGCAAGCUCACCCACUUCUCUUCGCUCCCCUGUCUCGACUGAACGACCUGACAAGUGACCUCCCACUGAAAGUCUGGAUAGAUAAAGGGAUCACCUCGGUUGGCUCGUUAGUAACACCACAGGGCAUCAAACAAUUCCCCGAGUUGCAAAUAGAAUACGCUCUGCCGCCUAGGGAAAUAUUUACAUAUUUACGCAUCAAAAAUACACUUACCACUACAAAGAUACGGCAUUGCGAGGCAGACCAACUGACGACUUUUGGCAGGAGCUGUGUCUCCCGACAGAAGUCUUGCAAACCCCUAUCUCUAUGCUACAACGCUCUAAACGAUGCGGACAAAUGUAUAAAACACCCGUACAUGCUCCAGUGGGAAACUGACUUGGCAACCCAAUUUCCCCUCCCUAUGUGGCUACAGUUCAUCCAAAUCACACGAGCGGCAUCUCACAAUUUAUCCCACUGGGAGGCUUACUGCAAGCUACUUAUGAGAUGGUACUUGGUACCCUCGCGCCUAGCCCAGAUGUAUCACUCAUUGACACCGACAUGCUGGAGAUGUAAGAGCGAGGUGGGCAAUUUAUUACACAUAUUUUGGGGAUGCCCCAUUCUGGCGACAUUCUGGCAACAAGUCAGAGACCUAACCAAAUCCAUCACUCAGGUAGAUUUGCCCGCACGCCCAGAGAGCUGCCUUCUUCACAUCUAUACUGGAUUAUUAACAUCCCCUCACAAAAAAAUUAGCAUUGCGAGCAGAUGGAAAAGCUCUGACCCACCUUCUAUCCAGGAAGUACGCAAUAGGGUCCAAUCGACAUUUGAAUAUGAACGGCUAGCAUUCCGACUGAAAGGGUGCGAGACGAAACACACACUCCUAUGGCAAAGCUGGCACUCGAUUCCCUCCCCGAAAUGAAAACCCCCUCACAAAAAAAAUAAAUAAAUAAAUAAAUAAAUAAAUAAAUUAAAAAAAAUAAUAGCCUACCUAGCCCAUGACGCGGUAGUACGACAUCGCCAAUCCUCCGCAGGCAGGGCAUCUCGUCAUUAACGCUAAUACCAUCACUACUGCUAGCACCGUCACUUUCGCUGGCCACGAGUUUACAAGUCCCCUGCCACCGUUUCAGCUCACCCAUAGCUGCUGUCCGUCUCACUAGCACCUGGUAUAAUGCUGUGCAUGCUAUAACAAUACCUCUCAUCGUAUCACGUGUACUAACUGAAAUGCUAUGUAUAUUACCCUGAUGUAACAAUUUGAAUGGUACCCCCCCACACCCUCUUUCCUUUCUGUACCCCAUUCCCCAAGACUUGAAUGUACCUUCUUGCUGAUAAAUAUUAAUAAAAACGAGAAAUUGAAAAAAAAAGAUUGUACUGCGCCAAUACAUUAAAAAAAAAUAUGCAAUUUCUUUACAGCAAUAUGAAAAAGUGUAUGAGAUAUCUUUUAAAAAAAAAAAAAUUGCACAUUUGCAGUUACGGUAAGUGUCCGGUGUAGGCAGCUGCCUGCUCUGCCUAGUGGCAUAUCAGUUGCUGUGCCGAUCUUGCAAAAGGCAUUAUAAAAAAUGGUCAAAGGUUUGGGCAAUUUCUUCAUAUUUUGGGUUGUGCUAUCAGAUGCUGCUUCCAAGAAUAUUGGGGGCAUGUUUACAAAUCUCUCCACAAAUUGAAGGAGUUUUACAAAUUAAUAUGAAUUAUUUUUUUGCGAGUGAAUGAAAACAUCCUCCAAAUUGUUGUAUAUGAGAGUAUGUUUUCUUUGCACACAUGACGAAGAGAUGUGGAAGCCCUGAACUUCACAGACACAUCUGUCAAGUAUCGCUAAUGCACUUUGCCACAAUCAGUUGCACCUGGUCACAUGUUUGCAUUGAAAUGUAAGAAUGCAUGAGGUCCGCAGUUGCAUACCACUACCUAGAUCAGGUAUAGGCAACCUUUGGCACUCCAGAUGUUUUGGACUACACCUCCCAUGAUGCUUUGCCAGCAUUAUGGAUGUAAGAGCGUUAUGGGAGAUGUAGUCCAAAAAUCUGGAGUGCUGAAAGUUGCCUAUCCUUAACCUAGAUACUUAGAAAAAGCAGAUAUUGUGAAACGUAGCACAGAACAUGAACUAUUUAGUAGUUCUUAAUAAUCUAGAACUUGAGGAAGGACAGCAGUCGCAGGAAUCUGGAGCUCCAUGCACCAAACGUUGGAAAAUCUAACAAAAUAAUACCCACAGACCCCCAAACGUCGGCGGAGACCCCCCCACAGCAAAGCAAAGCACAAUGGGGAAGAAAAAUAAAAAACCGGGACCAGACAGACAUACCUCUGAACGGACGAUCGGCGAAAUGUGGAGGCAAGCACGAGGCACGAUGGAGCCUAACAUGGCGGCCCUUCAUGGCGGCUGUUCCGAUUUCUCGGACGAUCUCUCUGGAGAUGCUGAGGAUGACUACAUGACAGCCCCGGCCAUAACACGGAAGGCCAAGCCAACGGGAACCGACGGUGAGUUGGUAACCACAGGGGUUAUGAGGGCACUACUGGCAGAUCUCCAAAAGAAUAUAUUGGCGGAUGUAACUGCCCUCAGGGGCGAACUGCAGGGCCUGACAGGCCGCAUCAGCACACUAGAGACAACGUCUCAAGGACACCAGCAGGACCUAUCGUCCCUGCAACAGGCGGUACUGGACCUGCAAAGGCAGAACCAGAUACAUGAACGCCGCUAUGCGGCUCAAGAAAAUAGCAGAAGAAGACAAAAUCUAAAGGUCAGAGGGCUCCCUGAUGAGAUACCUGAGACCCGCCUGCCGCAAGUUGUACAGCGUAUGAUAGCAGCCAUAUUGCCAAGCGGACAGGCCAUAGCCAUCACCCCUGUGGACCAAUUUCGAAUCCCUAAACCCCCCAGAGCACCACCCUCAGCGACAAGAGACACUAUAAUCACUUUCCGAAAUGGGAAGGAAAAAGCGACGAUUCUCUCGGCCCUCCGAGGUAAAACCCCUAUGCAGUUUGAAAACAAGGGACUGACCUCUUUUGCUGACCUGUCUGGUAGCACUCUGGCCUGGCGCAGAUCGCUCCAACCACUUACCUCUCUGCUCCAACGGCACGGCAUCAACUACCGCUGGCGGAACCCCAGAUCCCUCAGUGUACAGCAAGGAAUGGCCUCUCAUCUGGUUCACGACAUUGAGGAAGCCCCUGACCUCCUGCGGACUCUGGGCAUUCCACAGACCUCGCUCAAUCAGGAAAGGCUUCUUCACCCGACCACCCCAGCGCAGACCUGGGACCCGGCAAAAAUCAACUUGUUUAUCCCGAGAGGUUCAACCCCUGAAUCCUACGCCGCGGUCACCACCUAGACACGGCACCUCUGGGACUAUACAAUCUUUGGACGCUGAAUGUAAGUCACCCCAGCAGACACUUCUGAGACACUUAUACCACACGUUAUUUGUAGCCCCGGAUUGCAGCGACUCACGCUCAUCACCACAGCCAGUCUGGAUAGCAACUACCCUCACCAACAUGACUGACUCCCGCAGACACACACUAGCGGACUAGUCAGAGGUCUUCAGACGGAUGAUAUCAUUGGACAACCAAAUCCAACACACAUGGGCAACCUUGCACUCAAGGUUCAGUUUGUUGGACAUCCCUGGCAAACUUUGGGACUGUGCCGGUUUACGCUGCACCUGACACCCGACAGAACACUGGCAACACGGCACGAACUAUCUGCACAUGCAGGCCUAUAGCCCAGCCGAGAUAAAGGUCGGAUGACCGCAAGGAAGGGAAGGGGGGAAUAGCUGACGUCCACAAGCUUUUGUUACCAGAGACUUUUCCUUUUCCCUUUCCUUUUUCUAUUGUUUGCCUUUUUGUAUCUCCCACGAUAACUCAGCGGAGCAUCCGGUUUUUGCCUGUCUGGACUAGAUCGUGAUCACUUACCACUAACACUCUGCCAUGUAUAUUGCAUCUAUUGCCAUGAUAAAUGUAGAUUUAUAUACCGCAGUGUGUCGCUAGACUAACAUGUAUAGACAUAUCUAUAACUACAAUAACUUACGGCUCAUGUUACAAGCGUGUUUAAUUUUUCGUUUUGGUUAGUUUGUUCAGAAUUGUUUUUUGCAUGUCGCACGUAUAGAGAGGCAGCGCAUGAUAUCUAGCCUGGCCACUCGGCACGCAGCACCCACUCACCGUUAGACGACUUAAUGCCACACAGGCAGGUCACGUAGCGAUUGAUAUUAAACCUGUCUCUGAUCAGGUUGCCAUUGCCCUGACACCUACAUACAUCUAGACAGAGGUCUCAGAGAGCUCAAUGAUUCUUCUUGCGCUGUAAUUAUUUUCUAGACCUUCUCCUUUGACUUCCACAAUGACUCUAAGGAUGCUGAAGCUAGGAGUCCUGUGUCGAUAUGUACAACGUAGUUAUGAACAAAGGGGCUAUCUGAAUUAACCAUCCAGAGUAGCCUACCCACCCGCUCAUUUACUUAAUAUACUUCACUACAACCCCUUAGAUCUGCUGUUCCUCACGUUUAAAGCACCUGCCUAGACUCUCAAGCAGACUAGCUUGUCCCAGCACUUCUAACACUGCAGUAGUACACCGCAAUGCAACUUACCUCACACACACCAGAAUCUACACUGCAGUAGCAUUCCACUAUGGUUCAGCCUGUUAUAUUGUUCUUGCUUAUAUAUUUCAAAAAUGUGCACUUACUCUUGCCACUGUUAAGCAUGUAUAGACAUAUGUAAAUACGCUGUUGUGGCGUUGGAAACUGACAUGUACCCACCUGCACAAUGAAAAUAAAGAAUUUUAAAAAAAAUUAAAAAAAAAAUAAUAUAGAAAUAUGGUUACCAUUAUGUGAGAUGAAAAAUUCAAAAAAUUUCUUAGAUUAACCUUUGUCACAUGAGAGGUACAUAAUAAUGCCCCUAACCAUGGCUUUUUUCCACAGAACCAAAUAUUUUAUUGCAAUUUCAAAAGGUUUACACGUUUCUAUUUUAAUUUUUUUUUUUUUUUUUUUGUCUAAAUUUAAACUUUGGCCUAAAGGACAUCUACAACUCCAAAAGUUUCAAAAUGAGCUUAUCGUAACAAUGAGUCGUAAGUUUCUUUUGUGUCGCCUUUAGAUGUUUGGGUACUUAAACAUAUACUUUCUCCACAGAGAUUGGUUGCCAUGAACAUGCCUCUCAACUCAGAUGGGACUGUGACAUUUAAUGCCACCCUUUUUGCCUUAGUGCGUACCUCACUGAGGAUCAAGACAGAAGGUACCAAUCUACUUAGUUUCAUCACUUUCUCUUUUAGAUUUACUGACUAUCAAAUAUAUUCACUAAAGAAUGACACAUGAACAGUUCUUGGUAACAAUAUGAAUCAAGAUAUGCACAAUUUUGGUAGAUAAGGGAGAGGAGUGGACUUCUGUGCUACCACCUUCAGCCUUCAAGGGUUGGGUGUCUCAUCUUACUGUUCUGCUUGACUUCACUGUCUACCAGACCAUUGGCUUUAUAAUAAAUCUAGAUUGACACUUUUCUCCUUCUUGGUUGUCCAUGAUAACAACUGUGAUAUGUCUCAUUUAGGGAACCUGGAAGCUGCCAAUGAAGAACUGAGAGCUGUGAUCAAAAAGAUCUGGAAAAGAACCAAACAAAAGAUACUGGAUGAAGUUAUCCCUCCCCCUGAAGGUCAGCCCCAAAAUACAAAUGCCCAAAUAUCCCUCUUUCAAAACACCAGAGUGUGUGUGUUGAGAAGGGAAUGCAUCAUGUUUGGUUUUUUUUUGGCUAUUUCUGGAACAUGUGACAUAAAUAAUAACAGGUUGCUUUGUUCAUAGAAGUCCAGAUUAGUUUAAUUAGAUAAACUAAAUUUUUUGAGGGAAGAAAAUAAUUCUUCAUAUAUGACUGUGGUACUCACCCAGUUGCAACUCUAGGAAUAGUACACGGGGGAAGUAAGAAAGGUAACAUAAUCAAAACUGGGAAGCCCUAAUAAUUUCCACCACUAAACCAUAUUGGUAGUAGUUGUGGGGGGCUUUAAUUGGUGCACCCUCUGGAGCCCCUAUCCUAUAGACCUUAUGCCCCCUACACUUUACUAUAGCUAAUGCAUUUAUCUUUUUAUUGUAUGUCAUAGAGGAAGAGGUGACUGUUGGCAAAUUUUAUGCCACUUUCCUUAUCCAGGAUUACUUUCGCAAGUUUCGUCGUAGGAAAGAAAAGGGUCUUCUUGGGACUGAAAAUCUACCUAGCAAUUCUACCACUUUACAGGUGAGUCCUGUGAUAAUCUGUGCAGUCAGUUAAACUGCCAUUGUGCUGUUAAAUAUGUAAAAAUAUAAGAGGACACAUGAACUUAAAACAGCUUUAAAUUAAUUAAUAUAACACAAUGAAACUGCAGAUGAUGCUAAAUAUUUCAUCAGUACAGUACCUGCUUGUCUGAUGUAUAUGCUAUCUUAUAUUACUGAGACAGGGGCCUCGAUUUAAUUUAUUUGGAUCGGCAUAAUAAAUUAUCCCAAUCUGUUAUAGAAACUUUCAAAUUAUUUUUCUACAAAAAUUCCCAUAGAUGUUGCUAUGUCUGGCUGGAGUAUAUUUUAAUUAUACUACUUGGCCUAACAGAAUUUCAUUACAAUUAUACCGCUUGAUAUAUAAUUAUAUAACAAGGACUAGCUUGGUUAUAUGAUACUUAUAUUUCUGGUUCUAUCACUACAAGGGAGAGCCUAGUUGGAGUAUAGGCCAACUAUAUUAAAAGGCCUAGCUGAAGUAUAUGAUACUUAUCUUCAUACUCUCAGACUAAGCUUGACCAUAUAUUAACUAUACUACUGGGCCUAGUUCACCAUAAGGUAUUUAUACCAUUGUUGCCUAAUUUGGGAAUAUCACACCGAAAUUCACUCAUCAUCGGGCCACCCAAAUACACUCAUCAUCACGCUGUAGCGCCAAGCCCUGGCAUAUGAUCAUUAUAAUUUUAGGCCCUGCUGGGGUAUAUACUCAUGGUAUUGGUCAUAGCCAGGCUAUAUGCUCAUUAUCCAAUGUUGGAUGAUGUAUUAUUGGUCAGUGCCUUUGGUUCUUAGUUAGUGUUGUUUGUCCCACAGGCUGGACUUCGUAGCUUGCAGGAUCUUGGUUCUGAGAUCCGCCGAGCAUUAUCCUGUGAGCUGGAGGAGGAGGAUCUCUCAGCGUUUAGAGAAAUUGGGCGCCAGGUAAAUACAAGCUGUAAACCAUUACUACUCAGGGUUUAUUUCCACUGUUUUCCCAACAAAUCACUGAUCAGUAAAUUGGGCUUGCUAGCGUUAUUGGGUUCUGGCUUUUUCUGUACUACAAACUCUACCCGGCUGCGGAUUGUAAUUCCUGACUGUUAGUAAUAACAACAGUUUAUGUAAUAAUAACAUUGGAAACAAGCCCUACGUUUUUUGGCUAAAACGUGGGACAACUUAACAGCAAAUAUGUAAAUAACUUGUCUGGCGUCUUCUAGUACAAACAAUUGUGGAUUGCCCAAUAGAUGAACAAACAAAUUGUAACUAUUAUUUAUGAUGCCCUCAUUAACUUCAUAUCCACAAAUGAAAUAUAAACAUUAAAUCACUCCAAUUUUUUUAUUUUUUUUAAAGGAGAAGUGCAAAUAAAAAAGUCUAAAACAGGGCACAAGAGAAUACUGAGAACAGACAAGACAUCAAAUAACUUGUGCCUUGGUGGGUCCCCACUCAGUUCUCAAGCUGAUUUUAGCUCAUUCUGUGCUCAUUCUGUGCUCAGACUGAUCACACCCAAAAUGCAGAUUAGCUUCCUCUGCACAAGAGAUACAGAAACCAUAGACAAGCAGUUCGGCUUUAACAGGCCUCGUCAGAGAGGUACAGCUGAUAUCCCUCUAGGUACAAUGAGAAAGGUGUCCACAUAUGGAUUACCCUUUCAUCUCAGGGAGAGCAAACAUACUAAACUGGGGCACAAGAGAAUACCGAGAAUUGACAACAACUCGAAUAGCUCUCAUAUUCUUUAUAUUUGCCACAAUGCAUUUGCUGAUGGUCUCCUUAGGUUAAAAGGGUAAUCUAGAAGUGGACACCAUGCUCAUUGUUCCUCGGGGGGUAUCAGCUACACCUCACUGAUGAGGCCCCACGAAGUCCAAAACGAAUGUCUAGGGAUAGUUUAUCUUGUGUUCAGUGGGAUCUGGACUGCCAUUAAGGGAUGGAUCUUCUGAUAUGCAAUGGGUAUAGGUCCUAUCUGUAAUGGCACAAGUGAACAGAAACUUUUUAGCGACCUGAGCAGGAACUAAUUGAAAGGAUUCUCUGAGCUGUCGCCUGUUCAGAGUUCUCAAACCAUCUGUUUUUGCCACAAAUAUCACAUUAUGGAGCCAACAAUAUCUUAAAUAUGCUUUCCAAUUUUACUGGAUGGUUUCCAAAGAAUUUAGCAGCUGCUGAGAUCCUGUCAAAUUCAAAUGGUAAGUGAAACAUUCUCGGAUUGACUAUUAAACACACGAGAUAAAUGUUAUCAAGUUUUGCAAAUAGACCACAUCAUCUGAUGUCAUUCAGAAGAUAUGGACACGCAACCCUCAAACAAACAUAAUGUUCUAUUACUAGCAAAAUAAUCAGGAAAAAAAAGCUUCCUCUCUCCGAGCUAUGGUGGCAGUAGUAUCUUAAAGGGACACUAUAGUCACCAGAACAACUACAGUUUAUUGGAUUUAUUCUGGUGAGUAGAAUCAUUACCUUCAGGCUUUUUGCUGUAAACACUGUCUUUUCAGAAGAAAUGCAGUGUUUACAUUACAGCCUAGUGAUAACUUCACUGGCCACUCCUCAGGUGGCUGUUAGAGAUCCUUCCUGGGUCAUGGCUGCCUAAAAUGCAUCCAAACAUUCAGUAUCUCCUCCCUCUGCAUGCAGACACUGAACUUUCCUCAUAGAGAUUCAUUGAUUCAAUUCAUCUCUAUGAAGAGAUGUUGAUUGGCCAGGGCUGUGUUUGAAUCAUGCUGGCUCUGCCCCUGAUCUGCCUCCUUGUCAGUCUCAGCCAAUCCUAUGGGGAAGCAUUGUGAUUGGAUCAGGCCACCACUUCUGAUGAUGUCAGCAGACUGCUUGUUUUUCUGAGACAAACAGCAUGCAGAGUUACAGCUUCAGGCUUGAAUACAGUAAGAUUUUGCUAUAUUUAUGGAGGCAUGAGAGGGGAUAGAUGGUGGCUUUAACACUAUAGGGUCAGGAAUACAUGUUUGUGUUCCUGACCCUAUAGUGAUCCUUUAAGUGAAAACAUCUGGGUAUUUUGUUUAAUAAACGAUAAAUUGUAGAGAAUUGACCAGGGAAUUGCAGUUCUUAGGUUGUAAUGGCAUAAGAAAAAAAUAUUUUCUUAUUUUUUUCUGCUUGAUUAUUUUGGUCUAUAUUUGCAACUUCCUUCCUAAUUGUCAUAAAUUUAGUGAAGAGACAAUAAUAUAGGAUGACAUCCAUGACAUUCCUUGUGUUUUUAGGUAACAGAGGAUGGUCCUACAUGUGAGAAUACUUCAGCUCUGUGUAUGGAAAAUAUCCAUUCUUCAUCUGUACUGUCCCUUACCAACUCCAUUGGAGGAAGGGAUGUACAGCCUCCUACCUCUCGGAAAUCAUCACUAGUCAACCGCUCUGGUGGUGGUUCCAAAGACAGCCUACUGCCACCACCACCGCCCACUGUGACCAAUAUCAAGAAGCGGCAGCUGAGUACACGCAGGUGAGCUGAUUACUGUAAUAUACAUUCCAAUACACUGGAAUAGAUUGCUCUAAUUGGCAAAUCAUUAAAACUAGAGGUCUUUUGCAAAUAAGAUAUUGAAGAAUAUGAAAAGUGUUUGAAUAAUGCAUACAAAAAAACCCUGUAUUUAGGGAGCCAUACUUGGAUUAGAGAAAGACAUUGCCCAUCCUCAAAUUGCUUCAAUGCAGUUCAAAUAUGUACUUGUUUAAGAUUUACGUAAAUAAUACAGAAUUUCCCUUAAAUUAAUAGGUUUAUGAUACAUUGCUUUAGAACCUUUGACAUUGGAAGUCUGAACUGCUGAAACCAUGACCCUUCAAAUAAUAUGGGUUAAGUUGUAGUGUACUGAGACUGGAAGGUGUUUGUCCAAGAUGUAGGUAUAUCUGACAGUCUAGGCAUAUUGGCUAUAAUAUCCAUUUUAGAUAUUCAUCAUGUAAAGAAUAUCUAUGGGACAGUUGGUCUAAAGAAGUGGUGCUAUCACAUAUUUGUUUUUUAGCUGCUUGAUAAAUUGUUGUUUUAUCUGUUAUAUUUAGUAGUGCUAAUUUCAGAAUACCUAGUUUCAAUCCACAGAAACAAAGUCUGGAUGCAGUCCUCCAGGUCUCUAAUGGAUGUGAAAACUCAAAUGCCAGUGGCAGCAAUGGAAGAUUUACCUUUGCUAUAAAUGCCAUAAGCUGUUAGAUUGUAUUGUAUUAAUUUGAUCAUGUAAUAGCACCAAUCCCCCAGCUUAAUUCUGUGAAAAGUAUGCAGACUUCAAAUACAUUUUUAGGCGUCGCUACCCAAGGUCAUCCUUUAACCAAUGAAAACCUAGUGUGGCUUAACAUGGCAUAAAGCGUUCAGUCCAAUAAGGGUCUGAAUGUGGGGUGGAAAACGCAUAUUACAUAGUAAGCUGGAAUGGUGAGCUUCUGAUCCACAGAUAAAACUGAAGCAAGAAUAUGAAAACAAAUUGACUUUUUUGAUGCCCUCAUGGCACAUCUAGUAAAUAUAUUUUUUAACAUAUCCACUAAAUGUGCAAAAUGUGUAUUAUUUGUAUUAUAAACACAGAAGAAGCUCAGAUGGAAGUUGUGUUCCUCCUACUGUUCAUGAGCAAGAUGAGACUGCCACAGAGGAUGAGCAGAGAUCCAAAACCUCAUCCCCUGUAUUCCCAGCCAACAAUGAGACAGAGAGGUAUGUACUGCAAGAAGAAACAUCCUCAUACAAUGUCACUAUACACAUAGGAACAGCUAGUGGUAUUCAUUUUACACAAGGUAACAACUUAGAAGAAUUGCUCAAGAUUACAUUGUCCGUGGACAGAUGAUCUCAUCAACUUUCCUUAUAGGUAUCACAAUCUUCACCCAUUGUAUCUUCUAAGUUGUACAGUGUACUCUUUAGAAAUGAUAAGUUUAGAAAAUUGCUUUGUUUCUUAUUUGCAUUGCAUUUCCAGACAGCAAAGUUUUGAGGACAUCCUACAACGUUCAGCAUCUCCAGAAGACAAGAUGAAGGCUAUGCCACCGCCAGUAACAUCACUCUCUGGGCCACGGGCUAAUGGCACACUGGAGGGAAGAGAAGCCCCACGCAGGAGACUAUUACCCCCAACUCCAGGUAAGUAGCAUUCCAUGGUAUUAGUUAUGUACAUUCUGUCCACAACCUCCAAUCACACAAAUGUGGAAGUGAACAUCUGCUUUAGUUAUUUAUGUGCAUAAGUGACUAAUCAACCUGUAAAAACAUUAAUUUCCUCCACCAGGUGGAAAAUCUGCCUUUGGCAUCCAAUGUUUGAAAAGACAAGGGAGUUGUGAUGAUAUUCCAAUCCCUGGAACAUAUCAUCAAAAUGCCCCACCAUGCCGAACAAGAGGCCAGGUAUGUAUAAUGGUAGCUGGGGAGGUGAACCCCACAUGAGAAAGGUGCAGAAAAGUGUAUUGGUGAUCACAAAUGUCUACACAAAAGCUUUCGGGGGUGGAAGGGCAAAGUCAUAGUGUGUAAAGGUACUGACACUCUUAGGCCUUACUUAAAUCAAUGGAAAGGUAAUUUCUAGGUGGAACACACCCUCCUCUUGCCCUAUGUUUUGGACGCCCAUGUUGAUGAUUCUUAGAGGCAGUGGGAAUUAACAUGAAUGCCUCCAGAAAGGCAAAGUAUUACCAACAGUUGAACACAGGCCAACUGUACCAAAACCAGAGAAAAGUUGUGAUCAGGAUGUUAAAAAAACAAAAUAAUUGUAACAAGCCAGGAGUCAGAAAACCAUAGUAGUCAAUAUAGUUGCAUGUUAAGUCAAACCAGAACACUAGAAUCAUAUGUAAAGUUCUCACAGUAUGGAACCAUGUGAGUGUACGGAGUAAAGAGAGCAUUGGAUGUAUAUAAAUAUGUGCAGUAUCUGUUUUUAUUACAAAAACUGAACCUGGCAAAAAUGUACACGCACAAGACGAGAAGUCAUUUUAUGACUAGUUAGAAGAGCACCGCAAUUGGUCUUAUCAAAACAUUUUAUAAAAAGAAGUGCUGAUCAAGUUGGUGUUAAACAUACUGAAAAACACAGGAAAGAGGUGGAUAUACACAGGGGAACUAUGACACCAUAAAAGUAAAAAAAAAAUAAAAAUAAAAAAAAAGAUUAAACAAUAUAUACCUCAUUGUGAAGUCCAGUCUUCACUUUUAAAUAAACUCUUAUAACAUGACUAUUGACUAAUAUGAAUUAAGACGGCAACAAUUUUUGGAAAACUGUAACUUGAAAAUUGAGCAUUUGACAGCUCAAGCUGUGUUUAAUUAAGCAUAAACUUUAUAAAAGGUUAAAUGCAAUAGGCAUUUGUAUUUAGUGCCGAAGCUAAUGAGAACACCACUUGGUAGAUCUAAACUCGUGCUCAAACAGUCCUUUGUUGAGUGAUUGAAAAUUAGCGAUAUGUGUCAAGUUUUAGUAAGCCUUUCUUAAUGACACGUCCUAUAAAUUAAUUAUAUAAUGCACAACAGACGUCUGAAAGGGUGGUUAUCAUUGCUGUAAAUGAAUAGUGACUAACGCCAACACUGCUGAUGAGUCUAUAAGGUUUAAAUGACCUGUAAUAUAACAUUUCUAUAUAACCUUUUACCUUACCGAAAAUUGUGGAAAAUAUAGUUCACAAGCUUAAUCUGUGGCACUCCAGCUACAUAAUAUAUGAACAUCCAUUUAUUAUUUGCUGUGUCUAUUCAUUAAGAGUCUACAUAUUCCACGAGGCACAUACACAGAAUGGGCAAUACAAUAAACAGUGGAAAUAUAAAUACAGAAUAUUCAUAUCUCGAUGACCUAAUACAGGGACAGGCAACCUUCGGCCCUCCAGAUGUUGUGGAGUACAUCCCCCAUAAUGCUCUUACACCCAUAAUGCUGGCAAAGCAUCAUGGGAAGUGUAGUCCAAAACAUCUGCAGUGCCGAAGGUUUCCUAUGCCUGAUGCUAUGGGAAUUGGAUUUUCCUGUGUGUCAACGAGUCUUAGAUAAAGAAACCAUUUAAAUCACGCUCUUCAUGAUCUUUAAUGUUAAUCUUUGUAUGCCAUAAAAUAGCCUACACACAGAAUUGAAAUAAGACGCCAUUCAAACAACUGGGGCCAAAAUUAGAUAUUAAUAUAAAAUUAUGUUGCCCAAUACUGAGCACAAGAACCUUGACUAGUUUAGAAUGAAUAAUAACGUAGAGGCAAAAUUUAAUUUUUCUAAUGCAAAGGAUGUGUUGUACUGAAUGUUUUAUAAAAACAUCUCAGAUUACACAUAUAUGUCUACUUACAUUCCUUUUAAAAUAAGCAGUAGUUAUUUAUGGACCUUGAUGCCCUACACUCCUACAGGCCUACUUUGAUUUAUUUAGACAAAGUGUCUAUAUAUCUAUUUUGCUUAUCCUUCCUAAUACUGUACAUGUUUUGUGUGUUCUCUUUCCCACUGCCCUCAUCAGGGAUAUGGAAGUUCAGAUUCAUGGGAAAGAACCACUUACUCACCCAGCGGUUCUCUGUCAUGGGCAAAUCCUCCAAAACGGGGACGACUUCUAUAUGCCCCUCUUAUCUUGGUGGAUGAAGACAGCACCCUGCCUACAAUACCAUGUGCUCACUGGUAUAGAGAAGAAGAGAGCAAGGCGCCUUACUGCCCUUACACCCAUCUCCAUGUGCCGCACCAGAGACUGACUGAAAAACGAGGAAGUGCCGAUAGUCUAGUCGAAGCCGUAAGUUGGAAUUUUAUGUAACUUUUUUUUUUAUGUAUAGAUAAAAAUAAAAAAAUUGAAAAAAUCCAAGCAAAACAAAUAUUUGGUAUUUAUUUUAUGAAAACUGCUAAUAUUUCUGAAGCUGAUUAAAUUUAUAUUACAAAUAUUUGUAAAAUAAAUAUUAAUAAAUAAAAAAAAUGUAAAGUAUAAUUCAAACAACAGAUAUUUGAAUAAAUAGUCGCAACAUAACCAAACACAGAGAGAGCUAUUAGCUUAAAAUGUCUUUAUCAUUGAAGUUUUCACAUGGCUACAUCUUUCUUUUGCAGGUCUUGAUAUCAGAAGGUCUAGGGUUGUACGCACGAGACCCAAAGUUUGUUGCUUUCGCAAAACGUGAGAUUGCCGAUGCCUGCCACAUGACUGUCGAUGAAAUGGAAAGUGCCGCAAGUGAUCUGCUCAGUCAGAGUCGGAAGGGAAGUUUUGUCGGGAGCAACGGAAAUCGCAGUGGAGACGACCUGACUGGGCAAGGCCUUUUGUACAGCGACGAAGAGUCAAUACAUUGUAAAGAUGAAGAGGAACUGCGGGAUGAGAUGGUCUGUGUGUCCUCUUUCUGAUGUUAAAAAUAUAAUAGACUUCCAUCCUUGUUGGGAAGACAGUAGCCAAAGCACUUAUUUUAAAUAUGGGGACACAAUAGUCUUAACGGAUAAAAAAGAGAAACCAAAAAAUGCUAAACUGUGAAUACAGAGAAAUGAUCGUUCAGCAAAAAAAUAUUUACAAUAAGCAGAAGUAAUAAAAUUUCUUUGU